CCCGCAUUUAUCUAACGGAUCCAACGUCGCCGCUCUAUCAGAACCUAUUGAAUCAGGAGCUGUUAAUAAUGCACUGUUACAUGAACUGCCCCCGCCCCCCGCUCCAUUUAAUAUUUGAUGUUGUUGAACCUCGGAGCAGCAGCUUAAACCGCGUCCCGCGCCGAAACCUUAAAUCGUAUUGAAUUAAAAACCACGACAGCCAGCAGCCGCGAAUUUACGCUCUCGGAUGCAUCUCUCUUCGGCGCCAGAAGGGGGCGCUGCGAGAUCGAAGGCCCGCUUGGCCCGAGCUUGGGCGUCCCCUUUAAAGCAGACGCCGGGCGGAGAAGCUGCGCUUGGGCCGGGCGGAAGUAAGUGGCGGCGGCGGCGGCGGCGGCGGCGGGUGCGGAAUUGCUGGCGUUUCGAGGGCGCCCCCGAAGAUGUGGGCUGGUGAGCCUUGUUCCUUUGCCUCGCUGGCUCAGGAGUCGGGGGGCCGAGGGCGGGCGCCUCCCAGUUUCCCAGCAGGCGGCUUGGCUGGCCUUGUGUGGGGCGCAGCCCUUAAGGCAGACUCGCCCCGCACCCCCGUCCCUGGCCAUGGCGAUGCCUGCCGCUUCUAACAUGGCCCGUUCCUGCUCUGUGCUGCGGCGUCCUAGAGGAGGGCGCCUGGGUUUUGUGGGGCGGGGAAGGGAAUCCCCGGAAACCCCUCCUCUCCCAGCCUGUGGGGUGGCUGCUGUGGGGCUUUGCUCCCAUAACUGGCACCUUCGGGUGGGUGACUGAACAUGCCUCCGUGGGGCUCUCGGGUGCUUUGCCCCCCACCCACCCACUUUGAAACUUUAUUGUGAUUACGUUGAGAAGCGGCCAAGCUCUUACAUUGACUGCUGCAAAUGACACAACCUCAGGCUUCCUUAGGAGGAGGCUUGGGUGGUUGUACGCCAAAAGCAGGGAUUGAGAACCUGUGGCUGUUUCUGGACUCUCCCAACUCCUGUCAGCCCCUGUCAGGUGGCUGAUGCUGGUCGGAGAUGAUAGGAUCUGUAGGGAAAAACAUCUGGACGGCUGACGUUCCUGAUUUAAUGGCAGGCUUCUGAGCUGUCAUUGAACCGGGAAGCGAAUGAUGGGGUGAGGAAGUCAUAUGUUUCAAUGCGAGGUCCCAGAGUUUCCCUUGUAGGCACCUUCUAGCUUGUGGGUGAUGUAGGGCAGCAGCUGGGAUAGCUCAGUCGGUGGUAGGGCAUGAGACUCUAUCUCAGGGCUGUGGGUUGGAGCCCCACAUUGGGUGAAAUAUUCCUGCAUUGCAGGGGGUUGGACUUGAUGAACCUCAUGGUCCCUUCUAACUCUGAUUCUAUGAUCUAAUGAUUCUAUGAUCCAAGAGUGGGGGUUGGGGGGAGAGUAAUGUUUCUAAAAGAAUUUAUACUCUGCCUUUUGGCCCUAACAAGGACCUCCAAAAUGGCUUGCAACUUAAACGGUACGAGUUGUUAUCCAGACACAGGGAGGAGAUCAGUAUGGUUUGUGUUAGUCUGCACAGCUGACAUCUUGGUGUCAAUGCAUGCCUGCCUUAGGAUAACACAUAGCUACUGUUACUUUCAUGUUUUUGAUCUAGUACAAAAGUGAAGCAGUUGUGUGGAAAUCUCACUCUUAUGUUUAAGUAGGAGUUCUUGCUGUGACUUUUCACUUGUAGUCUGCGUAUUGUCCACUGCUGCAGGUUUUCUCUGAUGAUUUCUAUGUAUCCCUAUUGUAAAUGUGGCAUGUGAACCGUUCUAUAUCAGUUACAGGUGUUUGGGCUCUGGAAGCAGAUGUACUUUAAACUUCCCUCCUAUCAAGUGGCUGCUUUUUGACAGCUGGGAACAAGAAAGAUGGAAGAUGAGCUCAAGAUGGAGAGUCAAAACCUUGACCAAGAUCAAGGUCCCUUUGUGGUGGAUGAAUCAAGUCAGCAGCCAUUGUGCCAGGAAACCUCUUCCCCCAAGCUGUCUGUGACUGAACUGAGUAGAGAGUUGGACUCCAAGAGUGAGCUGGUAAGACAUUGCUGCCUGUCUUUUGUCUAAAGAAUGAAUUGUUGCUGUUGUUCAUUAUACAUUGUUAUGUGCUACUGUUUGCUUUUGUAGUGCUAGCUAAUCGGGAUUUAAAAAUAUGUUGCAGGUGCUAGUUUCAAGUUCAUGGCAUAACAACCUCUUUACACAUGCACAAAAUAUUUUAAUGGGAGUUUUAUUUCUUCAGAUUUUUGGAUUGGAUCAUACAUUAAUAUCUUGUUUGGUUCAUGUAGUUGCAGUGGGUUGGUUCCAGAGAAGUGUAGUCAGGACUCCACUUGGGAAACAGGGCUUUCCCCCCUCCUCAUACUCCUUGUGCUUCCCCCCAAAAACCACUCUUGGAGUUAGAGGGACUCUCUGGAAUAGUAUGGGAUGUGGUGCCAGAAAUGAAUAUACUUUCAGAAGCUUGCCAGAAACUUGUGUCAGAAGCUUGCUUAAGAGAUACACACACACACACACACACACACACACACACACACACACUUUGUAUCUCCUCUAACUAUAGGGAAAAGAGGCAUUGGUUUGUGGCCAGAGUGCUUUUUUAGCAUCAGAAAUCAAGCUUACAGUGCUUUACUUCACACACUGAAAAGUAUUAGACAAACUGCAGAGUGACUGGAAGUCAUCUACUGUACUGUGUCAUCUAUUAUCUGUUCUAAGAUGCUGUGUCUAGUAUGUUUUGGGAUGCUUUUGCAGCUGAAUGGGUAGAUUUGUUACAUCACAUGGGUUGUUCUCUUAUUUUGAUGUGGAUGAAGAUGGCUGAGUCCUGGAAGAUUAACACUCCCCCCCACCCCCACCCCGCAAUAUAAGUCCCAGACAUUCCUAAAAUGAAAGGGAAAAAGUGGGGACUAUAACAAUAAUUAAAAUGUUCUUAAAGCAAAUAGGAAUUGAGGAUUUGGAGUUUUCAUUCUGGGGGGGGGGGUAGUUUUCAGACAAACAAUAAUUAUUGUGUGUACAGACUUCCUUCAGUCAUAACAGUUCCCAAAGUGGCUUUCAGUGAACCAAAGCUAAAAACAGUUCUCAAAAUAAUAAAUUGCUUAAAGGUGGCACUGGAUGGAUGUAUGCAUUAUUAUACCUUCUUCCACUACCAGAUAUUAUUACUCAGGAGUAGGGACCCUCUGGCCUGCAGGCCAAGCUUGGCCCAUAAGGCUGUUUCUCCCAAACCACACCCACUUGCCCCACACCUGGUAUCAUAUGUGACAGAUAGCUAUGCAACUGUCAGAGCACAAUUAGGAGCCUUAUAAUGCUCUCCUGAUUGUUCAGUGGCAAAGGAAAGCAGGUUUUGAUUCUACUGACCAUUGGCUGAUGGACUCUAGAGCUAAAGCCUCCUGAAUCAGCUGUACAUAGUGCUUUGAAGUCCUGACUUCAGAACUUCAAAGCACCCAAUCACUUGACAUCAUUGUGACUUAAGGUGUUUGACAGCUGGGCAGUCUCACAGGGUCUGUGACCCCUGUUCUAGCUACUCUCUUAACCCCUUCAUAUCCCACUUUAUGUAGCUCUUAGGGGUAUUCAGAUGCAGACUUUUGGAAGUGCUUAUACAGCAGCUAAACAGGGAUUGACAAUUUGAGCAAUGGAGACUGCAGUUCCAAUUCCUAAAGUGCCAUCCUGCUGCAACAGAGGGGGAAGACGGACAUGGUCAUCCUUUUUCUGGUUCUCACCUUCAGGCUUUGGUGUUUUCAUUACCAGAAAGUCCUGGGUUUUAUGUUGUGUUUAUGAUCUGUGCAUUUUUGAUGCACAUAUCUGGUAUUUACAUAGUUUAAACUUUUGUUCAGCCCUAGAUCAUUACAUUGAUCAAAUUCCCAACUUUUCGUAGUGUGUGUGUACAGUAGCUCCCAAUUGAGAUUUUCCUUUUGAAAGCACCAAUUUUCAGAAAAGAGCACCCAGGGAAGAGUGAUUAGGAGCAUGAAGCAUUUCACUGUCAAAAGUGGUCAGCCAACAUCUUCAUGAUGAAGCUUAAAAAUGUUUCUUUUUUUGAUAUAGAUAGAUGACAAGGAGUUUGAUAUUCCUCAGGUUGAUACUCCCCCAACACUGGAAAGUAUUUUAAAUGAGGUGAGUUGAGCAGGGUAGUACAAAACCCUUAUUUGCACACUGUGCUGGAAGAGCAAAAUGCAAAUGUGCAAUUGCUCACAGACCAAUUUAUCAUAACGUGACACUGCUCUUAAACUACCUUGGAAAAUGGGACCAAGCUCCUCUAAAAAUUGGCAAAGCUGUUUAAUUGGCAUUGUGUGUUCUUUUCUCUCUGUGUGUGCCUUUCUGAACCCACCAGUAGGAUUUUAUUCAGCAAUCUUUGAGCAAAGUCUGUCUUUCAUCCCUGUCUAAUACCAUGCCUAACUGGAACCUGGCAAACCCAGGCAGUACUGCUGUAAGUUACAUUAGUGCAUUGCAAGGCUGGAUAUAGCAUGGUUGGCCAACUAUGUUAUUUCUGUCUCUUUUUUAGACUGAUGAUGAAGAAGAGCCAUUUGUUCUUGAGGAUCCUUCCCUUCUAAAUAUUGAUAACAUUGACGCUCACUCAUAUGAUACUUCAUCUGUAGCAAGCUCUGACAGCGGCGAUAGAACACACCUGAAAAGGUAACUCUUUGUGGGCAAAUGCCUUGAUGUGGCUCCUUUGUGAUCGAUGCCAUCACUGACAGUCUCCAGGAACUUACUUCAUAGGAUUGGUAACUUGCGCCCCACCAUGGGAGAGGAGGUAUGGCAGUUGCAUGAGGGGGUGUAGGAAAUGGCAUAAGUGCCCUCCUCUCCUGUGCCACUCAUGUCCUCACAGCUCCACUCCACUAGUAGCCUUCUGAGCUGACGUAUCUGUGGUGUUGCACUGUUACAUGUGUCAUGGUAGCAUUUGCAUGGCUGUAGUGUAUCUGGUGUUCUGCUGGCACAGUGGGACUUUAGCCCCUCAUCUAGCAGUUUCUCACUAUAGCACUGGGCUCUUAACUACAUGUAGAGUUCUGAGAGAUUGUCCUUACUUUACGAAGGAAGAAGAAACUUCGUGAUUCUUUCUCCAUCCAUGGCUCUGUGAUACGGCUGUCCCUUCUGAAAGGAAUCUCUGCUCAGAUAGUAUCUGCAGCGGUAAGUAUCUUUUCUCCACUGAGGCAGAUGAACAACAUGGGCAGUACACAAGUCGGAAGAGACAAUAGUUAGGUGGUACACUUACGAUAUUCAUGCAGCGGGUAGAAAAGGAUAAACAUGAAGUUUGUUUUCCUAGUCUACAACUAACUGGGGUUUAGGGAUUUGGAUAUGUGGUCAAGCACACUCUUCCACUGCCUCAUGUUCUGUUUCUAUUAUUUAUUUCUAUUUAUUUCAUAACAUUUAUGCACCGCUUGAUUUGUAAAAAAACUGAAAACCCUCAAAGCGUUCUAGUGUUGUAUCUGACUGUCACGUGGGUUAAAAAGAGCUCUGGUAAACUCGCAGGUGUUAGUUUGAGAAUCCUGAAAAAAACGAUUCUCUGGGUAAUUUUAGGACUGGGUGUGAGCUCCUUUUAACUCCAUACUGGUGAUGGUCACACAUAAUGGUAAACCCAGGAGGAGGAUGCUUCUAGCCCCUGCAUUUUGUAGCUUUGGGGUAUUUUCCAUCUGUGGGAAAAGCAAAAUCCACUCUGGAGUGAGCAGAACCCUUUUCUGCACAGUCAUAACCUGAUGAAUUCCCAUAUGGAAUUAAUCUGGUUGUGGGGGGUUUUUGAGUCAGAGCUUCAGCUUCUUAAUGGCAAGUGUAGGCUUAAGUUUGAACCAGAUAACCCUCAAGACCCUUCCAAUUUACAAUUCUAUGAUUCUGUUAUUUCAAAUGGCAAGUUGGGAAGCCUCACAUGAUUAUAUUUGACAUGCAGAUUAUUUUGUGUUUCACACUUAUGAUUAUUGAUGCUAGUUGCAUAAUAUAUCUUUCUCUUUUAGGCCAAAGUGGAUGCUGGCUUACCCACUGCAAUUGUAAGUUUAUGAAUAAUUAUACAAUGCUUGUUUCAUUUUUGACGUUCUUAAAGCCUUGCUCCUAGAUACAGUAUUUUUGCAGACCCUGUUUCUUUCCAAAACUAUUUCAUUUGUAUUACUAUAUAGAAUGAAUAGAUGUGAAUAAUCCAUGUAACAAAAUAAAGGACCCAAAGCAGUGCACACAAUCUGGUACUCCAGUAACCAUUGCAGUAGCUGUGAUAAGCAACAUUUGGGUGUAAAGCUAAGCUAUGGAUUGCCAGGCUUGGGCUCCUUGGCCAUGAGAAAGAAAUGGGAAACUCUUGCUUUUAAUUAACCUCUUUUAUCUGAGUUUGGUAUUACCUGGUCAAUCUGGAGUUAGCCUUAACCAUAGUUUAUUGAAACAACCCAACUUAAAAUCAUGGGGUGGGAUUCAUUGUUGUGCUUUGAUGAAUGUUUGCCCAAGCCUUGCAGCUUGCCAGAUGGAACAGCCCCCCUCUCCUUCCCCUGUGUGCUGUUCCGGAGGUUCUGACACCUCCAGAGCCAAUUUCAGGCACACAAAGAAAGCGAGGAGGGAAGCCCUGUUGCACAAAUGGAAGUCCUUAUGCAGGGCUUCUGCUAUAAUGGGGCUCCUUAGGUUAUUCCAACCCAUGGUUUAUGAAGUUGGCUUGUUUCAACAGGCAAUGGUUAAGAUUAAUCACAGUUUAGGAUUUGGCUGUAAUUCUAAACUAUGAUUACAUUAAAGUGAAAAUAUCCUUUCUUUUCCCUUGUAGAGGCACUGGAGGAGGAAAGGGGAAUAGAUGAGCCCAGUUUUUGUGCACAGGCCAAUGAGUAGGCUUAAUGAAAAAUCAGGAAGUCUAACCUGCCACCUAAUGUAUAUGAUGAUAAUCCAGUCAGUCACCUGUUCCAAUUAUAAAGGUCACUUGGAUCAGUUCUUUUUGUGAAAUAAUCUUUAAUCAUUUGGUCAGCAAGUGUUUCUGAUAUGGCUUCUUUUGAGUCCUUUAUAGAAACCUAUUCCAUGGGUGCAUAACCUUUUAGGGUUAAUUUCUAGUUUCAAUUUUGCAUACUUAAAACAUUGAUAAUCUGAUUGAUGCUUUUGGGUUAUUGCUUAUUGUCUGCCUUGUUUUCAAGUGUCUUAAUGCUUUCCCUUGGCUUUGCUUUGUUUAGGCAGCAUCAAGUCUCAUAGCAGUGGGAACAUCCCAUGGACUGGCACUGAUAUUUGGUAAGCAAGGGUACCUGUUGAACUACUUAAACUUCAGAAAAUCACUUUGAAUUUGAUUUCUAUGGCAUAUUCUAUGUAUUUUGUUACAUAAGUAGUACCAAUAUGUCUGGUCAUCUGAUUCAGUAAGCUUAGCAGGACGUGCUACAUGUAAGUAAGUAAUGUGAUGUAUUUUAAAAUGAUGUUGACUUGCAGGCUUUCUGGAUUAAAAAAGAUUAUGUUCAAAUAAGGUAGGGGUUUGUUUUUUUUACUCGGUUCUCUGUAUUGCAUUUCAAGGAAGUGUCUGGAUAUGCUGUUUUGGCCUCAUGUUACAAAGAAAUGAAUAGGCAUUUCGUCUGUUGCUCCCCACCCUGCCACCAGCAGAAACUGAUUUGUGAUAGCCUCUUGCUGAACAGAAACAUUUUAUUGAGUAUUUUUCCUCCCUAUUGACUUCUGGCUUUUCUUUCUCUCUCAACUUUUUUCCUCAUGGACUGAGAAGGCAAAGGUAUAGUAUCGCUGCAUUGUGCAUGUAACUUGCAUGAACAGAUCCACAUUUUAAAACUGCCACAACUAUGCUCUGAAUUCUGAUAUGGUAGAUUAAAUUUAUAUUUAUUGAAGGUAUUCGUAUACCGCUUCCUGAAGGUCUGGGCAAUAUGUUCACAAUGUAAUUUUAGGGCAUAGGGUGCAGGAGUUCAUAUAAAACCCUGAAGCUAUUUCCUGUGUUGGGAAACUCCUCUGAAGAAGAGACAAAUAUUUUGUCUGUAGCUUUUAGUACAUCAUAGCUUUGAUUACCACUCUGGCAAGAGGUACUGGUCUUCAAACAAAACAUAUUCAAUAACCGCCUAUACAGUUACGGGGAAAAGAAAGUACACCCUGUUUGAAUUCUGUGGUAUUAUCAGCACGGUACCAGUCACCUCCUCCUUAACAGGUCUUAAAAUUAGGUAAAUACAACCUCAGAUGAACAACAACACAUGACAUAUUACUCCGUGUCACGUUUUAUUUAACAAAAAUAAAGCCAAAAUGGGGAAGCCGUGUGUGGAAGAACUAAGUACACCUUAUGAUUCAACAGCUUGUAGAACCACCUUUAUCAGCAAUAACUUGAAGCAAUUGUUUUCUGUGUGGCUUUAUCGGCUUCUCACUUCAUAGUGGAGGAAUUCUGGCCUGCUCUUCUUUACAAUGUUGCUUCAGUUCAUUGAGGUUUGCUGGCAUUUGUUUGAGGAAACUGGCUGCCUGCCACCUCUGAUGGUGUUACUGCUUUUCCCACCUGCCUUUCCCUCUUCUUCCACCAUCCGUCUCGUGGACACUCUUCUCUCCAGAGGCUUUGGCAAGGUGGGGGUGAUCCUGAACCUCACAGCUAAUUAAAAUGAUGAGGUUGGGAUGUCCUUAAAGGUAAAGGGACCUCUGACCAUUAGGUCCAGUCGCGGAUGACUCUGGGGUUGCGGCGCUUUUCUCGCUUUAUUGGCCGAGGGAGCCGGUGUACAGCUUCCAGGUCAUGUGGCCAGCAUGACUAAGCCGCUUCUGGCGAACCAGAGCAGCGCACGGAAACGCCGUUUACCUUCCCGCCAGAGCAGUACCUAUUUAUCUACUUGCACUUUGAUGUGCUUUCGAACUGCUAGGUUGGCAGGAGCAGGGACUGAGCAAUGGGAGCUUACCCCGUCACAGGGAUUUGAACUGCCAACCUUCUGAUCGACAAGCCCAAGGCUGCAGUAGGGAUGGGUGAGGGCAUUCCCCACCCCCCUGGUACAUCUGACUGGGUUGAUUCCUGGGUGAGAGCCAGAAACAACUAGGAAGGUGUGCAUGUGCCUAACCCAGCCUCUUGGUGAGAGAUGGAUGACUAGUGAAGGGUGACCUGGUAAGAGCACGGAAAUCAUUCAUGGGUACAUUCGCAGGAUGGUGGGUGGGUGGCAAUGUGAGAUUGAGCUCUCCCUUUCUGUGGUGGUACACCAUUUGUGGAAUGCCCUCCCUAGUGAGGUGCAUCUGCCACCAUCGUUACUUUUCAGAAGGAAUUUGAAAACAUUUUGGUUUACUUAGGCGUUAGGUGGCUGAAGAAUACCUCUUCCUGGUAACUCUGAAGUGACUGGAUAAAAUAAUGUUUUUAACUCUAAUUGUUCUUAGAAAUUGUGGGUGUGUUUGCUGCCCUGGCUCUUUCAUUCACUCAUAUAAAUGAAUGAAUGAAUAAAAACAUCAAUAAUAAUAAUAAUAAUAAUAAUAAUAAUACUUGAAGCAGAGAUAUAAUGUGUGGGAAAUGAUGAUUUGAUUUUUAUAGAGCAUGCUCUGUGGUAAAUACAAUUAAUUAACUUAAUUCAUUUAUAAAAAAAAUUAUAUACAAUUUCCUCACAAAACAUUAGGGGUGUGUACGGCAACAUAAAAAACUUAAAAGCAGUACAGAGCAAUCAUUAAAGUGACUGGCUACCCAAGGAAAUUUUAAACUGCAUACGCCUGUCAGCAUGUGUUUGGCCCAUACUUCCUGGAUUUAUUUUUUAAUGUGUGGUGUUUUACUGUGUUGCAACAGUGUAAAUGAAUCCGGGUUUUGUUAAAUGCUGUUUGUUCUUAAUAAUUACAAAUAAUAGGUAAUAACAUAUCCUUCCACUACAGACUUUAUGCAUUCACAAGGUUGCAAAACAUCCUGUUCACAACCUAUUGUUGUAUUGACAUCCUUCAAAGAUCAGCCUAUGAAUUUUUUAUUUUUCAAAAGAGUUUGAAGCCAUAUACCUAGUUUUUACUUCCUCCAAUCCAUUUUUAAAGUAGCUGCUGUUGUAUUAAAAAAGAAAGUUUGACUAUUUAACAUGCAUUUAAAUAUUAAAAUACUUGGGCAUAAACCCAAGUUUGAUCACAUUAGUAUCAUUUACUGAAAAUGGAUAAGAAACUUCACUCAAGUAGCCUUGGGGCACUUACAAUUUUUGACUAGAGAGUCUAACCAGUUUCUAGAGAGCUGCUGAACUAAAAUAAGGAAGGUGUUUUUCCGCUCCCUUCCUAUUUGAAUAACUGUCUAUGCCAUAUCACAAACUAGGUGUGAGAUGAGGAUUGUUGCAAUCUUUAGUUUGGUGAUCUUCAUUCUCAUAUAUUUGUGUGUAUGUAAUCUUGCUUCCAAACGGGUGUGGGGUUCAGUGGGAACUGCUUAUCUUGACCUAUAGGAUUUUGUAUUUUUCAUUUAAAAAAAAUAUUUUUUACAUAAUCUGUGAUGGUGGUAGUGGCAACAGCAGAUAUUGUCCAUUGGCAGCCUGCUGCCAGGUUUGUGACCUUGAAAUUCCCUCAGUGCAAUGUGCUUCCAUGGCAUUUUGGGAGGAAAACAUGGAGGCCAUAGCAAAAUAAUUUUCUGUUCUAUUCUUCCCCUUAAACAUUUAAAUGAGGCAUAGAUUUUAUUCUACUCUCCAUUUUUCUAUUAUUCUCUAGCCUUUUUGUAUUAAAUUUCUAAAAUAGAAUCUUUCUCUUGAAAGAACUGAAGUGUUUUGCUAUGUUAUCUCUUGACUUUAUUAUUGACCUGCUUCUGUCUCCCUUUUUCUUGCUGCAAUAAAUAUUGUUAUUUUAUUUUUAUUUUACAUGGCUUAUUCUUCCCUUUAUAGCACUGGCCACGUUGCUUCUGAGUUUUGUGGGCCUCAUUGGGUGUCAUAGCUCGUCACUGUUAGAAUUUUAAAUCCUGUCUUUAAAAUCACAUAAGCUCCUCAUUUUUCACUCUCCACAAAAGCUUUCUUCACCUCCUCCUCCUGGUGAAUUGUAAGCAUGUUACGCCCAAUUUAGGUGUCACAAAUAAUUGUGAUUAUGCAAACCCGGAAAGGAAGGAUGAGGGUGAGAGACCACAGUUUGUUGUAAGUUCUCCAUAUCAUGGGUUGAAUGAUUGAAAAUGUGAUGUCUGAAAUGAGCCAAUUCAUGAUGUGUAGAAUUACUCUUGAUUCUAGGAUUGAUGUGCUGAUCUGUGGUGUUGAUGCACCCAUAUGUUAACUAGGCAUGCUUUGUGUUUAGAUCCUAACCAGGCUCUUCGGCUUUGUUUGGGCAGUACCGCAGUUGGAGCACAGUAUGGGGCUAUAUCUGCUCUUAGCAUCAACAACGAUUGUUCAAGACUUCUGUGUGGUUUUGCAAAAGGACAGGUAAGGUUGAUAUGUGGCACAAUACUGUGCACGCUUACUCAGAAGUAAGUCCAGCUGUGUUCUGUCUACCCCAAGGUAGAUGUGCAAACCCAGGGGUUAAGUUUCAGUGAAAUCGGGUAAAGUGUGGAGCACCCUCUAGAAACACCCUUUAAAUGUCCUCUCUGCUGUUCUCUUUUCAAUCCAUACCAAAAACACUGUAUCCAAAAAUAUCCACAACUAGAAUUGAAGCUCUGGGGCUGACAGGAGGCUGGAGGCUGCAUGCGAAAUCUGCUGCACCACCCCGGACAUCAACUAUUAGGCCAGCCUUUCUCAACCUGUGGGUUUCCAGAUGCUGUUGAACUACAACUCCCAUCACCCCUAGCUAGCAAGGCCAGAGCUCAGGGAUGGUGGGAGUUGUAGUCCAACAACAUCUGGGGACCCACAGGUUGAGAACUGCUGUUUUAGGCGGAGAGGCUAAGCAGUGUAAACGAAGCCCCGUUGCACCUUCAGUCUCUUUGGGGCUUCCUCUGCCUUCACUGUCAUCCUCUUCGGGCUCCAGGGAGGGUCUCCUCAUGAGCUAUGAGGACUCUCUAGUUCUCUCCUGCCAUUUCUGGGUUUGAACUGAAUUAUUUUAUUAUCUCCCAGCACCAUGUCGUGAAUUCUUCAUGGCGCUUUAGCAGAAAUGCUCAGAGUUCCAGGUUCUUCAGUGCAGUAUAUUUAUUGUGAGCUAUACAAAUAUCUACAGGCUAUAAUACAUGAGCAGUUCAUAUAGUCAGAGUACCUGGCUGCACCUUAAGGCAAAUAGGAAGACCUCUAACUCUCUGACCACACUCCUCUACACCACCACCUUACUGCUGGAUAGGUUUCCCUUUUAAGCCGAUGACAGCCAAUCAACUGUCAGCACCUUACUGCUGAGUCAUUCUGACCCAGCACUUGCAUAGAAAGUAUUGCAUCAGCUAGUAAACUCAAACCUGUAGACUUACUAUCACACACAGCAUUCUGUGAUCCCAACACACCACGUGUAUAUGUGGUUGUGCGUAAGUGAUCAAUGGCUACUGGUUGCGAUGGCUUUGUUCCACCUCUGCUGUCCAAGGCAGUGUCUCUGAAUUCCAGUUGCUGGGGAUCGCAAGUGAGGAGACUGCUAUUGCACUUGGUUUCUGCUCACAGGCUUCCUAUGGGUAUCUGGUUGGCUACUAUUGGAACAGAAUGCUCAAUUCAAUGGGCCUUUGGCCUGAUCUAGCUGGGAUCUUCUUAUUUGGUUCUAGAGAGCGAUGAUUUUCUAUUUACACCUUUUGUUAUGUCCUUAGAUAAUUUCUUUCUACUGUGGCUUAUUGUUGGGAGAAACCUGUUGACCCCAAAUGUGAUAUAGAUUAGCAAGCAGUACAUGUAUCCCAUGCAGUACUUCUUUGUACUCUGUGAGGUCUUAUUUUAAUGCCAGAAAAUUCAGCUUUUGUUUAAGUCUAGCUUUGAUUUUCUCAAUAAAAAUGUCAUAUGAGAGAAAACAUCAUCCAUUUUAUUUGUUUAUUUUGUAAACUCUAUAUUUCAGUUCCUAGCGAAACUUUCAAAGAAUAGAUAGGUAGAUGGAUAGAUAGUCAUGUUCAUCAUUUUGGAAAUUGGGAGUGAGCAAUCUUGGCAGUCUUGCUCAAUCAUGUUGGCUAAGCUGGUGGGAGGAAGCUUCUGCUUUUAAACUGAUGGACAAGCCAUAGUGCACUUUAGAUGUGAUGUGGCAAUUAAGAAAACUCUGUGGCCUUCCCCACCCUUUUGCUCCACGCCCCUUGGCUCGUACAGCCCUCCCUUUUCUUGUUGUUACUAAAUGCAGUUGACAAUCAUGCCUGACCAGUAUAACCCUAAUUUCUCUUAACCAUAAUUAGCUUUCAAACCAGAGUUUGAAACCAGGAUUAGACCCCAUUUGCUCUCAAAAUGUGCUUAGCAGUAAUUUUUGUUAAUCAGUCCAGCUCAGACUUUGCAGUCAGGAUAGUUACUGCUAGCCAGGAGAGAGGGCUGAGGAGGGGAGGACAUAGGAGCCAACUCCUAAGGGCCGAGGGGACUUCGCCCUCUCAAAUUUUUUUUGAGGGGGCUGCCCCCCCAGUUGAUGGACACUGCCAUUCAAUUGGUGUCCAAGCACCGUGUCAUGUGAUCGAUUAUGCAGGGUGCUGCUUACCUGACCCCCCCCCCCAUAUUUUAUUCAAGUUGGCACCCCUGGGGGAGGAGGAGUCUGCUCCCAGUUCCCAAACCAUGGCAGUGGGGAAGCGUGAUGUCUGAAUUAGACCUUUGUUCUCUAAAACUUUAUAAAAUGUGAAGUACACUCUGUGCUUGGAAAACUAGGACAAAAUAACUGAAUAACGCUUGAUUACACAACAAGAUGGUUGGCAAAUAUUUCAUAGAUGUCUUCAUGCUUUGGUAAUUCAGGCUUGUAUUAGAGAAAAUUAAUGGUCUUUUACUUAUAGAUUACAAUGUGGGAUCUGGCUAGUGGAAAGCUUUUGAGAUCAGUAACAGAUGCUCAUCCUCCAGGAACAGCAAUUUUGCACAUUAAGGUAAGAAAUAUUAAUUAAUUCUGCUUUGUGAGCUGUGUUGGCUGCACUGAAAUUGUGUUAGAUCUUUCUGACGAUAAUAAAUUGUGCACACCUAAUACAGCACCAGUAUUUCUUACCUCAAAAUUUGAAUUGCAUAGGAAAGAGAAGUAUAUUAAAAAUAUCCCACCCACUUCUGAAAGGCCACAGAUAGUUAAAGAUCAAAGGCCUGGUUAUAGAAGAAAGCUUUUGCCUGGUGCAUAACAAUAUAUAAUGAUGGUGCCAGGUGAGAGCAUUCUACAAACAGUGAGGCACAUGAAGAAGGGCCUCAGAUGAAGAUUGGAAUGUCCGGGUUUGAUUCAUAGGGCCAGAGGCAAUUCUUGAGGAACCGUGGUCCUGAUCCCUUUAAGACUUUAUAGGUCAAAACCAGCACUCUGAAUUGGGCCUGGAAACUAAUUAGCAGCCAGUGCAAUCAGGCCAGGUUUGGCGUUAUAUGCUCAAACUGUCUUGCCUCAGUAAGCAACCUGGCUGCUAAAUUCUGCACCAACUGAACUUUCCAAAUUGUCUUCAGAGGCAGCCCCACAUAUAGCACAUUACAAUAAUCUGACCUGCAGGUUACCAGAGCAUAGACAACAGAGGUUGGGGUGUCCCUGUCCAGAUAGCAGUGAAGCUGGACCACCAGCAGAAGCUGAUAGAAGGCGCACUGCCCCACUGAGGCCACCUGAGCCUCAGGCGACAGCAGUUGUUGCAGAAAUACCCCUAAGCUGUGUAACCGCUUCUUCUGAGGGAAUAUGACCCCAUCCAUCUGGUCUAGGGUAGUGUCCAUUAACAAGUGAGGUAAUGUUAAUGAAAGAAAGUUUUAAAAGUUGCUGAGAAGAUACAUGUGUGGGGGAAAAGUAAUGUUCUGUUCAGUUUACAGAUGAUCCAACGCUAGCGAUUUGCAACGACAGUGGAGGCUCAGUAUUCGAACUCUCUUUCAGGUAAGAAUCUGUGGGUUUAUUGUCAGAUGACAGCAUUGCUGGAAAUAGACCCUUUAUAAUGAAAUCUUUUCUAAGAACUUGAAGUGCAGCAUUUCAAACACCAGGUUGUGCUCAAGAUUUCAAGUUGAACAGGCUGAGGAAAAACACUAGAGGCUUUAGAGGCCUAAUUCUCCCUUGAGUAUCCUGGUCAGUAUCAUUUGUGCUUGAUUUGCAAAUGUAGUUGUUAAAAGCCAUUCCUGGAAUUACAUGCAACACUUUUGAAAGCUAAAUUGUAUAUGCAUUUUCCUAUACACACAAGUCAGCGUUGUAAAUUGUUGCUGUUCGUUUAUGUCCUUUUACUUUAUUCUCAGGAGAGUCAUGGGUGUGAGAACAUGUGAGUCACGCUGCUUGUUCAGUGGUUCCAAGGGAGAAGUCUGCUGCAUUGAGCCUUUACAUGCAAAGACUGAACUGAGAGACCAUCCCAUCACCCAGUACUCCCUGCUUGCAAUGGCUUCCUUAACAAAGGUGACUUCUACACAAGACAUCCUGUUUUAAAAUGGAAGAAAUAUUGCCGAAUGCCGAAUAUUUAUUACUUACUUUCACUUCUACCUGCAGAUUCUUGUCAUUGGCUUGAAACCGUCUUUGAAAGUGUGGAUGACUUUCCCAUACGGUCGUGUGAGUAAUUUUGACAAAUUCAUGAUGGUUCAAAGUGCUCUGGUGGGGCAUGAGGGUUACUGGGACCAACCCUACCAUGAAGCAGAGGGAGGAAACUACCUUGGGUAAUGCCCCCCACACUCUGACUGUUUCUCCUGAUCCUGCCCCAUUCCACCUAGCCAUUACCCUCUGUUGAAGGACAGAGCUGUGUGUCCCACAUGACUUGUCCUGCACCCCCAAAAUUAGCCUGCCUCCUUCACAUAUAGUGGAGAAUGUUCCUUUCUUGAAUCAACUUCUGGUCUAGUCUGCUUCUGUACAUGUGACUAGAGAGCACAACGCCAUCUUGUCCUUUGCCUAAGGCAGAAAAUUGUACUAGGCCAGGCCUGAGGAUUAUUUGGGGAGAACCUUAGUUUGGAUGUCUAACACAGCCUUCCAUUGUCUUGUAAGAACUUUAUACAACACACACUGCGCCGAUGGAGUAAUUCUUUCCCAAAUGCCUAAGACCAUUGAAAUCAGUAGGCUUAAGUGCACCCACCUCUGCAAGGACUGGAAAUGCUAAUGUUGUACAUUUCAAGCUGAUUGCAUCUUUAUAAAGCUUUGGAAAGUAGAGUAUUUUUUAUAUAUAUUUAGUAAAAAGCAUGACUAUAGCAUUGUUGAAUCAACAAGUCUUUUUGUAAAUUGAAUUUAAAUUAGACCAGUAUGUUUCACUUUCAAACCAGUGCUUCUCUCCCCCCCCCUACAGCCAGUACUUUUUCUUUCAUUUACUUGGUGCUAAGAAUCUAGUCUAUUUUCAUCUUCAGAUGGACCCAUCCAGUGUUCCAUUGCUAGCAUGGCAUUUUGUUGCUGUGCAGACAUCUGUGAAUCCCGUGCUUGCCUUCUGCCGAGGAGAUGUUGUCCAUUUCCUUCUGGUAAGGUUCAUUUUAUCAAUCAGCUUUGGAGAGUUGCUUUCUAAAUACAUUUUCCCUCAGAGUAGUUGGUCAUUAACUUACAGAAGCUCAGACUGUAGGAUGGCAACAGUUUUGUUGUAGAUGAGUUUCUCGGCUUACUAGUCUGUUGAAAAAGCCAAAGUAUCUAAUUGUUCAGUUUGAUUUUCACUUGAAUGUACGUUGGGAUUAGUGGGAAUCACUCUUCAUUUAAUUCCUGAAUAAUUUGUAUACCAUAAUUUCAUUAAAAAAUAUACCAGAGUUGUUCUCAACAAAUAUAAUAUAGUAAAACACACACAAGCUGAUCACCAGCUGACUAUCAUGAAAAAUGUUGGCAAAUUUAAAAAGUUUUCUGCAGGCGUUAGACGAAAACACAGCUGAAGGUAGCACAAUUGUAAGCAGCCCAAUUGCUUGAUGGACCAAUGGUCUGACUCUGUAUAAUGUAGUUUAUUAUGUUCCUAUGAAUUACCUAAUUUCAUCACCAGGUUAAGAGAGAUGAAUCUGGAGCAAUACAUGUUACAAAGCAGAAGCAGCUACAUCUGCACUAUGACCUCAUUAAUUUUACAGUAAGUUGUUAUGUUUUAUUUUCUAGUAGGAAAUGCGAAGAAUUUUGUUGCUAAAAAAGAAAUAGGCAUUUCUUCCAUUUAAUAGGCUCUUAACUCUUCAGAACAUGAACCUUAUCUGGGUAAUGAUGAUGAGGGGUGUCAGAUGUUUAUGUAGUUGUCUCCCUGCUGGCCUCUAUUGGCAGAGAGGAGCACCACCAUUUAAGGGGCUGUGCUGUGACUGAUGUCACUCAGCUAAGCUACUUCCAAUUGUUCUCACCUUUUUUUAGCAGGAUCCAGGGGCUCAAGGAUCCUUCUAGCAAAUAAUAAAAAAAAACAACCCCACAGUCUGACAUGACCAAUGCAAGCUGGUAAGGUGUUGGUUGCAGAAAUGGCUCCUCUGCUCCCCACCUCCAUUUAAGAUUGCUCUGUUAUUUGCUAGUGAAUUUCAACGUACUUAAAUACAUGGUUGCCACUUUAGUAGUUCUCAUUGUGUUGUCUCUUGAGCCGCGAUCUUAAUUUCUUCUGAUUUGCCAUAGUUUGAUUCUAGUAGAAAACUCAUUAAAAUUUACUAUUAUUGGAAGGGUGUUUAAGACUGAAUAACCUGGAGGUUUUUAAAGUAUAAAUGUAUAACCUACAAAUAUGCAUUUUUUAAAAACUUCAUUCUAGUUUUGUGCCUUGGGGCUUAAAGGGGUGCUUCAAGAUUUGCUCCCAAUGGUUGUGGAGACCAUCAUAUUAAGAAAAAGUUUGUCAUAUAAUUGUGGGGAUUUGUACAUCACACUUGAGAUUUUCCACUUUAAAAUGUAUGUUUCUAGUCCUGCUGGUUUUUAAAUAUUCCUAGGAAAAUUACAUGGCAUUCCUUUCUUACUUAUUUGUACUGAGACCCCAACUUCUAAAGUUAGUCAUGUUGCCACCAGCUAUAUAAUUCGGAUGCUAUGGCUUUAUAAGAUUUACUUAAGAAGAAGAAGAGUUUGGAUUUGAUAUCCCGCUUUAUCACUACUCGAAGGAGUCUCAAAGUGGCUAACAUUCUCCUUUCCCUUCCUCCCUCACAACAAACACUCUGUGAGGUGAGUGGGGCUGAGAGAUUUCAGAGAAGUGUGACUAGCCCAAGGUCACCCAGCAGCUGUAUGUGGAGGAGCGGGGAAGCGAACCCGGUUCACCAGAUUACGAGACUACCGCUCCUAACCACUACACCACACUGGCUCUCUUAGUGCCCAAUAAUAUUCCCUGUCCUUUUGUGUCAUUAAUUGUUGGUACCUGUCACCUUUGCUUGAUUUCUAGUGGAUAAAUUCACGCACAGUGGUGCUUCUGGAUAGUGUGGAGAAACUGCAUGUGAUAGAUCGUCAGACGCAGGAGGAACUUGAGACUGUGGAGAUCUCAGAAGUCCAGUUGGUGUACAACAGCAGCCAUUUCAAAUCAUUGGCUACAGGAGGCAAUGUCAGCCAAGCACUGGUACGGCCAAAUGAGACAUUUACUUAAUGAACAUGUUGGUUUGUUAGGAAUUCCUGUCUAACAUCUGGUGUGUCCUGAAACUGCAGCUAAAUAACUUCUCUCUCUCUUCCCCAGCUCCACCGUUUCUUCUUAUAGUUCUGUUUUUGUACAAUUGGGUUUUGUAUUCUUCCUUUAUGGCAUAACUGCUUGAAUUUUAGCAUGUACUGCAGUAUGGCCUUGCAGGUAGCAAUAGAGAGAAAAAGCAUUCUACAAUGAUGAGGGCAGACAUACAGAAAGGACCUUCCUCUCCUUUCCAACUAUAUACACUUCAACACAUCCAAAAGAUACCUUGAAACUCUGCCAUCACUUUGCUGCACACAGAAAUUGUUUGUUUGCUUACAUAGCAAUCACAGUCUCAUAUCCAGAUUUUAAAACUUGACCAUAGUUUUGUUCUGUGUCUUGCCCAUUUGGUAAAUUUCAGCAGAAAUUAGCUUCUGUUUCAAGUUUCUGCAUUGCAAACUACACGUCUGAAAUAUAUUCAACCUAUUUGGUAAAUAUUAGCUGCCUUGUUGACCCAUAACACAUCAUUAAAACUCCUAGUGGAUCACAGAUGAAUGUUAAAUGACUACUAAAUGCUCUACUUUGAAUUUGUCACCUGCUACUGCACAAAGGAGAGAGAGAAACGACUGAACAAUUAAGCUUGUCUGGCUGCACUUAUUUUUUCCACUGCCCUAUAUUCCUCAUAUAUUUUCUUACUAAUGAAAACACCACUACUGUACUCUUGUACUAAAUAAAAACACUCCAUGUUUUUUAGGCGCUGGUGGGGGAGAAAGCUUGUUACCAGUCAAUCAGCAACUGUGGUGGUCAAAUAUUUUAUUUAGGUACAAAGGUAAGUCUGACCAGGUUCUUCUAAAACUAUUUUAUUAUUUAUUAGGCCUCUUUUUCUGCCUAUUAGAUCGAUUAAAUUAUUAUUACCUCAAUAUAGAAUUAUUUGUCAUUUGUUUUAGUACUUGUAAAGCACCUUGUGUUCUUUGGCAGAAGGGUGGCGUAUAUAAAUGUAAUAAAUAGAAUAAAGCUAUCAAUGGCUCCUAGCCAUGAUGGCUAUAUAUACUACCUCCAGCAUCAGAGAUGGCAUGAGAGGUUUUUUGUCUUCAGAUGUUGCUUGUGGUCUUUUCAUCUGCAUUUUGUUAGCCGCUGUGGAAAACAGGAUGCUGGAUUAGAUAGCCCUUUGAUCUUAAGUUGCGGGAUUCAUGUUUCUUCAGCACCUAGAAUAAAUGUUGCCUAAGCAUCCUGCGAGCUAGUAUGGGAAUUCAUAGUUACUACCAACGAAUGCUUAAGUAGACAACUGCAUUUACUUGCGCUUUUACUUUCCUCUACUUUCAGUCUGUCCAUGUGAUGACACUGAGAAGCUGGAGAGAGGUAAGUGAAGAGAAAGGCCCUAGUGUUAUUAAGACUGCAACCUUAAAUUCACUUACAUAGGACUAAGCUUUUCUGAAGUAAGUUUGGCUUAUAACUGAGUAGACAUGUAUAGGAUGACACUGUAGAGAGCUUAGGUUCAUGACUUGGUGACAGGAGGAAUGAGCUGCCUUCAAGACAAACCUUUGCAGAGUAAAUAUACACAUUAUGGACAGAAAACAUUGGUGUCCUGUUAAUUGAACGCAAUAUUUUCACCAAUAAAGCAUUGCUAAUCUAGACUGCAGUGUCUUUUUUAUUUAUUUAAUUAUUCAUGAUGCACUGAAAGAUUACCUCAGUACUAUUGAUGCUGUAUGUCUAUCAGCAAUGAGGGAAACUUACAAAAAUCUGAAGAAAUUGCUAAAGGGAGUUAGUGUAUCAUGUUCCUUCCAUCAGCAAACCCCAUAGUUCGUUUUGUUCCAAACUGACAAGUGGAUGGCAAAUAAAAUGCAUUGGCUUAUUAUUUUAACUGCCAUUAAUUAUUGCCCAGCUCCAUGUUAUUCAAAGGGCAGUUGUUUUGAUGUUAUGAUGUUAACCAUUUUUCAGUGCUGCCUGUUUAUAGAAUGGAUUUGUGGAGUACUAUUUUUGAGUGGCUGAUCGAUCUGAGACACGUAUAUGUGUGGGUCGUGCACAUUGCAUUUUUGAGGGGAAGGGGUUGAAUGUUUCUAGAAAUGUCUUAAAACACAAACAGAACAAUUAGAAUUCCUGAAUUAAAUCCUUAAUUGGAGAUUGCCUUUGGUCACAAUCUGUAACAGUUGUUGCUGUUGUGUAUCUGACUUCAGAGAAUAGAUCACCUUCUGAAACAAGACUGCCUUAAUGAAGCACUGGCUCUUGCUUGGUCCUUUCAUGAAGGGAAAGCCAAGGCUGUUGUAGGUAAGUUUGAUUUAGUUAUUUUACCACCUAAGUAAAUGCUUCAACAAAAGCCCCCCCCCCCAAUUGCUUACCUUCUAGCAGCUGAUCUUAAGAGGUAUAUUACCUCUGAACAUGGAACUUUCAGCUUUCUGUCCUGGCUAAAAGCCAUUGUUGGUACACCUGCCUUUCAUAAAUUUGUCUAAUCCCAUGCUAAAAAUAAUCCUGCCUGUGUUUUAAUUCUACAGUAUAUGUGGUGGUGGUUAUACACUUUAAAGUUGUGUUUUGAGACAUUUAAUUUUUUAAAAAUUGCCUACUCUGAGUUACAAUAAGUGAGGAGCUUUUUCAUUUGCAGUCUGACCUGGAAAAGUCUUGGUAUUCUGUUUUGUUUUUAAACAGGGUUAUCUGGAGAUGAACAGAAACGAAAGGCUGUUGUUGCAGACAGAGUGAGUUUUUCCUCUUCCUAAUCUUAUCUUUUUUUUCAAAUAUAGAGCUACAUUCUAUCUUUUUUCCUGUACGAUUUCGCUUUUGUUCUCCCAACAAACAGCUUAGUUGGGGGGGGUGUGUGUUGGUAUAUGUCUGAAUGUAAAAGCAAUGACAAUUAAAAGUCAUACUUGCCAUCAAUGCAAAUUGUUCUCUUACAUCAUAAGUGAUGCUCAUCCUUAUUAACAAAUACCAGAGUACAGUGGUACCUCGGGUUACAGACGCUUCAGGUUACAGACUCCGCUAACCCAGAAAUAGUACCUCGGGUUAAGAACUUUGCUUCAGGAUGAGAACAGAAAUCGUGCUCCGGCACGGGGCGGUGGGAGGCCCCAUUAGCUAAAGUGGUACCUCAGGUUAAGAACGGUUUCAGGUUAAGAACGGACCUCCAGAAUGAAUUAAGUUCUUAACUAGAAGUACCAUUGUAUAUAGUUACACCUCCACAAUGAUUAAACAUUGACACUGUACAUUAACUGAUAUUGGGUCCAAACUUUGUGGGAGGUCCAGGUAGCCUUAGUGGUUCGAGGCCCCUUUAGCAGCUGUGACUGAUACCACAGCUAUGGCUGUUCCUGAACCGGCAGAGCCUUGACCACAGUAGUUCAGUCUUUGCUGACUUCAAGCUUGGAUUCUUGGCAAUGCACUCUAUGUGGGGCUUCUCUUGCGCUUGAUCUGGAAGCUGCAGUUAGUGCAGAAUGCUGUAGCAUGGCUUCCGACUAGAAUGAGACACCUCUACACUGGCUGCUGAUUCACCAAGCUCAAGGCCAUUCCUAUUAGAUUCAAAGGAUUGUGGAUAGGAAACCCAGCAUCUAUGAGAGAACUUUGGCAGCUGGACAGCCCACCCCCAAUUUGCCCCUGUAUCCCUUUCUGAACUCCUUCCUAGGGCCAUAGAUCAGUGGUAGAACAUGUGCAUUGCAUGUUCUCCUUCCAUCAUUAAGCACCUUCCUUUCAUAUGAAGCAUGACGGCACUCCUUACCUCUGUAAUCUUUCUGUUUCACAGAUGGUUGAAAUUCUUAUCCAUUUUGCUGAUCGAACGAUGAAGAAAUGUCCUGAUCAGGGUAAAAUCCAGGUGAUGGAGCAGCACUUUCAGGUACAAUGCUUUUUGCAGUGAUUUCUCUUUUCUUUUCUAUUUCCACUUAAAAUUCAGAGGUUAAAACGGUUAUGAAUUGUUUCAAGAGAAAUGGAAGCACCUAUAUAAAAAUAAUAUUUUCUUGUAUAGGCUGCUAUCAUGCCGCUCUUGGGCAUCUUGUGGUAGACGCAGGGUUGAUUCUUCGUCAGGAAAAAAUUUCAAGUCUUGAGGAUAAUGUGCAAGCAAUAUAGUGACUUCCUAAUUUUGUGAUCUCUCUGUAUCAGUGCAAGUGUAAUCUUUUCUGGAUAACAGCUACAGAGCAGUAAUAGGAGAUCAAGUAGUACUUGCGGAUUGUUAGUGACACUUUCUGUGUGGUUUUUUCGCAGGAUAUGGUGCCUGUCAUUGUUGAUUACUGCCUUCUGCUUCAGCGGAUGUAAGUGAGAGCAUGAGAAACUUGCUUACUGAAUUCAAUAGAUUUGCCAUACAUACUGCACCAGGACUGCCACCUAUAGCUGUUCCUUGCCUUAAUGACAAACAGCAGGUGUCCCAGAAGAAAAGUGGGAUAUGAGAGCUGACAAUGAUGGAACAAUUGAGCCAUAGGGGAAGGUUUUCUCUAAAUUUCCUGUCUGAAUGAUCUUGAAUUAUAGCACUGCAUUCGCAAUUGCUUAUUUGUAAAAUGGCGGGUUUCUAAAUGGAUUUUCCUUUUAAGGCCUCACCUUUUAAUGUUUUUGGUCCGAAUGACAGAUGUUUCAGGAAUUUCAUCUUUGUGAAUUCCAGUGCAAAUUGACUUGAUCUGUCCCUUCUAGACUCAUAUGCAGAUCAGAAUGCAAUUAUCCUCUUGGAUUUCACAUUUAUCUGAAUUUUACAAGGCAGUUCUCACUUAAAAAAAAAAAGUACCAAAAUGUUUAUUUUAAUAUAAGGUAUGUUACUAAAUGACAUUUUGUGGGGAGGGGGGAAAUACGUAUUUAUAGACUAAUGUGUAUUUUAAACCUGGGACAGAACAGCUUUACUGUCUGAACACAUGCAAAACCGAUACUGGCAGAAAUAGAUUAACCAGUCCCCCAUCCAUAAUAUGAAUGCAGGAAGUGUUUUCAAUGCUGUGUAUGCUGUAGAAAUCAACCAUUACUAGCUAAAAUAAGUUUUUAAUUUCUGAUAAUUACUUAUUCACUUGUCAUCUUCAUUCUAGGGAUCUGUUGUUUAGCCAGAUGUAUGACAAGAUGAGUGAAAAUUCUGUGGCGAAGGGUGUCUUUCUGGAGUGUCUUGAGCCAUACAUUUUAAGUGAUAAAUUGAUGGGAAUUACAGCACAAAUUAUGAAAGAUUUGCUGCUUCACUUCCAAGAUAAGAAUUUAAUGGCAAACAUGGAGGCUUGCAUUGUACAUAUGGAUAUCACCAGCCUAGACAUACAGCAGGUGAUAAUUGGUAACCUUCAUAUUUUGACAUGGAUGUAAUAUCAUUCUGCUGCUAUUUAAGUAUGAAUGUUUUCAAUAGUUAACGAACAAGAUGUUUAAAACGUUUUGUGUUGCCUUGUGCUACAGAGAUGCCCCUGGGCUCUGUAAAACUCUAAAAAGCAUUUGAGAACCAGACAAGAUCUCUUAGGGUAAUCUACAUUAAUCCAGACACACUGACCAGAUGUUUGGAAGCUGUGGCUGGAUGGUUACGUGGAAGCCGGUUGAAGUUAAAUCCUUCGAAGACAGAGGUCCUCUGGCUGGGACGGGACGAUAUGGGAUUGGGGGGGCAACUCCCAUCUCUUGCGGGGUGCAAUUAGUGCCAGCACCGUCCGUUAAGAGUUUGGGUGUAAUCUUCGAUACCUCCCUCUCUAUGGAGGCGCAGAUUACAGCUAUAACAAAGGCGGCAUUUUUCAUCUCCGCCAAGCUAAGCAGUUGGCCCCUUAUCUCUCUCGCCCUGACCUAGCCACUGUGAUCCACGCGACGGUCACCUCCAGACUGGAUUAUUGUAACUCGCUCUACGUGGGGCUGCCCUUGAGACUGACCCAGAAACUCCAGCGGGUGCAGAAUGCCGCGGCGAGACUCCUUAUGGGGUCUUCGCUGCGAGAUCACAUUCAUCCGGUACUAUACCAGCUGCACUGGCUCCCGGUGGAGUACAGGAUCAGGUUUAAGGUGCUGGUUUUAACCUUUAAAGCCCUAUACAGCCUAGGACCCUCGUACCUACGGGACCGCCUCUCCUGGUAUGCCCCACAGAGGAACCUACGGUCUGCAAAUAAAAACAUCCUGAAGGUCCCAGGCCUCAGAGAGGUUAGGCUGGCCUCAACUAGAGCCAGGGCUUUCUCGGCUGCGGCUCCAAUCUGGUGGAACGCUCUGUCACAAGAGACUAGGACCCUGCGGGACCUGACAUCUUUCCGCAAGGCCUGCAAGACAGAGUUGUUCCACCAAGCCUUUGGUCAGGGCCCAGCCUGACUCCCUCCUCGGGCAACCUGCACAGAACUUUGCUUAACGGUUGCCAUUAAAUUGAUUUUAAUUAAUUUUUAUAAUGAAAUGUUUUAGAAUGUUGGAUUAUUUGAUUGUUUGAUUAUUUGAUUGUUGUUAGCCGCCCUGAGCCUGGCUUUGGCUGGGGAGGGCGGGAUAUAAAUAAAAUUUAUUAUUAUUAUUAUUUAUUAUUAUGUGGAUUAAUACCAGUUUCAAACUUGGGGUAAAUCAUGGGUGGGGAAUCUCUGGUUUGCAAGCCAAAUAAGGCUUUACCAGGCCUCCCCAUUUGACCUGCAAAGCCAUUUUUAGGAGUCCAUUCCCACUCACCCUAUUCUUGUCAUGUAUGAUGUCACCAGGUGUCUCAUGGGUAAGGGCGGGGCUUCAAAGGAAAAAUUGGGCACUUAAAAUGAGCUCCCAAUUGUUCUUUUGGUGAAGCACUUCCAGCACCCAUUAACCACUCCUUCUGCAGGGCCUGUAAGACAGAGCUAUUCUGUCUGGCCUUCCAUUUGAAUUAGCCUGAUCUGCUAUUCCCUUUUCCCUUUCCUCUUCUAUGAAGAAACCCUUUCUGGACCCCACAUUUAAAUUCUUAUUCACACACCUCCUUGCUGGCCCUAGUAGGACCAACUUGGCCAGUUAGCCCUGGUGAUUAUUCGAUGUCUACUGACUAGGUUCCCCCCCCCCCAAAAAAAUGACCCCUGAAUUUUUGAAUUUUAUUGAUAUUGAUGCUGCAUUUUAUGUUGUAUUAUAUACUGUUUUAUGCUGCUUUUAAGUCGCAUUUUAAUCAAUGUUUUAUAUUUGCUGUUAGCCGCCCUGAGUCCGGUCUUUAAACCGGGAAAGGCGGGGUAUAAAUAAAUAUUAUUAUUAUUAUUAUUAUUAUGAGCAGUGGCUCGUUCAAGGAGGGGGAAUUGUUCUCCCUUCCAGUGCUGCUUGAACCUUAAAAAACUGGAGGUUCAAAGAGCAGCACAGGACUGUUUGAAAGCUUUUUCAAAGCAGCUCCAUACCUCAGUUUAAGAAGCAGCAUGGUUGUAUUUGUAAAAGGGCUUUAAACAUCCCUUUGAAAAGCCAGGAAUUCCAAAAACAGCAUGUGGAUGUUCGAAAACCCUUUGCUACAAAUUACCUCCCUUCCCCCUCAUUUAAGGAAAUCAGUUUCAGCUUUUUGUAUAUGUAUUGCUCUACAUUCUCUUCUGAGUCCACAUGCUGCUUACUGUCUGUUAUAGUGUUGAAUAAAUCUUCAAGUCUCAAGGCAUAUUUUUUUGUUCCUAGGUGGUCCUCAUGUGCUGGGAGAAUCGUUUGUAUGAUGCCAUGAUCUAUGUCUACAACAGUGGCAUGAAUGACUAUAUUACACCAAUGGAGGUAGGAAGGUUGGAGCCACAUACUAAGUACCUUCUGUGCUCAUCAUCAGUUUUCCGCAAGACACUUAACUAAACAUCAGCCCCAGCCAGGGUGGCUGAUGGUUAGGAAUUAAGGGAAUUAGAGUCCAACAUGGUCUGGAGGCCAUCACAUUGGUUUCCUUUACUCUUUAGCUUUAGACUGGAGCAGUCCAGUUUUUAUUCUUCUUUUAACUGCAGUUCUUAUUUCUUCUGAACAUUGUGCAUGUUUAUGGAGAAGCCACACACACAUUCCCUGGGUGACAUUGGCCACAGCCAUUUUCUUUGAAGCUGGGAGCAAUAAGUCUCAUGGUUCUUAUCAAGCAUCACUAAACAUGGAGCUGGUUUAAGUAAUUUCAAGGACUUUCUCUUCAGCCAGUGGUUGUUUUUUCCCAGACCAAAUACAUAACUAUGCAACAUUUGACAAUAAACAAGUCAGUAGCAACCUAUUUACUAAGGAUGUAGCCAACAUGGACUGUUCAUAAGAUGUCUGAAAAAAAAUCACUAUUUUAUUUUUCUUCCGAUAAAGUGCAAGCAAGCAAUAACAGAAUUGAAACAGAUUUUAAAUUAUUGGAGGCUCUUAUGCAAAAGCUUUGUGACAUUAUCACUGAUGCUGAGGCUAAGGGUGCAUUUUAAUAAACUGGUCAUAUGCAAUAGCCUUCCAGAAAGAACUCAUGGAUAUGAGAUUCUCAUAUGGUUCUGCCUCCCCAACAUCAUUUGUUGAACAUUGUGAUUAUCUCUUGUUCCUUUCUGGAGAUAGAAUUCAAUUAAAUAAGAGCACUGGUAGGGUACUGUGUAACCCUGCAGAUGUCAUUGGACUGCAGCCCCCAUCAACCCUUGCCCCUGGCCAUAAUAGUGGAGGUUGAUGGGAAUUGGAAUCCUACAGCUUCUGGAGGACUACAUGUUUCCCAUCUCUGGGGACCUCUUCUUAUUGCAUACCUGUUUUCAUUGCAGGAAGAGAAAGUGCGUCAGCUAGACUGUACUGUUUAUUUAAACCACUGGAUUAAAACCUCUCCUUUUCCCAGGGAGAGAUACUGCAUUUAAAUAAACAGAGAGCAUUGUUUUACUUGUUAGAUCCCAACAUGGUGGGUGAGUGGGGAGGCAUUGCAUGCACUCAGAAUUUUAUUUUGUAGUUUGGGGUUGCUUCCUGGAAAAUAACAAGUAAACAGGCCGCUGGAGAAACUGUAAACAUGGGUGCCUUAAAUAUGUUCCUUCUCUCUAUUAAAUUCCUUGUUUGAUGAAUCAUUCAAACCUGUGUGGACACAGAUUAUAUCAUGGCAAGUCUAGGACUACUGGAAAGAUGGUGCCACUAUGGACUGCAUGGUGGAAAAGGUCAACAUUUAGCUGUUGUCAUGGAGAAUUAGAGAGAUCAUGUAGUGACACAUUCAUAAUGUCAACUACCAGCUACAUAAUUGCACUGACAUUUUGUUAAGGACAGAACAAAUCCCUUGUAUCCCCAAAAUGUAAUAACAUCAUUUCUAAGUUUGUUUGUUUGUUUUUUUGGUCCAGGUAAAAAAAUAAGCAGCACGUUGGUUUGUUUAUUAUAACGUGAUCUUAAGUAUUCAUCACCUAUUCCUUUUCAUUUGCAUGAGCAACCAUGAUGCUGUUUCAGUCGUCUUAUAGGGAAAUAAGUAUGUUUUUUCAGUGGCGGUAGCAGUGGUUAUUAAGCAGCCUGAGUGUACUGAUUGAUACCAGUUUUCAGCCUGAAAAUUUUAGUGCUGAAAAUGUUCGAAAGGAUGGUGGUAACUACUGCAGUAUUAGGCCAUCUGCAUGAGCCGGUUUUGCCACUAUAGCUGGCUGAAUAACUGUUAUUGGCAGCGCAGCUAAAGGUCACUUUGUACAAUUCACAUUUCCCACCCAAGGUAAUUUAUACACUGGAAAUGUCAUCAAUUCCAUGAGUAAUUCAUCACCAAUUGGAAACAUCUAUUCAUCAGUUGUGCCAUAUCUUCUGUGUUCAGGAUUCAAUCCCCAGCAUCUCCAAGUAAGGCUGGGAGAGACCCUGGUCUGAAAUACUGGAGAAAGCGGCUGCCAGUCUGUGUAGGCAGUACUGAGCUAGAUGGGCCAAUGAUCUCACUUGUUAUAAGGCAGCCUCCUAUGCAAAGGAAUUAAUAUUAAGAUGGGUAGAAUGAAAUCUGCAGUUCCGUAUAGAGUGUGUUGGAUUUGCUACCUCCCAGGUGAUAUAUUUUUAUAGUCUCUCCCUUUCUUGCAUCUACACUGGUUCCUGUACUGGUCCUUGCAUUUAAUUGCAACCAGUAAUCCCCUGGAUGUUUGAAUGCACAGAGGCAGCAAUCUAGUAUAGGCCAGAUUCUUAUCAGAUCCUAGGCUUCUGGACCAAAUUUGACAGGUGGGCUGUCCACCUGUCCAUCACUAGGCAAUACAGUGACAUCAGGCAAUUGUGUGCUUUGAAGUCCUGAAGUUGGGACGUCAAAGCAUCAUGCAGGGUUUGCAAAGAGCCCUGUGUGGUGCUUUAAAAUGCGUGAGGCUUUGGCUCCCAACUGUGUUCCGGCAACCAUACCUCUACCUGUCUCACAGAUGACAUCACAUAUGACAUUAGUUCUGGGGCAGGUGGGAGUGGUUUGGGGGGGAAUGGCCCUCCAGGCCAAAUUUAAACUCCCGGUGGACCAAGUUUGGCCAAUGGGCUGGAUAUUCCCCUCUGCAGUAUAGAUGAAGAAAAACCCCUUCUCUAUUACUCUUAUUGGAUAGGAAAUCAAAAUAUUUUUUAGCCUUGAAAGGAAACCAGCCAAUCCCAUACUGGUCUCCCAUGAGAACUUCAGUGUCACCUACUUAGUAGUACCAUGUACUGCUCCCUCAUUUUCUUAGUGGACAGAUGAGCUGCUGUUGUGGCAUUGAAAGAGACUGGAGAAGGCAGCAGGCGAGUGUUUAAGUACACUUUCCCACAUAGUAAAGCUUUACCUCAUGUGGUAUGGGCCUGGGGCACACUCCCUUUGUAUUAUGCUGCCAUUCCAAAACAAUUUGCAGCUAUUUAAACCAAACUGCCCCGGGCAAAACUACCCAUUCAACUACAGUUGCACCCUUUGACUACCUGGCAAUUUUCUCUUUUUGAAAUCUCUCCCUUUUUGAUGUCUUUUUACUACUGCCAAAUCCACUAUUAAUAUGUUGAACGAAAAUGAAGAGCAACAAAGGAAACAUCUGCUAACCUUGUUUGUGUUCUCUUCAUUCCUCCCACCCCCAGAAAUUGUUCAAGGUCAUUGCUCAUCCUCUUAGUGCUGGAAAGUCUCUCUCAGGUACUCUGUUUGAUAAGUAUUUAUCGUUUAAAUUUGCAUUUUGAGCACUUUUUGAAAGUUUGUUUGGUUUGUGAUAUCUGAAUGUGAGGGAUUGCUAUAGCCUACCCUACCCACCUCUGGUCAUCCUAGUCUCAGCUCACCUCAUUGGCUUGUUCCCUUGGAGAGAUCUGCUUUAUGACUGAUAAACUUCCUCUCUGGAAAUGACUUUCAUGUUCAAACUCACAUGAAUCUCACAUGAACGUAUGUGCUGAUCCUACUCAGCUUCUGUGUACCCAAAUGAGCUACAAACCCUGGAGGGACACUGCCAGUGGUGUGGCUUGAUAUAAGGCAGCUCAUUAUGUUCCAUAGCUCAGAUGAAGGGGGACUUAUGCAUUCUUCUAGCUGAUGCCAAUAUCCUAUAAGAGGAUAGGAAUACACCGCCAAGACCCUGAACUUUCCGAGCAAGCAUGGUGUCAUUCCUUUGUUUUAUACAGUGACUAUUAUUUACUAAAUGUCAAAAUUAUAGUGUUUUUUUGGACAUUUUCAGCCUUUCAUGAACCUUCUCAAAUGCUUAGUAUCCAGAUGCAAUGUAUUUAGUGUAGACAUCUGUCCAUAUGUCAGAUUAUGAAGCAAAUGGAACAUUGAGUUUGUCAAAUCACUUGGUUAUUGCAAGUAAGUCACCUGAGGCCCUUUUAGCAAAGCAGGUUAUGAACUUUGAGUAAAUUCAUCUCCAGAAGAUAAUACAAAGCUUUUGUUUCUCUGUGUGUGGUUUAUUUGUUUGUUUUUUAGACGAGCAAGUCAUCAUGGGCAACAAGCUGCUUGUCUAUAUAAGGUACGGUACAUCUAGCAUCUAUAAGAUAGUUAUUUAUGUUUUGCUUUCUGUAGUACAGUGGUACCUUGGAUUAAGAACAGCUUAGUUUGUGAACAGCUUGGAUUAAGAACGCUGCAAACCAGAAGUAGGUGUUUUGGUUUGUGAACUUUGCCUUGGAAGCAGAACAUGUUGAGUGUGUUCCAUUUGUAAACUGAGUCCCCUGCUGCUACGGAAAAGCACACCUUGGUUUAAGAUUGUUUUGGUUUAAGAACGGACUUCCGGAAUGGAUUAAGUUCGUAAACCAAGGUACCACUGUAGUAUAAUCUUUUUUGUCACAUAGGGACAGAGAAACCCAACAGCUCUGCCAUGCCAGCAGCCAAUACCAUAGCUUAGCUAGGAUUCUCUGCACCCCAGGCAGCACCCCCCUCAGUUGAUGAGCAUUGCCAUUCAAAUGGUGUGUGCAUGCCACAUCAUCUGAUCUAUUUUGUGGGGCGGGGCUUAUCUGCCUCCCCCAUAUUUUAUUCAAGCUGGCGCCCCUACUAGGGAUGUCCUAUCAUCUCACUGCCUCAAAUGCACAAGGUGAUCUUGAGAUGUUGAAUGAAAUCAAGGAGGCUCCUGAAAGACGAAGUGUUGUAGAAGUAGCAAAUUCCCUCACAUCGACUGGGUACACACAUGCACAGUUGCAGUGAAGAAGUAAAAUUUCCAGAUACCCUAAAUAACUGUGCAUGAGAACAAUUGGCCAUGGAGCUGACCAAAGGGAUGGCAACCCUAGAGUUUAUCUUAAAUGGAAUCCAGGACCUAGUGCAAGAUGUAGGUAUUGUUGAACCGAUCUAGAACAGUGACCAUGGUGCUAUGAAAUCCAGCAUAUAAGUGGACAACUGCCAAGAAAGUCCAACAUUGUUCUGACUUCCUCAAAAGAGGAAACUUAAUAAAAAUUAGAUAAAAAGGAAAUUGAAAGGGAAAGUCAAGAGGUUCAGAACACUUGGCAGGAGAGAGGCUAUUCAGUACCAUCAUAACAGAAGCUUGACUGGAAUGUAGACCUAAGAUCAGGAAAGGUAUUAUCAGGGCCCCGUGGAUGCCUGCAUGGUUGAAAAGUGGAGUCACUGAAGUGAUUAGAGGCAAGCAAACUAAAUUCUAAUGCUGAUAGGCUGCCUUGGGUGAGUGGGGAAACUGCAGGGGUAUAGAACAGAGUGACUGCUGCUGUUUGUUGAAGGGCCCCACUUUUAUACGAGUAGGAACCUAGAUAAGGAAAUGGGAGCCAUUUCCAGCUGCAUUUAGGUCUUUGUUAUGUUACAGUUCUUAAUUUAUGACACUGUUUUAACUCCAUCUGUCCUUUCUUAACAGUUGCUGUUUGGCUGGUCGAGCUUAUCCACUGGGCAAUAUCCCUGAAGAUCUGGUACCUUUGGUUAAAAAUCAGGUGAGUUAAAAAUAAACUGCAAAAUUCACUGGAAAGGCCAGUGGCUCAGUAUUACCCAGCCUAUGUAGAAAAUAAUGAGCUGAAUGACUGAUGGUCCGGCUUCGUAUGAGGCAGUUCUGCCAGAAUAAUUUUGCAUUUUUGAAAAAUUUGGAAGCUGCUCCUGUAGGUGUGCUUGAUAAGAAAUAAUAUUAUCAAAGGCAUAAUUUGUUGUGGAACUCCCUUCCCUCCAUCUUUGAAUAGUAGCCACCCACUCUGUCAACGGUUGCCACAGCAAUAUCCCAAAGUUUUCUGAGCUCAACUUCACAGACUGCUGGUCCAUGUUUGGAAGUCUUAUUAUAGAGGAAACAAGAGAGAGUGUAGAAAAUUUGAGACAAAACAAAAGAGGCAAUAUUGCAGGAACACGAGCAAAUAAAAACUCAAAAGGAUAGUUCCCCCCCUACAUUCCAGCUGUGUCUUAUUCUUUAAGACUAUGUGCAGAUACUAAAUUUAUUAAGGUUGGCAGAUGACUCCCAUCAUGGAACCUGGUUUAUCUAUAGCAAUCAUGUAACAAUGUGAUAGGAAUGACAUGCCUUUUGUGCUUAGCUGUUACGUUGCAGAUAUCCGAUAAGAAGUUGCUAUCAUCUGGAUAACGGUAGCCUUUUGAUUGUCUGCCACAGCUCUUUGUGAUUGUCCCUGAGCACUUUUUCAUACACGUUUUGAUUCUCUCCCCUGCCCUUCUUUCAGUGAAGAUACAGUCAGCUGGGAGCUGUGCUAUGUUUUUUUCUGGAUUUUUUUGUCCAUUAUGGACUUCAUGGGAGUCUAGAGCAGGAAUGGGGAACCUUGAGACCUUCCAGAUAUUGCUGAACCAGCCAUUAUUAUUAUUAAAACUCCAAUUCUCAUAAUCUCUGACCAUUGGCCAUGCUGGCUGACUGGGACUGAUGGAACAUUUGAACAGCCAUAGAUUCCCCACCACUAGUCUAGAGGCUAAGGCUGCAAUCCUAUUCUCACUUACCUGGGAGUAAUUCAAGUUGACUCUGUGGGACUUGCUUCUGAGUAGACAUGCAAAUGAUAAAAUGUACCUAGGCUUCAUUUCAGUUGUCGGGGAGGAUGGCCAAUAAGUAGAUCACCUGAUUUAUUUAUUUUUUGAUUUUUUAAUUAAAUUUCUAUACUGCCCAUAAUCCAAAGAUCACGGGGUGGUUUACAAUGUAAGAACACAAACAUAUAUAUCUUAGCAAGAAACAAAAGCAAUAUCCCCCACCCAGUUUAAAAGGCCAUAGGAUUGCCAUGAAGGAUUUAUGUGACUUUUUGUAUUUAUGUAUGAUAUUUUUCAAAGCAAUGUAGAUGAAGAAAAGUCAUUGAUCUAAAAAGCCUAAUUUUGCAUUCAAACAUGAUGGGAGGGAACAUGCAGAAUGGAAAAGGGUGGGGACAAAGUGUGGCUGUUUUGUGCAUGCAGGCUUCAUUUGAGUUGUUGGGGAUAAGGGCUAACAAGUAAAUCUACCAGAUUUUUCUACACUAAGUAUUAUACAUUUACAGUGCAAUCUUACGUGCUCUACCCGUACCCCACCGUACAGUGCGCACAGGAUUAUCUCCCUGAUCAUGAAGUGACUUACUAUUCUGUUAAAUAGCCACAAUAAUGGUAUAAAAUAGCUUUUAAUAUCCACAUUGAAGCAACAUUUUGAAGCAUAUCUGAUCGUUUUGCUCUGUAUGCAAAGACAUUAGCGCUUAUUAGCUGUGCUCAGCUCAGUAGCGUGGCAGAUAGUUUGGAUGUAGGCCAGGUGCAUCUAAAUCACUGCCAGUAAAUUUCAGGCAUCACUUCUGUGUUCCUGUUGCUAAAGCACCUCGGGGAACUGUUAUUUAAACCACAGCAAAGCAUUGUGUCUCAUGCCUCACUGUACAGAUUGAUCAUAUAACCUCCUUACUGAACUGGCACUCCUUAUCCCAAGUAGUUGCACAGUUGUGGCUCUCUGCAACUCUCCUGUGCUGUUCUGGUCUUGUGAUGUUUAACUGAUAUACCUGUUGCUCAUAGUCUGUGAUGGACAGCCAUAGGCGUGGUCCGUGUAGAGAUGUCCUGCGUCCAAAGCAGUUUGGAGCUUCAUGCUCCGGCACCGCGGGGGGCAGAGCAGGCGGGGGCGGGGCUGGAGCAUGUCACGGGGGCGUGGCAUGCUUCUGGGGGUGGGGGUUAGUUUCUGUUUCCUCACUGAGCAGCUGCUUGCAGUCACAGGACUGUUUACAUUCCACAGUCCAGAUAUUGUUGGAUUCUCACGGGAAAGGGAGACGGGAUGUGAUGUUACUGGUUUCCUGUUUCUUUUGUUCCUUUCGUUUUCUUUGUUCAGUUGCUCUCUGCUUCUCACAGACACAAGAUGUAUUUUUCUUUGCUCUCUGCAUAGCUUAGUAAUAAAGUAUAGCAAUGUAGCCCAUACCUGCCUCAUCCUUCCGUUGUGGACUUUGUUGUUUUAAUGCUCUGCUGGGUGGGCUCAAAGAAGAUGAGCCUUAUCAGCUCGGAGGACCGGAGCUGAAAUUCAAUAGGGCACGCCACCUGAGGGGACGUGGCGCCCAGCGUGGGCAGGGGGGCAGCCGCGAUGGCACCCCACCGGGAUCGCGCUGCCAGUGGCAGUACUCUCCCCCCGCACUCUUCCUCCGCCAAUAGCCCAAGGCUCCUUCAGGGAUUUCUGUUUUAAGUACAGUGAUUGGAUGGGGUAACCCCAGUUAUUCUUGCUCAAAUUGUCCAUGUUAUUUGUCCCCAGCAUUUGGCCUGUGGUUCAUAGAUUUUCAUAAUCACUCUCCUAUUUUAAAAUCUACUAACAAUCUUUCCUUUAUCUUUUAUGUCCCAAUAAAUUGACUCGAUAUAUUAGGAAUUGGUGCAUUUUGGAAAGUAAUCUCGAAGGCAAAUGUGCUUGUGUCUUUUGCCAGAAUUCAUUAUUUAGGAAACCUGUGGUGAUAAUCUCUCUCAGAUGCCAGUGAGCAGCAAUAAAUGUCAAUAAUUGUGAAAGUGGAUGUAAGAAGCCAUGGGAUAUGUUAAACAGAAGUAGUUUGCCUACUGUUAAAUCAUUGAACUUGUACCAGGAAAUAAACGUCCAGCACAGCGGAUGGCAUUUAAGGAACAGAAAAUGCUGUUGAAAAUCCAUUCUGUAUUCUCAAGGAGGUUUAAGGAGCUGGUAAGCUUUGAACAGUUCCUUCAGGUAUUCAGUGAUUAUUAAUCUUUCAUGGCAGGUCUUUGAAUUCCUCAUUCGUUUGCACUCAGCAGAGGCACCCACCGAUGAAGAAGUUUACCCUUAUGUCCGCACACUGCUGCACUUCGAUACGCGGGAGUUCCUCAAUGUUCUUGCACUGGUAAGUGGCAACACCACUUCCACAAAGAUAUUGGGGGAGAAAUCCCAUCACCUCCUUCAUUUGAUUAAAGAUAUAUAUGUCAAGUUUUCACUAAUCUAUAAAAACUUACUUGUUUGACAAAUAUAAUAUUUGCUAACCUUUUCCAGUAUUAGCUGCAACUGAAUAUUCUCUGUUUGUUACUACAAACUCUCCUUAUGGUGUGUAGAGUUUCAAUCUUUAUGAACCAACCAUCCCAUUUACUGUUGGAAGGCCUUUCUGAAUAAAGGGAAUUUGGGAGCCACUGGCACAAAUUCCACCAACACCGGGGGUCUUACUUCUUGAACAUGAACCAAUGUAUUCAAUGCAUUUUAAAAAUGCAUAUUUUAUUAGGAAUAGUCUUUAAAAUGCUGUUGUAUUGCAUAUGCAGUUUUGCAGCAAGUUAACAGGUUUCCAGGCCAGGUUAUGCUGGUGAUAAAUCUGUUCACCAUUAUGAAUUACAUUACCCUUGGUGGGCCAGAUAUUAUAAAUACACUUGCUCAGUGUGUAGUGCAACAUGUGAAAAGCUGCCCUUUUUAUUUUUUUAUUUUACAAAGACCAUGCAGUUGCUAUUUCUGGAAGCCAGAGGCUGCCCUACUAUUAGAUUCAGGGAAGCAGAAGACUCUACUUUUAUUUCCAUUGCCAUUCUUAAUAUCCAAGGAGAGUGGAAGAUGUAUCUGUGAGGCUUAGGGGUUAGAAGCCCACAAUACUAGAUUGGGUUUGGGGGCUGAAGAAGAGGGAGUGGAAGGAUGGCACUGUGAAAAUCCCAUCAUUUUCAUGGAUGCUCAUCUGCUUUUCCAUUUGUGCUUGCUGCUAAUAGUUUCACACUGGACACCCACAAGCCACAAUACACCCUGUCAUUAUUGGUACUUUUUUCACUUCAGGGAUACCUUCUUCUUGCUCAGUGUAAAUAAUGCCUCUUUAUGCUGAGAAGUAAUUUAUUUUGUGCCUCUUGUUAGAGCUAACAUUGUUGCCUGUAUUGAUGCUCUAGUUUCAUUUGCAUAUUGGAAGUGGGGAAGUUUGCCUCUGUAAAAAUAAUACUGACUCUGCAAUCUGGCUCCUGCACUUGCUGAAACUUUAGUAAUCAAAAUAAUAAUAAUAAUAAUAAUAAUAAUAAUAAUAAUAAUAAUAAAUUUAUUAUGUAUACCCCGCCCAUCCAACUGGGUUUCCCCAGCCACUCUGGGUGGUUCUAUUAUCUUCUCAUUUCCAGACUUAUAAGCCUCUCAUUGACCUCUCUACUGUCUUUAGUAUAGUUGAUGUUCCUCUCCUGGUUGAUUCCCUUAAUGCUCCAGGUUUCUUUAUCUUGCUCCUUUCCUCCCUGUCUAAUAAUCCAUUCAACAGGAAAGUUUUGUUUGCUUUUACCUCUCCCUUUGUUCCUUCAGGACCUGUUCUUAACCCUCUGCUAUAAUAGGCGCACGAGCUUAACAUCUUGGUUUUGAGUUUGCUACAGCCUUGCUACCCCCUCUGGAAACUGUUACAUCUAUGAACUGCACUUGUCUCUGCCUCGGGACCCCAUAGCUUUCUGCCACAAUAUAAGCCAUCAUAUCUUAACAGCUUGCAUGUUACUGUCAGCUUCUCCACUUCACACUACUGUCUGAGAUGCUGCAGGCACCUGAAAACAAUUAUAGUUUGAGUGAGUUGUGUUACAGGUAGAGGCCAAAUGAUACUGUCCAUCAGAAAAAGCUUUCAUUGCAAAGUGCUGUUGUACUUUUAUUCCAGUUUCUGUAGUCUAACUGGCCUCUGACGUCUUUGCAACAAGAUUUACAAGUAGAGUAAAGUAACAAGUUUAGUGGAUAAUUACAGUUGGCGUGAGGAAAUGAAGGAAGGAUGUAACAAGUCCCACUGCUAGCUGCUGCAUUUUUCGUAUUUCCCAUUAUAUGGGGAUAAAGGUAUAAAGUGUUUCCCCCCCUCUUUUCUCUCCCAAUACCAUUAUCUAACAAAGACAUUUGAAGACUUUAAGAAUGACAAGCAAGCUGUAGAGUACCAACAGAGAAUUGUGGACAUCCUUCUGAAGGUAAGCUCCCUCCUCACCUUGUUUCUAGUGGCCAUAGUAAAAGAUGGAUUGUUUCUGCGGUGUUAUAUAUUCCUUUAUUUUAAUCCUGUCACUGAGUUGGAAUGCUUUCUUUGGGAAAUGAAUAAACGUGUCCUUUGUGUGCCUUGCUAAUUGGUAAGAAGUGAAUGGCACUGGCUUCACUAGCACCUCUUGCAAGGUACUCUGAGGUACUUGAAUGAGAAAUGUUUCCUGACUUUAAACUAAUGGUGCUCUUUAAAAAUACUAAACAAAUAUUUUCCUGUAGAAUGUACAGUUUCAUGAGAGAAUAAUCGUGCAGUGCCAUCUCUUUCUUGAUCCAGUAUGCUUCACUGAAGUGCCUAAUGAAGCUAACUUACCUUAAUACAUAAGUGAUGAUGUAUGUUGGUUUCAUUCAUGGACUUUAUCCUUAUCUUGAAUAUAAUAUACACUGAAACAUAAUGAGGACAAAGAACUACAGACAUAAGUUGUUAGCGCAGUGUUGUUGUAAACGGUUAAUGCAAAAUGGAUGUAUGUCAUAUACAGGAGAGGAGGCAACUAAGUUUACCUCUGUGUGUGGCCUUGGACUGUUCCAGAAUAGGCUUCUUUUGGUCAUAACAUUUAACAGAAAAUACGUUGUUGUUAUAGGUUCAGGAACUGAGCCUUGUAUCCUAGUAUUUCUGCUAGAAGGAUGAAAAACUUCAAAUUCAAAGAUGGAAAAAAUAAUAGAGAAAUAACAUUUUGUAACUGAAAGGGUAUUGAAAAGAAGAGAUGGGUUUCCUGCUAAUUGCAUCAGUUAACUUGUUUGUCUUCUCUAUAUCUAAACAUUUCAGUAACUGCUCCCUCCUUGAGGGGGAGUUCAUAUUUUUCCAUGUUCAAACCCACAUAACAUUUGCAGAUAUUAUAAAUUAUUAAAGAUUUCAUAACAGUUGGAAUUUCAUCUUCUGUUCAAUUAAAUAAAAUUCGAAAAGGCAUUAGAAAAUUCUGUGAUAACCCCACCACACCAGAACUGAAGUAAGGUCUGCAUUAGUAGCUAAACAUUUCCAGCAUUUAAAUAAUGUAUCUGAGUAUGUCUUAUUAACCCUAGAAGGCAUAAAAUGCCAUUUUAAUAAUAAUUUAUAUUGAACUUCAUUUAGCAGUACCUGUUUAGCAGAUUGACAUACCACGUUCAUUUUUAUUGUAGGAUUCUAAUUCUGAUAUGUUUUCCAUUGUGCCUCCUUCCCAGAUUUUUAAUUAUACCAUUAUUCUUGCCAACAAACCCCUUGAUUCUUCACCUGUAAUUAAAGUUUCCCAGGGCAUUCAUUUCUUUAAUAAUGAGUAUGUAGGAACCAACACCUCUAAAAUAAAAUUCCUUAUUUGAAAGCAUUGAAACCAAAGCAGUUUCCAACCUCCCAAGUUCUGAACAAUUUCUGUCUUAACAAUUGUCCAUUCAGUUGUUGUUGUUUAGUCGUUUAGUUGUGUCUGACUCUUCGUGACCCCAUGGACCAGAGCACGCCAGGCAUUCAGUAUCUGCUCCUAAAUGUGUUUCCAAAUUUUCAAAGACGCAUAUUCAUCCUUUCAACAAAUUUGCUAUUCCUUAUUACUGAAGGUAGUAGUCGUUGUAAUAAUUUAUCCACUAUUUAAUCAUCUCUUUCUUGCUUUGAAACCCAAAAAAGAAUCUCAAGGGGUAUGUUGAUGUUUAAUUGUCCUAGUUGAUAGAUUAUAUCUUUCCUAUUUUAAGUAAUCUCUUUCUGUUCUUAUUCUCAUCAGUGUUUCAGUAGCUUUUGAGACAAAUGAUCAUUCUCUUUUUCUGUUUCAUGUGGAAUUUGGUGGCACCAAAUGAAGUUUGUAGUUUAUUAAGCCAUGGACAAACGUCAGAAUGUGGCCAGAGCCACUAGGAGAGAAGGGCAGGAUCAUGAACUGACUUAAAGGUUAAAAGAGUUUAAAAGUUUAAGUAUCAGAACAAUACGGGAAGGCACUAAAGGCAAACCUAUAGAAAUGUAACAUGAUUAAUACUUGAAGAAAGAAAAUAGCAAGUACGCAGUAGAAGGUGCAAGGGAAGGAGUUUGCAGCCAUGGUAUUUGUGUAUGUCUUCAUUAUAUUCUGUUAACUCCUUGUGUUAGAGAGUAAAGGAGCAAAGUUUUCCCCUCCAUAUAUCCUCUCUGUUCUCUUCAUCUUUUUUAUAUAGAUCACGAUCCUGUGGGCAGAAUGUCUCUUUAUUAAUGUGCACAUUAUGCUCUUCUAAAUAUAUAAUACAUUAUUGUGAUUUUGCAAAUACGUGCAACCCGCAUUUAGAGCUUGCCCCCCACUCCUGUCAACCUGUAGUAAACCCUGAAUGCUCUCUUGCCAUAAAUAAGUUUUUUUAAAAUAAUAAGCUAAGAAGGUCUCUGUCUACUUUUUGCAGUGUCUUUAGUCCCUACAAGACGAUGCACAGCUACACUUUCUUUAAAUGUGUCUCUACACAUGGCAGAAUGCAUGAAGGCAAAAUAUUACUAUUGUCCUCUGGUAACUUCUGUGUGUCCAGCACUGUAUAACAGAUACAUUGCCUGGGGCAUAUUCUGAGAUUAUUGUAAAAAGAAAAAAAUCAACUACAUUUCACUUGACUACAGGAUCUUGAGUAUCCUGUGCUGUGGGCUAACCCUAUUAACUGAGGACACUAAGGUUUUCUAGACAGGUAUGUCUGAGCUUGUAUGCUUCGUUAGUCCAACAUAGUUUCAUGUUGUCAGGUUGUAUAAGCCUUAGCGUGGCAGGAGAGUCGGGGACAGUCUUUGCUGACAGAUGAGAUAUCGUUCUAAAUGAUCUUGGUAGGUGAAAGGCAGUCUUUCCCAUAAAUCAUCUGAGGGACCUGGGGCAGUUUUGGUGUUUUAUGAGGGACUACACGAGUACAGAACAAUCUACAGGAGCAUGAGAGAAGAAAUAAUAUUUUCUAACUGACCGGACUAGCGAUAUUGCUAAUGGUUAAUGUAUUUGUCAUAUGGAGUAAACUGAAACCGAGCGCUGCUGGCUGGUGUGUAAUGGAGAAGUUGAAUAGAUCACCUCAGACUUGGAAAAGCAGCAAAGUAGGAAGCAGACAGCAAACUUGGCCACAGGGCGUGACUCAUUCAUAUCAGGUACCCAUGUUGUAAAGGCAACAAGGCUCACAAUAAACAACCACGAGUAAGCAAUGGAACAAGGUAUUAUCCAGUCUGCCUUUCUAAAGCUCCACUCACUUGGUCUGAAGACAAGCAUGUCUUCUCUGUUACAUGACCUUCCAAUUUGUACAUUCCUUGUACCAUUAAAGACAUAAGAGCUCUGCUUAAUCAGGCCAAAAGCCCAUCUAUGUAGUCAUGUUUUCCCAGUGACCAGCCAGUUGCCCAUGAGAAACCCACAAGCAGGAUCUGAAUGCAACAGCUCAUUUCCCACUUGUGAUUCCCACCAACUGAUAUCCAGACACAUACUGCCUUUGACACUGGAAGUAGAAUAUAACUAUCAUUAGUAACCAAUAAUAGCCUUAGCCUCCAUUCAUUUGUAUUUUAAAGCCAUCCAAGUUGGUGGCCACCACUACAUCUUAUGGGAGUGUAUGAAGUGCUUUUUUGUCUUUCUGAAUCAUCCAGUAUUCAGCAUGAAUGAAUGGCCCUGAGUUCUAGAGGGGGAUGGGGACUUCUCCUUAGCCACAUACUCUACAGCAUACAUACAUAACGUUAUAUACCUCUCUGCCAUGGAGAUGUCCCCACCAUAACCUCCUUUUUGAACAACAAAACCCUAAGUGUUGUAAGCAUUCCUCAUAGGAGGAUACAUUUGGUUACCUUUUGCUUUUUCAGAUGAGGCAAUCACAACUGUACAUAAUAUUCCAUGUGCAGUCACACCAUAGAUUUGUGGAAUAGUGUUAUGAUAUUGGCAGUUUUAUCUUCAACCUCUUUCAUAAUGAUCUCAAAUGUAGAAUUCACUUAUUUCACAGCUGCUGCUGCUGCUGCUGCUGCUGCUGCUGCACACUGGAUUUUCAUCAUCAUCAAACUAUUCACUAUGACCCCAAGGUUGUCAUCCUAGUUGGUCACCAUUGGUUUAUACACCAUUAACAUAUAUGUAAAGUUAAUAUUUUUUCCUGCAAUGUGCAUCACUUUAUACUUGCUUAUAAUGAAUUGCAUUUGCCAUUUUACUGCCCAUUCACCCAUUUUGGAUAUAUCCUUUUGGUGUGCCUUGCAUUCUCUUUUUUUCUUUUAAUCGCCCUGAACAGUUUUGUUUAUCAGCAGAUUUUGCUACUUCACUGUGUUGCCUUUAUAUCAUUAAUGAACAAGUUAAAAAGCACAGGCCCCAACACUGGCCCUUGGGGGAUUCAACUUUCCUAUUUUUUACCUGGUUAUUGGUCUACCUCUCCUCUUAUCCUAUGACUGCUGAGCUUACUCAGGAAUCUGUUGAGAGAUUUUGUGAAAAGCUUUUUGAGAGCCCGAGUACAUAGUGUCAGCUGAGUCACCUGUAUGCUUGUUGACACUCAAAAUUAUUUUUAAUAGGUUGGUGAGACAGUGUUUAACCAUGCAGAAGUCAUGGUGGUUCUGCUUCAGCAAGACCUGUUCAAUACGUUUGGUAAUUCUAGCUUUAAUAAUGCUUUCCACCACUUUCCUCAGAACAGACAUAAAGCUAACUGGUCUGCGAUUUGCCUCAUCUCCUCUGGAUCCCUUUUAAAUAAAUUCUGUUACAUUGGCCACUUUCUAGUCCUUGGGUACGGAAAUUAAUCUUAGGGACAAGUUACAUACUCCCUGUUAGAUCAGGGAGUCCACGUUGGGGUAGAUUCUGUUUGAAUCCAGAUUUGCCAGUUUCUAAUUUGUCUCUUGUAACUACUGUUCUCAGUUCCUCAGACUCCCACCCAUACUUUGUGAAGAAGCUUCUGAAUACUGCUAAAGCUUAGCCAUUGUGUGUGUGUGUACAUGUGUACGGUUCUGUAAACAUUGCAGUACCACCAGAAUGUUCUGAAGAUGUUGGAUGAAAUGGUGCAGUUGUCAAUCAACCUUGCCAUCUUAGCUGUAUCUUGGUUAGACCAUGUGAGAAACUACUUAAUUUAGUUGGGAGUAGUAUUUCCCUUUUUCCUUUAAGCAUGAUUGUUGUUGUUGUUUAGUCGUUUAGUCUUGUCCGACUCUUCGUGACCCCAUGGACCAGAGCACGCCAGGCACUCCUGUCUUCCAGCGCCUCCCGCAGUUUGGUCAGGCUCAUGUUUGUAGCUUCGAGAACACUAAGCAUGACACUGCAUCUCAAAAUGCCCUUGUUAUUUUGACCCUCCUCUUUUCAGGGCACAACUAUUUAAGAUCUUAAGGAGCACAGCAAAAUUCAGUGUAGCUACAGGUGUCCAUUUACAAGUGGUUCUUGACACAGUGUGCUUUUAAGCAUGUAGAAAGCAGGUUGUUCAGAACAUUCACUCAUGUGAUGAGGAGAAUUUUAAUCCUAGCCACAUUCGUGUCCAAGCAAAGGGGUACUCAGAUUCUGCUUAGCGCUUGGCUAGAUAUGAUAAAUCUAGAUUUACAAAAGGUAGAUAAAAUAGUUAAUAUGGAUUUAUGGAAUGCUUUGUUUUAAGACACUAUAACUAUACUGUCUCCAUGACAGAAAUGUUUCCAAAGUGCAAAACAUGGAUAGGUAACAUGGCAUAGUCAGGAAUAAUUGGGAGUAUUAGCAAUUCUUUUUGUACAGAAUAGCAAAAUUUAAGAUGCUAAUUGUUAGAAACCUAUCAUAAAUAGCUUUUGGAAGAGGAUUCUCACAAGUUAACAUUUCUGUCUGCUCCUUGGUGAGAGAAAAUGGAAUUGUUUCCCCACCCCCCCACCCCCUGAUUUAUGUACAUCUUCUCUCUGCCCUCUCCCAUUUUACGACUAUUUCUGAUGAGCUGCCGAGUUGUUUCAUAGACUGCACAAACUAUGCCUACUGUUAUCCACUGAUGAGUUCAGAACAAUGUCGCUGGCUGUUACUGCAAGGCAGUGUAAUAUGACUUCUCAGUGAUAGUGCUAUAUCUGCUUCUUGUGAUAAGGUUUCGGAGCUGAUACUUACAUCUAGGCCAUGAUGAGCUGAAUUUCUUAUGGCAGUGUAAUGAUAAAUUGCUCUCCUUCAGAGUAUGGACACUGCGAUGCAAGUAAAGUCAUAUGAAUUUUGUUUGAAAUGACUGAUGUGCUUGCCUUGUGCUUAUGUAAUCUAAAUAUUCCAAUUUAGUAAUCUAGCUUUCUUAUAUUCCCUUUUUCUAGUAAUAUAUUUUGGAAAUCUUUAUAGGAUUUUCUUUAUCACAUUGGAAUUGGAUACAGUUUGUAUCCAAUUAUUUGUUCUGUUUCAUGUAUGUUAAGAGAUAACAUGGGAUAACCUAAUUAAUUGAGCUGCUUCCCCUUGUCUAGGUUAUGGUGGAGAAUUCUGAUUUUACCCCCUCACAAGUUGGAUGUCUCUUUACUUUCCUUGCCCGACAGCUUGCUAAGCCCAACAACACACUGUUUGUAAAUAGGACGCUAUUUGACCAGGUAAAGGGGGGGGGGGCACAAAUAAAGGGGAAAGGACUGUUGCUGAUUUUGUUUUUUCUUUCUUUCAUUUUUUAAAUUACUCAAUAAAACAAAGUAUAUAUGCUUACAGACAACUAGAAGAUCAUUUUUCCAGGACUAUUUUGCAUAAUACCUAUAUUAAGCAAUUAAUAUUCAUUACUAUGAGUAUUUUGUUUACAAAGUGCCUAAAAUCUCACAUUAUGUGAUGCCAUAAUAUAAAAUGACGGGACUGUGUAUCAUGUCUUUCUUUAACAGUGCAAAAAAUGGGAUAUAAAGCAUGAGAAAUCUGAUGGCAGUGAUUUUAUAAAGAUUAAGUGGCAACAGAGACCAAGAUACAUGUUGGAGGAUUUAGAGAAUAUCAGAAAAUCCAGUCUGCAGCCCAGACUUGACCCACCAGGGAUUCAAAUUUGGCCCUUAAAGCCAUUCCCUCCAAGCUACGCCUACCUGCUCCACACCAGAGAUCAUAUGUGAUGUCUGGAGCAGGGCAGGUAGAGACCCGCCUGCCAGUGCAUAGUUGGGAGCCUUAAAGUGUGCUCCAGAGUGUGGAUUGACAAAGGAAAGCAGACUUCAAUUCCUACCAGAGCCAGUGUGGUGUAGUGGUUAGGAGCGGUAGACUCGUAAUCUGGUGAACCAGGUUCGCGUCUCCCCUCCUCCACAUGCAGCUGCUGGGUGACCUUGGGCUAGUCACACUUCUCUGAAGUCUCUCAGCCCCACUCACCUCACAGAGUGUUUGUUGUGGGGGAAGAAGGGAAAGGAGAAUGUUAGCCGCUUUCAGACUCCUUCGGGUAGUGAUAAAGCAGGAUAUCAAAUCCAAACUCUUCUUCUUCUACCGCUGAUCAACAGAUGGGUGGUAGAGCUGAAACCUACUGUAUUAACUGUAUUAGCUGUAUGUAGUGCCUUGAAAUCCCCACAAAGCAUGCGGUGCUUUGAAGUCAUUGUGGUUUCAAGUCUGGCCUGUGGAGCCCAAAAAGAUUUCCUGUUCUUACAGAAGAUAAAAGUAGAACCUGAGACUUAAGUGGUUGCUAUAUUGCUCUCUAUUUGCUGAAUUCAUACAUCAGAAAAUUAAUUCCAGGCACUCUGGAGAUGGGCCUACUUCUCCAAAAUGGUAUAGUAGUGCCAGUCAUCUAGAGAAUUUUCUCUCCCAGAAGCAUUUGAUAAGGUAUAUUUCUGAGAUACAACAAGAAGAUGCACAUCUAUAUCCCUAUCUCUGUAAUCAUGUUUGCUUCCCGUCCAGGUCCUUGAAUUUCUCUGCAGUCCUGAUGAUGAUUCACGGCACUCUGAGAGACAGCAGGUAUGAAUCCUUAGACGAAUAAUUCAUGCUGUUAGAUUGGUGGAUGGUUAGGGAAGGGAAGGUUAUUGCUAAGUAUGAUCAGACUAUUGAGCAGCAACAGUAAAACUGGCACCUCACAGAUUAAGAAGUCAGCAGCUGGAGAGCAACGGACAACCUGUAUGUUUAUGAAUGUAAACGGGCAAUAUCUGCAUGAUCGUUAGAUGAACAAUAGCUGAAUAUUUUUAUAGCAAUGCAGAUCAGCCACACUGAAAGCACAAUCUGCGGUGUGAGCAAAUGCAGCUCAAAACUGCACCCAUAAUGCAUGGGCAGCUGCCGCCAAUAAUACCAGUGAAGCUGAUUGGAAAGAAAAGGGAGUGUGUUGCCAAGAGAUGACGUCUCUGUAUGGUUUACUUUCCCCACCAACUUGAAAAACAGUUUGGGAUGGAGGGUGGGGAGAAAGGGGCAGCAGCAGUUAUGGGGAGAACUUGUCCCCUGCCUUGAUUGUCCAAUGGCAGUUCAGAAAGAAGUGGACACAUGCAAUACAGCAGCCUUUCUCAACCUGUGGGUCCCCAGAUGUUGUUGGACUACAACUCCCAUCACCCCUAGCUAGCAAGGCUAGAGCUCAGGGAUGAUGGAAGUUGUAGUCCAACAACAUCUGGGGACCCACGGGUUGUGAACCGCUGCAAUACAGGAUAACCAUCCGUUCAUCUAGCACAGUAUAGUCUACAAUGGCUGACAAGACCCCCUCCCCCUAGGUUUUCAGAUGGGGGUCUCUGCCAGCCCUACCUGGAAAUGUUGGGGAUUGAACCUGGGAGCUUCUUCUUGCAAAGCAGAUGCUCUGCCACUGAGAGCACGGCAGGCUGUGUCUGAGUAGGUGGAGAGGAAGAGUAGAGGAAAGUUACCUUUAUGGGGCAGGAUAUAUGCUAACCUUAAGGUGCAGUGGUAGAAAGAAUUACAAGGAGCAAGUGAACGAGGUAAGAGAUGGAUCAGGCUUGGAAGUGGAAAGCCAAAAAUAUUGAUACCAAGCCUCCAAAAAUACACUGAUACCACAAAACUACAUUAUAGCUUCCAUUUUGCAAACAAGCUGGGCUUUGGUCAAGACAGCUAUCUGAGUCAAAACAUGAUCGGAAGCUUUGGGAGAGGUGCCUAUUGCCAAGCUGUACUAAUUCAGAUUGCAGACGUGAAGUGACAUGUUUAAAUGUUUACCCAUAAGGAAAGUGUAUGCAUAUAUAAAACCAUGGUGACAGGGAGGAGGGUUCUAACCUAGGCUUCUUAUUAAAAAUCAAAGGACAGGAAAGGAAAUAUUUUUGUGGGGGAGGAGGAAAGGGCCCCAACUAGAAUGAAAAUAAUGUGUACAGUAGGAUCACAUCUUGGGGAGGGGGGUGAUAUUCCAGUGGGUAGCGUGUAAAGCUGAAAUCAUAUAUAGUCAAAACAACCCCCUGGAAUUUCCCAUGCAAUAUUGUGAGUUGAGGACCCGCCACCCGCUUAGGGAUAAAUAAGAUACAAGGACACAUGUAUUUUAGGUUAAUGGGCUAAAUAAGGCCACAACUUUAUUGGUUACAGCAUGUGAGUGGUAUUGGCUUAGGCAUUGGAUCAAACAAUCUACACAUGACUCAACCCCGUCCAGCAAAGUGAGGGCGCAGUGCUGCCGCGGCCGCUUAAGUGUGGCUAAACCCCACCCCCGAGCCAGGCCGAUUGGCUGGCAGCAGGGGCGUGGCACGGGGCCCCCCCUGCUGGUGCGGGAACCGGCUCCCGCUCACAACCCCUCCACUCUGGGAGGAGGAGAGGUCUUGCCAUUCUGAGCUAGUACAAGAUCUUGCAACGGUCAUGUGAGUGUUUCCCAUGCCUUGCAUGUGUUUAACUGUUGUGAUAUUGGUUGGCCAGUAGACAAGCACAUAAAAUUGUGAUUGCACGUGUUACUGCAACGCUAGCUCAGAGCUCGAAGGCACUCCGUGUAGCUCUCAGUAUCUGAAAAUGCUCACGUAUGGGCACAAUCUGCAAGUCUAUAGCUCAAGAAUGUUGGGAACUCUUGAUUGUCCAGGUAUAAACACAGCAUCUAAUAAUUAUUUAAUGCUUAUAGGUUCUUCUAGAAUUGCUCCAAGCUGGAGGCAUAGUACAGUUUGAAGAGAACAGACUCAUUCACAUGGCAGAAAAAGCUGAAUUGUAAGGCUUUUUUGUUUUUCUGUCUCCCUUUAAACCAUUUCCGAUCACUUUCUUCCCUUUUAUCCUGUCACCUGUCUUGCUCUUUCAGAUAAUCAUAAAGCCACAUCCUUAUGGGUAUCCAGACACUGUUACAGCCUUAUGUGGAGCAUAAACUUAAUCUGGUUUUAUAUUGUGUAGAUCCUAUUGGAUUUUGCAGUGGAUCUCUGGCCUCCCCGAGUGUGUGUAUAAACCUCCUUUGUUACCCAUGGUGUGCGAUGGUGCUCCUUAGUAUUGUUCCUGCUAUAAUUUCAUUCUUUUGUGUUUCUCUAGUUCUACACAGAUGAUCCCAAUAGGGUGCCUAAUGGGGAUGGGGCCUAUUGCUCCUGUAAUUUCAUCCAAGCUGGCUAAGUCUGAAAGCUCCAGGCUGGCAUUAUCUGCAGGAAAUGGAUGGAUGGAACUAGGAAAAGCACAUGAGGUGGUUGCUUGGCAACUGCUUUCAGUGAGCCCUCUGUUCAUCCUCAAGUUGCCUUAGCAUUGCGGCUAAACCUGGGUCCUUUGCACAACAGUCUAACCAUGUGACAAGGUUUCUAGCAUGGCCUACAGCCUGAAACAGUAAACAUGUUAAGCUGACUUCUGCUGCCAAAUUUUUGCAAGUAUAUAGUGCUUCAGAUCAAUCCAGUCCCAGUCUGCUAGAUUUGAUUCUGGUAUCAUAUACUGGGAAACAUUGGAGUAGAUGUGCCAUAGAGAAAAUAUUGUACCUGUAAGUGCUGCUUCUGUUAUCUUUAACCCAUCCCAGGACAUUAUCACAGGAGUAAACACAUAGCUCAAACCUGUAAGAGGGCUUAGGCUGCAAUGCUAUAUACAUUUAAUUAGGAGGAGUAGACCCCAUUUGACUAAGAAGAUAUGUAUAGACUUGCACUGUUAUCUGCCUGGACCACUAUUUUGUUAGUCCACUUGCUGCUGCUGCUUUUAGUUAAAGUAAUGUCACUAUUCUUUUUUUAAUCGUUUGUUACUUUCGUAUGCUGCUUCUAGUACAUUUAUUGUGGAACAGCAAGUUUUAAAUGAAAUUAAUAAAUAAUAAACUACCGCCAAUCCAAAAGUCUUAGAAGUCCUUUGGAAACCCCAAAGGUAAGCACAAUUCCCAUUGGGAAGAAAUGCUUUAAGGCAGCGGUAGGGAACCUCUUUUGGUUACAUGGGCCCAGAUCCUUGUCAAAUUUGGCUUACAAGGCCAAUCCUACUAAGUAAGGGUGCCUGUUAAAUCUCUGCUGGAAUAUUGGUGCUUCCCAAAGUUGGAUCUCCAGCUGUUUUUGGAUUAUCACUCCCAUCAUCCCUAGCUGGCAAGACCAGUGGACAGGGAUGAUGGGAAUUGUAGUCCAAAAACAGCUGGAGACCCAACUUUGGGAAACACUGAUCUAGAUCAGGUAUUUCCAACCUUCAGCUCUCCAGAUGUUUUGGACUACAAUUCCCAUCAUCCCUGACCACUGGUCCUGUUAGCUAGGGAUCAUGGGAGUUGUAGGCCAAAACAUCUGGAGGGCCACAGGUUGGGGAUGCCUGAUCUAGAUGUUACUAGAUUGCAUAUCUUCUAGGCCACCCAUAUCCUGGAGGGGUCCAGCUCAUUACCUGUCUCCUAGUCAGAUAAUUUGAUUUAAAAGGAGAUCUCACAUACCUUGUUCUGCCUUUUCCUUUAAAAAAUAAUGUGGUUUAAUGCUUAGAGUGUUGGACUAGGACUUGGGAGAGGAGGGUUCGAAUCCUCACUCAGCCAUGAAGCUCACUCUAAAACAACAACAACAACAACAAUCUAAAGCCUCUCAUAUUAAUAACCCAAUCAGGCUUCCACUGACCAUAGGUAGAAUGUAUACUAAGAAAUUUAUGAAUUGUGUCUAUCCUUAAAGUAUUAAGACAGAAAAAGGAAAAUGUAUUGCUUGCAGAAGAUGCGUUAUGCCUGGAAGCCACGUGGCUCCCUUCAGUUUCUGACACCUGAAAAGAGCUAACAUCUUGAAAUGAAUAAAUAACAUUGUUUUAUUUCAGCUAUCAAAUCUGCGAGUUUAUGUAUGAACGGGAACAUCGCUAUGAUAAGAUAAUUGAUUGCUACUUACGAGAUCCAUUGAGAAAGGUAAGGCUGAAUGGACACAAAAGUAAUCACUGAGAGAAUCCAGAUGAAAUCUUCACUUCUGCAUGUUUUGUGAGGGGGGAGGUACUUGAUUUUCAAGGAGGCUUUGAUCUGGGAGUAACCCCUAAAAUACAUUCUCCUUGCCAUUUUGCAUUUACAAGGCAGUUCAGCAUGCAAUGAAUUAUACAGGAAUUGAUUUUUAGAUUUGUUGGGUUAGUACAUCCAUCAGAUUAGUGUGUGAUUUAUUUAUUUAUUCAUCCUUCCCAUUUAUUGCCUUUAAAGGAAGAAGUUUUCACUUAUAUCCACAAUAUACUCUCCAUUCCUGGAUAUAACACAGAAGAAAAACAGUCUGUGUGGCAAAAAGCUAUGAAACACAUUGAGGUAUGAUUUAGAUUAACUGAUUAUUCAUUUUAAGGUAAACCUAAUUUAUCUGCCUAAUUAGGGAUCUGGCAGGCAGGUUGGGUGGCAUGCCCUUUUUGGGUUAUUUAUAUUUUUAAAUUAUACUCUCUGCCCGGUUUUAAAAACAAAAAUGGAAACCUUAAAAAAAAAAACAGCUAAAAGAAAUAGUUACAGCUGUAUUUUUUUUAAAGCACUCUAGAUAAUAACUUCAGUCAUUAUGGAACGAAAGACAUAGCUAUUAUGGAUUUAUGAUAUUAAUUGUUUACUCAAACUGGCCCAUUUGUUCUAGCUGUCUUUCACUAGUCAGAAUAUCUUUUAAUUCAGUACACACUUUGUUAUUCAUGCUCCCUCCAACACCAUCUUCCCAGGAAGAGUUUAUUAGUGAAAACUGAAUUACACAAAGGAACAAGCCUUUGCUUCUAAUACUCCCAAUUCUGAUCCUGUACCUAAACCAGCAGUUCUCAAAGUGAAUCUGAACAAGAGCAUUUAUUUUAGCUGUGAAUAGUAAGCUUGGAUGUAGAGUGAGUUGGCAGGUGAUGAAUUGGCCUCUUGGGUCCUUCAGGCCAUUCACCGUGCAGAGCAGCUUAAUGCCCCUGGUAAUCGGCCAUCCUCAGGUCAACAAAGCCAUUGUUAGCACAGUGAUCAAGAAUCUGCCUGGUGGGGUGAGCUCCUGUUGCUCUGUCCCAGCUCCUGCCAACCCAGCAGUUCGAAAGCACACCAGUGCAAAUAGAUAAAUAGGUACCACUGUGGUGGGAAGGUAAACGCUGUUUCCGUGCGCUCUGGUUUCUGUCAGUGUUCUGUUGCAACAGAAGCGGUUUAUUCAUGCUGGCCACAUGACCUGGAAAGCUGUCUAUGGACAAACAUUGAUUCCUCGGUCUGAAGCAAGAUGAACGCCACACCCCAUAGACGCGUUUGACUGGACUUAACUGUCCAGUGGUCCUUUACCUUCACAUAUCAAGAUCAGUUGGAAAAUCCCAUAGAGCUCUCAGCCUAGAGCUUGAAGCUAGUCCUUACCACUGUGACCGUAACAAUGUAUAGAAAAAGUAUGGCUUUAUAAGCUUUCAGAAAGAAAUUUAUUUAUAAAAUUAAAAUUUCUAUACCAUCCUACAUCCGGAAAUCACAAGGCAGUUAAGAAUAUAAACACACACACACACACAAUUGAAUAAUCCUCAUGGAAAUUGCUCUGAACUCUUUGACAUAGAUUAUUACUUUUUAUUAGUCCUAAUAAUACCAUGAAGUAUAAGUGAGUAACUUAGGCCCGUGAUUUCCAUGAACUUCCAAACUCAUUUGAAAGAAUCCCAUUGUUAAGGUCAACAGAGUCGAUGUGCAGUAAAGCAGUUGGGGAAAAAAUAUAUUCACCAGUGUGUUGCUUUUUAUACAUUGGUUAAGUGCCUGUCAGUUUGACAUGACAGAGUUUUAUCUCUGUUACUCUUCCCUGGGAAGAUGACUGGCCUUAUCAGGGAAAUACCUUGCCUACAUUGAGGAGGGGUUCCUCUGCUUGGGAAGUAGGGGUCCUCCUCCUUUCCCUGUCAGGAAUUCAGCCUGUCUAGGGGCAGUGAUAGAUGGAGACCUAUUUGCAGGACUGCUGCUAGCUUCUUGUUAUGUGGGAGAAAUGUAACAGUUGGUCCAAUGUGUGCACAUCCUCCGUGGAUGUACUAUACCUGAAGCUCAGCAUGACCAAGAAAUAGAACCUGGAAACUAGUUAUGUGAGUAUGAAUUUGCAACAUAUUACAACAAGGAACGAAACAGCUAUACUUCAGGCCGUGUUAUGACUUUUUCCAUCUUGGGAGCUAUAAGAAGAGAAGAAAAUUCAUAAAGAUAUCAGCAUGGUUCAUUGUGAAUCCUGCUGAGUACAGCCAGAGGAGAACAUUAAGAGUAAGGAUGAGAAAGGAAUGUAUGCAUGUGGGAAAAGAGCUGCUUUUUAGCCUCUGGGUAUGUUCUCAUAAGAUGAAAGCAGGAUUGAGUUAAUUUGAAUUCCACUGUCUUUCAUUGGCUAAUUUCUAUACAUGUAAUCAGUAUUAUUUCAGGUACUAGGCAUGGAAGUAUAAGCUGCUAGCUAAUCUACUAAAAUAAUACAAUAUGUUGAAUGAAAUGUAUGUAUGCUUAUUUCUAAAACAUCCCGAAAACUGGGCCUACAAACUAGUUAAGCAAAAUUGUUCAAACUGGAUUUAACUCUGUUGAUGUCAGUGACAUUCCACCUAAAUACAUUUUAUAUAUAAAUAACUUGCAUUGAGCCCACUGAUUUUCUAGAGGAACUUUGUUCCUGUCGAAAUGUGCUCAAGAAAACAACCCCAACUAAUGUUACAUCCAAAUUCUCUAGCUGAACAAGACUGCCUGCCUGCUGUAGUCAAAUAUUAAGUUGUGUGUGAAAACCAGUUCACACCAUUAUCCUAUACGUUAUGUGCUCUGAAAACAAUUAUCAUACUGGUUACAUCCUGACUAUUCAGCACAAAGUUAAGCUAAAUUGCUUGAAUGUACAUAGAAGGCAGUGAGAUGGUUGUAGGAAUUUUGAAUAGAGAAAACCUGAAUUUUUCAGCUUCCAUGUCUGUUCAUUGAAGAAACAGUUGUUACCACUGCGUUAACAACCUCUUAUUUUUAGCUGUCACUUUAUCACCUUGUUGAUUUAUGAACAUAUUUCAAACAGAAUUGAUUUCUGAGUGUGUCCUAUGGUAUUUGAUUUUACUGUAUGUAUAAUCUCUGCAUUAGUAGGGAUAAAAGAACAAUUAUUUUUUUCAACCUUUGCACAGGAGCUGCUGUCAGUGAGUCCCUUUAAAGCAGCCGAUCUGAUUUCAGUUCACUUCAGUGAGCAGAUUGAACAAAUAAUUCAGAACCUUCAGGUAACGUGUCAACUCAGUCUUUAAAUUGAGAAGAAGUUUUCUAUUAAGAGAGGGCUGCAAAUUACUGCAUUGGGCAGUUGCCUAAAAAUUAGGAAUUGUCAAACUAGGACUGGGGCUGCCGAGAAAGCAUGUCUCGCAAAGGAGCACAAAAUCUAUGCAUGAGCAGUGACAGAAUGACUGUACUCUUUGGGGAAAUGUUCUAAAUUUUAUUUUCUUGGGUUUGCACCAGUAUCUGCUCAACCGGUGUGGCAUACAUGGCUAUACUUCUGAGUCACUAGGCUAGAUACCAACCCCUUUGACAGUAUUGCUUACCUAAUCCUUUUCCCCAUGUUCAGAGCAAGUCUUACCCUCUUCUUUAAAUCCCUCAAAUUAUCAGCCACUUUUAGGUUGGUUUUUUUAUUGUAGUGAAAAGCUUUUCCUGAGCCACUUCAAAGUCAUUUUCCUCUCCUCCUCCAUUACCUCCUGCUCCUCUCUCGUGGUCCUGAAGUGUUCCUGUUAGGAAAAGCCGUUUUUGUAGUAGGGCAUUUGCACAGUGUGUCCUCCUAUCUGCAGCAGUUUUCAGCUUCUUGGGCAAUUUGUGAAAGUUGUAGUGGCAAAGGAGCUCUCUUUCAGCCUGAUCCUAUGCCUGUUGACUUAGCAGUAAGUCCUACUAAUUUUAACUGGCAUACUCCAAGUAGGCGUGCAUAGGGUUACAUCCUUAAUUAUAUAUUAGACAUCCUGGAGAAUGGAUGGGGAGAAUGAGGUUAUGCUUUGCAGGAUUGUAUUUAAGUUGACCCCCUGCCUUUCUCCACCAUACUCCAUUGCUCCAGACUUCUUUAUUUAAUCCCUUCGAGGAAAGGGAUGGAAGGCAUAUUGAGCUAGACUAGGGUGAAAGUCCCUGGGGAAAUGGGCAGAUGGAGAAUUUAGCUUCUCUCAUCACAGUAUUGUUGUAAAAGUCAAGCUUCUUAAAAAAAAUGGAUAUGAAGGUCUGUCCUCAUUCUAUCUGGUUUGGACAGAAGGAAUCUGUUCAUCAUUUGAAAGUUACUUUCUGGGCCAGGCAUUGAUUUAUUUUUCAGAAAUAUCCUGCUAAAUUCCUCUUACUCUUUAGCGUGCAGCACAAAUAUAAAUGUUCAGCCAAGACAAGGUGUCUAAAAUUGUUUUUCUAAACACUCAUUACAUUCAUCGAUGGAGAACUUGUCACUGAGCCACUGAAACAGCUGGCAAAUAAUUUUUUGCUGAACCAGUUAACUUAAUUUGUCCCCCACUGAAUACAGUCCAGCUCUUGGAUAAUUUUGUUACCAACAUCUUAAUAACUUUAAAAAAUGAUGUAGGAAAUUAAGAGACGUCUCCUGAGUGUUAGAUUGUUUGGCCUGAAUGUUUCACCUGGAGGUUUAAAUAAAAGUACAAAAGGUUAUGAUAUGAUGUUCACCCUCUGAAACAUGCUAUUUUGCAAAUCCUAGUUUUAUUUUCAUUCAUAUACACAGCAGGCCUAGUUCUUUUAGUUUCUGGGGGCAUGAUAUGCAGUAUUUUUUGUGCCAAGGUGAAUCCCUAUUUCCAUCUGAUACAGUUUAAAACAACUGCUAUAUCAGUUGCAAAUGUUCCAUUAACUUUUUCUCCUCCUUGUUUGUCAGGAUCAAUGUUUGCUUUUCCAGUUUUUGAGGAGCCUACUUGACCCAAGGUAUGUAUACAGAUUGCAGAUUCCAUUUUGAUUUUUUUAAAAUGUUUUUAUUCCUUUUUAGGUUACUCCGUUUUAGUUUUUGGAACCAAAAUAUUUCCAUUAACCUUUUGUUGCAGAUGUUAAUGAACAGAGGCAACAUUUGUUUCUGAAAAUUUAGAAGAUUCUUCUUGUCGAGGCAACAGUUUUCUCCCGCUGAGUGGGAUUGUGUUAGUGUCUGAUAGUGUUCUUCCUUACUAUCAAAUCCUCUAACCACCAGGCAACACUCGCUACAGAGUGCCAAGUUUUAACUGAAUCAGCAUUUCUAAAGUAGUUAAAUUUGGUCAUCUUACUUGGGAAAUGUUGGGGUUUUUUUGAAGUAUUUUUAUGCAUUUGGUGAAGUGUAGGGCUUUGGAAGACAAAGAUGGGAAACACAUUCGCACUCAUUCCCUUGUUAAAGAGGGGUUGGGCCUGCUUGUUGCCCCCUUCCCCCCAGCUAUAUGUGAAGCCUUACCCACUUCAGUGCCAUGCCAUUCAGCACUUUGCUAAGCAUUCUGGGUUUUUGUUUUUUUAAAGAAACACAAUUCAUGGGAUGCCUUUUCAACUUCAAAACCAUUGCAUUGAUUGGCCCUGCAGUUCUUAAGUUCUUAGAUGGUUUAUAAGCCUACUUAAGUGUGUCUCUCUUUCUUUUUACAGUGAACAGGGGGAGAGUGGCUUCAAGUCCAAGAACUCUUGCCUGUGUGUCUUUUUUAAAAAAGCAGUUUCUUAAUUCUUUUAAAGUAGCUUUAAUUGGGUACUCCAGUUAUUCAUACUGCUUUUGUAAUUUAUAAAAUCCCUCUUUAUACUUUUUGAAAACCUCUGCUUAAACUUUGGGAAAUCACAUGUAUUAGAGAUGCAGGGCCAAGGCAGUGGGUUUGUAGAAGAGAACUGGAACCAGAUUUGGCAAGAAAUGCCUGUUAAGGGGACUGUAGUGUAGGAAGCAAAGAUAUACAGUAGGCCCACAAUUUACACAGGGGUUACAUUCCGGGGAUUACACCUACAGCCAAAAUCAUGUAUACAAAACCCAUUGGGCUCAAUGGUGUGUGGGACUGCCAAAGUCAUUUUCCCCAGAACCCUGCCUCCUCUUUUAAUUUUUAGAUUUUUUGCCAUGCACAUAAAGUUAAAUGUGCACAAGUUAAAUGCAUGCAAGUAAAUGCAAAUAGUUCCUGGGAGAUGAGCCUGUGUGCUUGAAAAGGAUAGCUUCAAUAAGCACAGAGCAAUAAGCUGCAAGCCUGACAAGACUGUGCCUCCAGUUGUUUUUGAUUUUGCUAUUCUAGCUACCUUCUCAGAUUUUUGUUGUUGCUAGUGCAUUACUAGCUGAUGGUCCAGCUUGUUUGCCCCAGCACUUAAAAAAAAAUCAAAUCAGAGUACUGAAGCAAAAUGGUCUAUUGAAACAUGGGCAGUUAUAGAAGCUACAUCGCCCACUUAUCCACCCAGAAGACAUUGACCCAGAUUCAGUGUUUUCUAAUUGCUGUUGCAAGGGUUGUUGCGCUAGUGUAGGGGCAAGGAUAAUGUUUGCACUGGAUUUCAUACUGCACAACAGUUGCUAGCAGAAGCAUGUUGUGCAAAAAGUUGGCACUGCAGGAAGUAUUGGGGCUACAGCAAUAUGUUGUGCAUCCAGCCAUGAGAACCAUGUUGGCUUUCUGCACCUUUCAUUGCACAAAACUAAAGCAGCUGGUCCACUGCUAAGAGACUUUCACUUAGGGCUGUGUUGAAUUCAUCCCAUUGUUUUCAUCAGAUUGUCUGUUAGACAAGGCUUCUCUGUGAUGACUUGCCUCCCUAGAGACUGAAACAUAUAGUACCAUCUGCAUCCUCAUUCUGGUUCCUGUCACAGAGAUUCUGUGCCAGCACAGCCACAUCCAAGAGGGGGCUGAUUCUGGCGUUAAAUCUCUGCUAGGAACUAGGAUGCCAUGAUCACCGGUGGAAGUCAUCCCACGGAAGCCCUUUCCGGGGGCCUCUGUGCAAUCAAGUAACACAACUUUCCAUUUUGUGUACCACUUGUUUGUAAGAGGAAAUGUCAUUUCAGAGAAAAGUACAUUUUAAACGGUGUGCGGGUUGCUUGUGGGAGUUGUAGCAAUAUGCUUUGUGGUACAACUGCUCAUUGGUCAUGGGCAAAAGCACUCCUGGCUGUGUUUAUUUCCCAAGGCAAUUUUAUACCUCCACAUCCCCCCUCCCCAUCUCCAGUCAACUGGCCUUGUACCAAUUUUAGAAUAAAUCUCUGGCUAAAUUAAAUGUGCCAGACUAAUCCCCUCUGUAAUUCCAGUCCCUUCAUUGUAGUUACACCACAGCAAGGAAUCUAGCCCAAAUGCGCUGUCACGAAAUCCUCUCUAGUUCAGACAAUAGGCUACUCUCUUCAGGAUAAAAUCUCAGUUUUAGUAAAAUGUUAGUAAAAUCACCAUCUGGGGUGAAAGAUGAACAUGCACACUGAUAUGAAGGCAAAUGUUUAGCUUGUGGAUAUACUUUCUGCUCUGAUAGUUUUCAAGUUUGCCUCUAUAUCAAAUGAUAUCCAACAUAUUAACCUGUUUUGAAAAAACAACAACCCUGUUUGUGCACUGCAACUAAUAUGCCCUCUAUCCCUUGUGGUAAUGCAGUACACUUUAGCCCUGCUUUAUGUGACUUUCCACAGUUUUCCAGUGAAUAAACCUAUUAAGAUUUUUCUGUUCAUGCUGAAAUCAUUGGCUAUAUUUCAGCUUUCAAGUCCAUAUAUAUUGCUUCCAUCUCCUAUGAUCUCCCUUGUUUCUGUUUCUCUUAUUCCUGGCUUUGCUGUUUGGACCCAAAUCGCUUUCCAUGAACUGGUAGAAGCCAGUCAUACUUUAUGCUAUGAAUACUAACAAUAAGACUUAGUCCAGUCCAGUGGGGGCAGGUGGAGCAUAGCCACCUUCCUGGCACUGGUGAUUCUUUUGGUUAGCAGGGCAGAGGUGAUGCAGAGGCUGUGUGAAUGUGCUGGUGGGAGCAUCAGAUCAGUGGUCCUGCCAGUGCACAAACACAUCCCUGACACAGGCAAUGCCCCAGCCAUAUUCAGGUGAUUGGGGGGGGGGGAUGACUGCCCCACCUCCUACAGUGUCAGUCUCUGUUUUGUUGCCUACUCUGCACAGUCUUCUGUGUUUGUCUAAAAUGUGUCAGAUCCCAAAUGCAAUGUGCCAUUUGUUGUUUCAGGGAAGGUGUCAAUCAAGAGUUGCUUCAGCUUUCUCCCUUCGUUACUGAGCAGUUUAUUGAGUUGCUGUGUCAGUAUGAUCCUGACCAGGUUUUAGAGACUUUGCAAUUCCUGGAGUCCUACAGGCUGGAAGAGGCAAUUCAGGUAAAGUAGGAAAGCUUGGAAAUUGGGCUGGAAUUGGAGGGAAAUAGAAGUUUUGCAAGAGUUGUUUUCACUCGUUGGCUAGGCCCUUUCACAUGGUAUGUGGAAGAACAGGCAUCGGUGACAAAAGGGGUUUCAAGGAUGCCUCAUUGGCCCCACUCGCAGUCUUGCAGCUUCCCCCAGCCUUACUCCUGAUUUCCAUGCAUGAGGUGUAGAUGUCUGAAGCAGGCAAAUCGAUCUGUGUGAACCUCUAUGGGAGCUGGAAUCCUGUGUGAUCUGAGUUCUGACUCUCAAGAUAGCCUACUUGUGUAGACUUCCCCAGCUCAGACAUUGACCUCUGAUGCAUCAACACCGGUGGCAGGGGCAGAGAAAGGGCAGGGGCAGAGAAAGCUGGUUUUCAGAGGCAGGACCAGUUGCAGGGCUCGAGGUGCCCUUUUAUUCAUGUGAUGCCCUUUCAGUCCCCUUCACCUGCUCUGUCCUCUCCUAUGCCUAACUGUGCUCAAACCUGGACCAGUUCUUACAGCUAAGCAUAAGUGGGAGGUUUUCUGUCUGGGACUAGUGGGAGCCAAUCUAACUUAUGCAUGCCUUGAUCAUGCUGUCCUGUAUGCUGUAGUGCUAUUAGGUUGUUGACACUGUACCUAAACUCAAGUUAAUCAGUAGUUUUCUGGUUUAGCUUCCAAAUGGUUUUAGCAAGAGCUUCUUCUGUUUGGGAUGUGACCCCGUUAUUUUUUCCGUAGGUGAAGCUAUUGCUAUGGCAAUCUCACUUUCAUAUAUCACACAAGACUACAACUGAUGAGGCUUCAUAAUACAUUCUUAAAACUAGAAUGCUCUUUUAUGAUGGGAAAGGCCUUUGAAAUUCUUGGGGCCAAAGUGCAUUACUCAAGAAUUCUAUGGAAAUUUCCCCUUUUUAAAAGAAAUUUACAAAGAAAGAGUAGCUCCUUGGGUAGGGAGGGAAGGUAGGUGGAGAUGAUGUGCUUUGCACUUUCCAUUUUUACCAUUUUUCUCCACUGAAUCCCCACCUUCUUUUUUUUUUUUUUUUAAAUGAUAUUUAUUAAAGUUUCACAAAAAUACAGAAAACAAAGAAAAAAGUAUAAAUUACAGCAAAAAAGCAAAAAGUAAGAAAAAACAUACAAAAUAAAACAGUUAAAAACACACUAAUGUUCCAUAACCUAUCUUCCUUACUCUUAUUUCCCCAGACCUCCUCAUACCUCCCUUCUUUGUAUUCCAAUUCAGUUUGUUGGUUCAGCAAAUCCUUACCAUUAAUCUUUUACCCAAUUGUUAACCUUUUUUUUCCCCCCAUGUCUCUUAAAGCAUUACAGCUAAAAACCUCUUAAUUUCUAUCCAGCAUCCUUCUAAAGUUCCUUAAUUUUACAAUAUUUCUGUAAAUAGUCCUUAAAUUUAUUCCAGUCUUCUUUCACCGACUCUUCUCCCUGGUCUCGGAUUCUGCCAGUCAUUUCCGCCAAUUCCAUGUAGUCAAUCACCUUCAUCUGCCAUUCUUCCAAAGUGGGUAGAUCUUGUGUCUUCCAAUACUUUGCGAUAAGUAUUCUUGCUGCUGUUGUAGCAUACAUGAAAAAGGUUCUGUCCUUCUUUGGCACCAGUUGGCCGACAAUGCCCAAGAGAAAGGCCUCUGGUUUCUUCAGAAAGGUAUAUUUAAAUACCUUUUUCAGUUCAUUAUAUAUCAUUUCCCAGAAAGCCUUAAUCUUUGGGCACGUCCACCAAAGGUGAAAGAAUGUACCUUCAGUUUCUUUACAUUUCCAACAUUUAUUAUCGGGCAAAUGAUAAAUUUUUGCAAGCUUGACUGGGGUCAUGUACCACCUGUAUAUCAUUUUCAUAAUAUUCUCUCUUAAGGCAUUACAUGCCGUAAACUUCAUACCUGUGGUCCAUAACUGUUCCCAGUCAGCGAACAUAAUAUUAUGUCCAACAUCUUGUGCCCAUUUAAUCAUAGCAGAUUUCACCGUUUCAUCCUGAGUAUUCCAUUUCAACAGCAAGUUAUACAUUCUUGACAAAUUUUUAGUUUUGGGUUCUAACAAUUCUGUUUCUAAUGAAUCCCCACCUUCAAGGUUUUUUUUCUCUCUCUCUCUUGCUAUACUCACCAGGCAGAAGAAAAAAAUAUGGGAACCACUGAAUGAUCACUUACACUAGAAUAUUUAUAGUAUAGCAACUUGAGGGUCCUGAGCUUGUUACCUGAAGUCUGUUUUUUAAAUACCCAAACUUUUAAUUAUAGAGACCAUAACUAAAAUCACCUUUGUAUAAUUUUUGUUCAGAUCACACAGAAAUACCAACUUCAUGAAGCUUCUUCCUAUCUACUUGAGAAGAAAGGAGAUAUUCAUGGUGCCUUCCUAGUUAUGCUUGAGGUAUAGUUGACUAAAAACUACUUUGAAAUGCUUCAGUCACUUUCUGCUAGUAAGACCUAGUAACUAAGAACAAGUACCUGUUUUCUAAUGGUAAGACCUGUUCGGCGGUGAAACAGACUCCCUCAGAAGGUGUUGGGCUCUCCUUCAUUGGAAGUUUUAAGCAGAGGUUGGGUGACUGUUUGCCAUGGAUGCUUUAGUUGAGAGUCCUGCAUUGCAGGGGGUUGGACUAGAUGGCCCUCAGUGUCACUUCCAGUUCUACAAUUCUAUAUUUACCUCAGCUUAUUCCACAUCUCGGAAGACAUUUUGCCAUAUUUUCUCCAUAUACAGUCACUUACAUAUUUUAGUCCAUAUUUUUAUGAUAAUAAAUACUAUCUGUUUGAUUAUAACUUUAGAUUUGGAACUGGAAACCUUUAGAGGGAAGGUUUAACCCAAAAAACAUGUCUAAUGCCAAAUAAGUCAGUUUACCUGAUGCCAUUAUUUUGAUUGUUUUCUCACAACUCCUAGCAGCAGCAAACAGUGAGGAGCAAGAACAGAGAAAUAUUACUGUAUGAUGCCAUUGUCACUUGAGUUAAGCUACACAUGUCUGGACGUCACUCUAAAGCAGGUGCGGGGAACCAGACUCUGGCCCUCUAUGUAGAUAUUGCUCAACUUAACAGCAUCCAUCAUGCCUAGUCAGCCUAGCCAGUCUUGGCCUUCAAUUAGCCACAGAAUUAGCACUUAAGACCAGUACCAAGACUGUAAUGAUCCAGUAUUAGAAGGACAUUAGGGGAAGUAAGCUAAAUCCCAAAGUACGGCUCUUGUGCCCCUUGUUCAUUCCAAAAUGAAAGGAAUGGAAUUGCUGUUAACUAUGAGAUAAUGCUGAUUGUACCAAUUGAAAAUAAAAAGGUGGCUACCUUAUCUGGUCCUCCUGCACCCCUCCCCAUGUUAUCCACUAUGUAAACUCUUCUGAAGUCAGGGAAACUUUAAGGGGGGGGGGCAGAAUAAUUGGCAGUAGAAAAUCCUGUAUGAAGGCCUUGUGAGUUCAACCGAUUAUGUGUUUUUCUGCAGUGGCUACAAAGCAAGUUGUUGACACUUACAUGUGAAGAUGAAAGUAAGUUUUUAAAAUUGAGCUUUCCUCCUUUUUUCAGGAAAUGUGACUUUUUUGAAGAGAGUAAAACUCAAAUAAUAUCAAGCUGAGAAUAAUAGAAGAAUUGAUUAGCUUUUUAUUGCUCUGUCAGAGCAAGUCUAGACCACGUCCCCUUGACAAAGAUGAUUGCAUUUUAUCUCUUGCUUCAGUGUUACUAAUCACUCUCCUCCUGGAUUAGUGGGCUUGAGCUUGUAAUGUGUUUUUAAAGUAAGAAAUGCUGAAUUUGCACACGUGCAUCAUAUCAGGCUGGGCACCAACACAUGGCACACACUGCCAAAUGCCCCUGCAGGGGAGAAGCACUGCUGGUGCUGGAUCUGGCCAGGGCCCAUGUUCCUUUAUGUAACCCCACCACCAUUUUAAUCCCCCCGGAAUUUAAUGUGUGGGUCCAGCCACAUGGCGCUAGCACUCCAGUCUGCAUUGCCAUUGGGCCGUGGAAAAAUCACAAAAGUAGAUCACAUUGACAAAAACGGAGGUUGUUCCGGCUUGUGCUUCUUUUUAUCAUGCAAAUAUUAUCUGUUGCUGGUAAUUUCUACACUAGAACCAUUUGGUGAAGGCAUUUUAGAAAUGUCAUAAAUGGCCCAGGGAAAUAAAUGGCUGAUUUGGAGAUGCUCUUAGGAUUUAAUUUCAAAGGGAAGUCUGAUCUAGACAUGCAAUGAAGAAUAAACUCUGACUUCUCAGACUUCUCUACUGCAAACCUCAUAUGUUUGCUAUCCAUGUGGUUCUAGAUGACAAGAGUUUUAUACCAUGGACCCAAUUUCACCAUAGGAAGCUCCUGUCACUUAGCGGUAUAAGCCUGGUGCAUAUGCUUAGAGUUACAGCAGUUCUCAGCUGAGUUGUAUGUUCACGUCCUUCCACCAUACACAUAUUGUAAUGCACGAGGCACACAAUCCACAUGGAGACCUGGUUUGCAUGUUUCUUACCUUUCACAAGACAAAAAGCGGGAGGGAAUAGAUUGGACUGAACCAGGCUUAUGUGCCUACUUCCUAUGCAGUCUUCAUCUCAUACAAGUAAAGUUAAAACAGGCUGUCAAACAGUUGUUCGAAAAUAAUGAACUGAAUAUAUUUUUUAUGAGAAACUGUAUUGCUUACAAAGAAAAAAAUAAAUGAGAAAAGCAUGAUUGAAUUUGUCAGAGAAGCCAAAUGUAGUCAGUCAGUUCACAUUUAAAAUAUAUCUUAGAGCUUGUCUUUGCUCUGUAGUAACUUGGCAGAAUGCUACCAUAAAUGAAUUAGGUAGUUUAAGGUGAACAUUUAUUUUAAAAAGAUUGCCUGGGCCUUUUGGGUGUUUUCUUUUGUAUUUCAUAAAAUCAGCUCAAAGCAAAUGUUCGUAGCAACACAAGAUCACCUCCUACCAAAUAUAAGCAGCCAUGGAACUCAGGGUAAUGUAAUUCAUCCCAUAAUCUCCCUAACCUAAGUAAGGUUUUCUAAACAUCUUUUGGAUAUUGUGACAGACUGGACAAUUUGGGGAUGUAAGACCCUCACUGCUUGGAUAACCAUUAUGACUUUGUUAUUGAAUUAAAUGGUUUUAAUAGUUGUAUAAACAAUAAUAGUAACUUAUGAAGAACUUUGGCUUAAAGCAUCUGUUUUCAAUGAAGAGGUAACUAACUUAUGUGGCAUCUGAGCCAAAUGUUAUAGGCAUGUCUGUAUGGUUAUUUUACAGAGCUCUACCAGUCAAUGUGGUAGAAUGGCAGCAGAUCACCACCAAGUAAUAAACAGUAUAGGUGAAGUUGCUCAUAUUGGAGAAGGAUAAAUAAAACCCUAAACAGCCUAGUGUGUGUGUGCCCCACCCCCGUCCUGAUGUUUCCCCUCUAAAAUAUUAACUUGUUCCAUGGGAAGCUCCCUUAUUAUGACAUGGUUGUGAGGGUAUAGAACAAACUUAAUUUACAGUCAAGUUAUGUGAUUAUUUCCCCCCACAUUGAUUUUAGCUGUCUGAUUUAACUGCCAGAUUAGUAUCUAAUUGCUAUCUCUUCCUUAAAUCAAGGUUCAAUAGAAUUUCCUUCAUUAAAGGAUAUUGAAGAUAGCUUAGCAAAAACAAUUGCACUUUGCCAGAGGAAUUCACAUAAGUUAAAUCAACCACAGCGAGAGGUAAGAAGUCUAGGAAGUGCUUGGCUUGUUUUCCAUUAAGCUCAUCUUAUUGUAACUGGGGGGCUGCUGUGAGAAAGAUGCAUCUAGUUUCCCCCUCCCCCUCUAUAACAUCCAGUAUUUUGAGUUGUGACAUUGUGAGACACCAAGUUUCCCUGACCCCACCAGCACCAUUGACAGCCAAUGAUGUGGGGUGGGGAUAUGGAAAGCAGAACAUCAUGACUCAAGAGAAGUGCUGGUAGUUAUUGUAGAGGGGGAAAGGGGUUGCUUGUGUGGUGGUUGUUCUCAGCGACAACCUUAAGUUUACCAUAACAUCUAGUUUGGUCAUGGAUGGAAAACCAGAGCUCCAUCAGAUGCUGCUGGACUCCCAGCUCCCAUCAACCCCUGCCACUAUAAUCAGUGACCAUGGGUGAUGGGAGUUUCAGUCUAACAACCUCUGGAGCACCCUAGGAUUCCCCAUGUCUGAUUCAGGUGUAUCCUAUACAAAAACCAGAUAAGGUUAAUUGUUCUAAUACUGGCAAUUGUACUGUUAUUCUCUAGAAUAUUUUGUAUUUAUAGUUUAUUUAAGAUGUUUUAAUCUAUGUUGGAGAGGUUUGCUUAAAUGUAAGAAAUAUAUAAAUUGUCUUAAUAAUAAUUAGUACUUAAUAAUAGUUAGUUUGACCUGAGGUCAGAUGGAGCCAGCCAAUGACAUUUUGCUCCCUAAGGCAAAGAACAAGAUGGCUGCCCCCUUCUCUAUUCCACAUACAGAAGUUGACUGUAUUGAAAGUUGAAUCUUUCUUCCACUGAAAAUAGAAUAGCAUCCUCCACAGCACCUGAGGCACCUGGCUAGCUUAGGUUCUCGGGACAGACUAUGGCAUAUAUAGCUUUGUCCUUCAAUAAGGGCAGUGACGCAGGGUGGGGUACAGGAGCAAUAACCAUGGGGCUGCCAAUCCUCUCCUGCACAAGCUUCUGUCAUCGGAUGCAUUUGCCUCACUCUGUCUAGUGGCAGGGCCCACUCCUGGGCCAAACUCUUGCCUGAUUCAGGUGUAUGGACUCAUGGGAUUCCAUUUUGUUUCUUUUCUAGGCACUGUGGUUUCCACUCUUAGAAGCAAUGAUGUCUCCCCAAAAGUUAUCCAGUUCUACUGCGCUGUGUCAUUACUCUGAAUGUAAGCGCCAAAAUAUCCAUAACAAUGUGUACUUCAGACCCUGUUCUCUGAAGCCAAGUAAUUGAGAGUGAGAAUGUGAAUAGCUUUGUCACUGAGCCAUAACACUAACAAUUCAAUAAUUGGCAGUGCAUAUAAAAUACAUCAAAAAUGUAAGCAUAAAGCUUAUCAGUAGGCCAGAUGACAACAUCCAAUACCUUCAAAGUAGCCCCAAAACUGAUUUCACUGGUGCCCAGCAACUCCCUCCCUCCCCAAAAUCUUGUAUACCUUGUCAGAAAAGACCAGAAAUCCCCCUCACAGUUCUUCUAGCGACAGCUCCCAUAUGAAGACUCCUAGGGCAGGAGGGUUUUGCUCACCUUUUGUUCAGGAGGGUCCUCCAGUUCGCAGCUGUUAUGUCAUGAGUGCAUUUGCGUAUUGGCUUCUGUUUCUGUACUCUGAAGCUUGGUUAUUUCUCUCUGUUCCUCUUUUCCAUAGUAACAAUAAUGAAUUUGAGCAUUGAAUUAUGUGUGGGGUAUGACAUGGGAAACAUUUUUCAACAUUAAAGCUUCAGGAGCUCUAUUUUCCUUUGCCUUCAGACGUUGAUACUGAAUUGCCCUUCUCCCUGUGGAUAUAAUAUUGAGGAGUUUCUGUGGAAAUACCUCUAAACUGGAGAGCAUUUGUUUAAGGCACCACAGAAAUUCAUCUGAAAUUAAAUAAUCACAGAAAAGAAUUGUCUCCAUUCACCAUCCACAUGCACCAGAGAAUCCAUUUUCUAUUAGAUAUCAUGACUUAAAAACACACACACUGGAAUAGCAUUUGCUCCUGUUAGUUAUGACUCUGAUGUAUUUGUUCUACCAGUUUUGAAGAACUUGACGAUGCAAGUGUUGAACAACAUGGCAGCAUUCAUUGCCCUGCCACUGAUCUUGCAGAAAAUUCUACAGGUGAGAUAAUGUACUGAUAAUGUAUUUUUAAGUGAAAUAUGCCUUUAUAUGUGCAUGCUUAAGUCGUGGUAUAAAGUGGUAUUACUUAUUUGCCUGAUACGUUGUGUUAAUAUCUGUGAAUUCAUCUCAUUACCUCUGGUUUUGUGGGUGGUGGCAGAGGGUGUGUUGAGUAAAGUCAAAGUUGUACAGUGAGAAGGAUUGACGUUAUUAAAACAGCUGCUGCCAAUAGGAAUUGGGAUGGGUAUUUUGUAGCCUUUUGUAGAAAAUAAUUUUAAAAUUGCUAAGACUUUCAUACUUGGAGUAAAGUGAAUCUGAGAAUUAGAAGUAAGUGAAGGACUGAGGUUCAAACUAAAUGUUACACAAGUUUUUGUCCUCUUUCUGUUACUAUAAACAUGAAUACCUUGGUGAGUGGAGCUCGUGCUUUGCAUCAGGGGUCACCAACAUGGUACCCUUAAGUCUUCCAUGGCACCCAUGAAGCCUCUGUGUCCUCUCCCAGUUGCUACCUCCUUGGUCAUGAGGGAAGGACUGGUUUGCCCAGUUUGGCAGAGCCAUAGCAGUAGUCUCCCAGCAGCAACAUCACUUUCAUUUACUAGGAGAGGGAGAGGUAAGGUGGUGGCAAGGUCAGGGCUGCACAGGGAGCGUGGAAGAGCCAAUCUGAUGCACUUAUAUAGCUCCGAGUGUACUUCUGUCUUCCCCCUCUUAGUACAAGUGGCAGCAAGGCUGCAGUUCUGCCCCACUAGAUGCUCCACUCCUGAGUAGAGGUGGUUACUUUUUUCUCCCUUGAGAAGUAACUAGGGAAAGUUACAGGGUCUCUGUACAUUCCUUCAUAGGUGAACAAAACUGACUGGAGGAGGUUUGUUCUGAUUUCUGUAUUUUGCAUGUUUUGUAUUGGAAGAUCAAUAAAACAUAAUUAAAACAAACAGAACACAUUUCAGGGUGUUCCAUUUGCAUUUUAUAAACCAUGUAAGAAACAAUGCAUUUGUUAGCUCUUAAUCCAACAAAGCCUAACUUUAAAUGGCUUUCUCAUCCCCAUAUUUAGUUUUGCCAAAGCCAUAUUUGUUUGCUGUCCUUUUAUUGGAAAACGUUUUACAAAAUCAAUGCUCCCUGCUGGAGAUACAACCUAAAAAGCAGCUCCAUGUCCAGAUUAUGUGCCUUGCUUGUGGCCUCUACUAAAACAGAAGCCUACUGUUGUGUAUCAAAUAAUGGCUUUUAGAUUUGCCUUAUAUUGGACACAUGAUUCCCCUGAGAUGCACUACAGCUUCUCUGUGGAUGAUUUAUAAUACCAAAUCUCAUGCUAUCUAGGUUGAUAAUAUUUUUGUAAAAUUGCUAUCUAGCAUUCCUUCAGUUCUUGGGAGAAAUACUACUCUGGGGACUCAAACUGGCACUGCUUUUAUUUCAUCUAAAUUACAGCUGCCUUUCUCCUCAUCCUAAUCACUAUUACCAGUUUCUAGUUUCUGCUUCUAAAGGCAAAGUGUGAAUUUGAUGCCUACUUUCUUUUGCUCUCCUGUCCCUAGUUUCCAGCUCCAUUGAUUUUUUUGUUUUAGUUGUAUUUUGGACCUCAGAACAGUAGUUCCCAUACCAAAGUGUCUUGCUGUCAACUGUAAUUUAUAGACUAGGUAAAAUACCUUCCGUGGCAUAGGUCUAGAAUCAAAACCUGAAGAAUCUGUAUUAACAAGCUUUUUGUUAGUUUGAGCUACAGCGUUUACAUGAGGAUAAAAGUCCUUGGUACCAAUCAGUUCGUUACAGGAGAAUGAUCUUAUUUGUUACGGAAGACCUAAAAGACCUAGCAGCACAACUUACUUACUAUGCCCCAUUUUCAUUUUGAGAAUAGGAGUCUUUUCUUGAUCUUGUGUUUGCUUUAAUGAUAACUCCCUGAGACGGCAUGCGUCAGGCUGCAUAUGUGCGGCACAAUUGGUUGGGGCCUCACUUUCUGUUGGUGUUGUCAGAUGCUGAUGGAAAUAAUUACUUCUGGCACUUGAAUAAUAUAUCAGACCCACUUAGCAAAUGUUGGACUGACACAGCAUAUCAUCUACAUGACCCGUUCCCAACCUGAUGUCCUUGAAAUGUUCUGGACUAAUACCUCCCAACAGCUCCAGCCAACGUCGCCAAUGUUUAGGGAUGAUGAAAUAGGGUUGCCAUAUUUCUAUCUGUGAAACUGUUUUUGAGCUAUUUUUUAUGGAAGAUCGGCAAAAACGCCACUGCUGUCAUGGGGGGCUAUACAUCAGCAGUUUCCUGGACAUUUUGCCCAGACUCUGCUGCCAACUGCAGUAUUCUACAUAGGUCCGGGAACUUCUGGACGUAUGGCAACACUAAAUGAAAAUUGUAAUCCAUUGACUUCUGAAGAGUGCCAGAUUUGGGGUGGCUGUUCUGUAUGCCCUGAAAUGAAUUAGUUUUGUGGGUAGGGUAAGCAUUUCUUAGAAUCAUAGAACUGUAGAGUUGGAAGGGAACCCUUGCAGUGUAGGAAUCCCGCCCACCGCCAUCCCUGGAUUGGCUCAAACCACCAGCCAUCUGGUUAACAGCCAGAUGCACUGACCUAUUGUGCCACAGGAGGGCCCUAUGGGUAGAAGAUCUGCCUGCGUAAGGUAAAUAGCAAGAACAUUCCAACAGACUGAACUAUUGAACUGUCUCUUUGCUUAGAAAGAUAUUUGGUAAUGGUCUGUUUUUUAAGAAAGGCAAUAACAUUUUUUUAUUGCUUGCUUUAAAUAGGUAUAAUCCACAUGCCAUAGCAAUACUAUAGAGCUGUUUUCAGCAAAAAUACCCGGGUUAUGAUUUCACAUUGCAUUUACUUUACAGUUACUCAUUUGAAACAGUGUUAAAUAUGAUUAAUGUUAGAUUUAAAUUCUAAAUCUGACUCAUCAGAGGAUUUAGUAACAUUAAUUCAAAAGGAAAAUGAAAGAAAUGCUUUGGGGCAAUAUUAAGUGAAUUUUGGGGACAUUAAGAUAAGUAUUAUCCCAUUAAGAGGAUGAGUGGUAUCUAAAUAGAGAUGAAAGGUAAAGUGCUAAAUCUUUCACAAAGCCAUAAUCCCUUGUGAAUGUUCUUAAAACAGAUAUCUUGUGGUUUCUCACUGUAUACCCUGUUCCAGAAGCAGGAAACUUUAAGAUUCUUUAUUUCCCUAUGCCUGUAGGAAAGUCAAAGCUGUGUCUGAGCACAUUUAAGCAUAGAAUAUCUAUUUAAUGUGAUAAUGAGCAUUCUAUAGCUGCUGGAAUUGAACUGUGGGCAAAUCAUUAUAAGCAGUAUAAAAGCUAAAAUUCAUAUUGCAUAUAUUUCACUUCCACUACUAACCAGUAGGACACUAAGCUAGGCACUAAGCUAUAUAAUUAUUAUAAUUAUAUAACCUGUUGCAUGUGUUGUUUGAGAAGUAAAGAAACACAACAUGUAAAUGGCAUCAAUUUUCCUUGCACCAUAAUUGGUUAGUGCAAGGCCUCUAGCUAACUUACUCAUUCACACUACUUUUUAAAAUAUUGUGCAGCUUGAUUUGACCUGAUCUCUAGUAAUUAAAGAUCCGUGAGUUGGAAUGUGCUUGUUUAUCUGGGUGUAGACCUUCUCUGCCUGCCUAGUUUAAAGGGCUUUCAAAGGAGGGUUUCAAAUGUAAUAUCAGUUCCUGGUCUACCAGCAGCAUUUGGGAAACCCAGAGUCUUUCAGGCACCUCUCCUCUGGGUCAUUUGCUUCCUUUUUAUAAGAAGCAUCUGCAUGCCGCUCCAGAAACAGUGUUCUCUGACCUGCUUACAAUAACAAAACAUGAAAAAACCCAAAACGAUUUGUUAUGCCUACCGGGGAGGUUGCUCGAGAGCAAACAGGCAAGAUCCCCACUGGUCUUUUCAAAGGCUUUAUUAUUGGUGCAAAAACAUUUACAGUGCAGAACGUCUCAAUUCCAUGUCUUGCUCAGUCACUAGCAGAAUCUGAGAGUGGCCGGUCCUUAAACUUUCCCCAGCAGAGUAGUCUCUUGACCCCCAUCCAACGCCUCCCCUCUCUGCCUGUAAACCUACUGCGCAGAGAGGGUGUGGCUAAAGGGGGACCUGCCUCCCCCCCCCACUUUGCUCAUGCCCGGUGUCUUGGCUCUCUCUUGCAUCCUCCGAGCCCUGCAUCCCUUCCCCACUAGAGGCGGGGCUUCCCUCCUCCGUGGAGGAAGUGCUGCUUCUCACGAUCUUUGGAGGCUCCCUGUAACCCAGCUGCCCUUCCACCUCUCACCUCUGAGCUGAUGGCAGUUCCCUGUCACAAUUAGUAAAGACUGCGGAGCGAAUAAUUGGGUGCACUCUUCCCACCUUGGAUCAAAUUUGUGCUUCCAGGUGCCGUAAGAAAGCUGCAGAGAUAGUGCAGGACAGUGCGCACCCCGGAAAUGAUCUCUUUCAGCUUCUGCCUUCUGGAAGAGAAGGUACAGGGUUAUAAAGACUAGGACUAGCCACCUGAGAAGCAGUUUCUAUUCAAAUGCAAUUUUGGUUUUAAACACAGUGUAAGAUCGUCUCUAUGGGAGUCUAUUGUAUUUAAUUAUGGGGUAUCAGAGUUUUUAGGGGGCUAACCAGGCUGGGAAAGCUGGGAGAGCAGGCUUGUUGGUUUUUGAAUGUCUGAUGUAGAUUUUUUCAAUUUCGUUGUUCUGCAUGGGACAAUGACAACAAAGAUUGUCGUAUCGAUCAAUAAAUAAAAAUAAAAAACUUCAGCAGCAGCAAGUAAAACAGUAUAACAAGAUAAACAACAACAACACUAGAAGCAGAAUAUAAAAUUCAGUGGAAUCUAAAAAUGUCUUCACCUGGUAAUGAAAAGAGUAAAGAACGUGAUAGGCAAGCAUCGGGGGGGGGGGGGGCAUUCCUUAACUAAGGUGUCACCAUGAAAAAGGCCAUUUCUCAAUUAGCCACCAGUAGCAAUUCACUUGAUCUAGAAAAGGGUCUCAGUGUCUGGGUAAGUACCUUGGAAGAAGUGGGUCUUUCAGGUAACCUGGUUCCAUGCUAUUAUGGGUGUUAAGGUUCCCCACCUCUCCUGUAGCUUGUUAAAAAGACAUCUGGGGUGUUAUCAUUUUGUCAGCUGGGAUUAAUGUCUGGAGCAAUCCAUACAUGUCACAGUCUUCACUGCCAUCUCUUUGCUCCUCUGUCCUCCUCAGUUUCCUUUCUAACUAGCGCUUGGCGUCCCUUGACAUGUGCACACUCUUGAAUUGAGUGCCUCAGAAAAGAGGAGCUGGCUCGCUUAACAGAUAAAAAUAGCUUGCUAUAUGUCAUGGAUCACGUACAUGCUGUGCUAAGGGCCCAGACUUCCCAGUUACUCUCCAUAAUUUAUAUGGUGCCUCAGCAUGAUGCACUUUCUAUGCUGCCGCUUUUAAAUUAUGCAUGCUAAAAUGAAAAGUACUUACUGAAAACAGAAUGUGACCCCAGAAGACUCCGCUCCCUUUGUGUGAAUGGAUCAUUGGUAUGCGCCACUGCUUCCUUGCAGAUCAGGGAGAAGGUUUAGGUUGACCUAGUAAAAAUUAUAACUUGAGUGCAUUUGUUAAACAGGAAACUUAACAACCUAAUGUAGAGGCUUCCCAACCAAACAGGCGUGUAUGGGGAUUUUGUAGCCUCGUUUGUAGCUCAUAAUCAUUUAUGUUUCUUUUAGCUACGCCCCGGCUCAGAGCCUGUCCAAAAAGCAGCUUUGACUGCACGUGUCUUAGCAAUCUAGCAUCAUAUUGUAGGUGUGGGAAGCAAGGAUAGCAAGAGAAAGGGAGGGAAAGUGUUUUAAAACAACAGUUGAUGUUUGGGACUAAGCCACUGUUGCUGAUCCAGCUAGUCCCCAAGUCCCUAGAGUACAGGGACAAAUCUAUGUGGCUUUCAGGUAUUCUGAAUUGUCAUGUACAGCACUUGGAAGAAUCCUGAAUAUGGCAUCUAAUCCUUUAAUUUUUUUUAUCACUCCUCUCUAAUCUCUACAGGUAGUAGCAUAAGCUCCUUUAGGUCAUUAAUUAUAAGGCACUGCUGACAUGUAUUUGAGUCUUCUAGAUUAGUCCAGUCAACUUAGUCUCGUGCUGUGCAAAACUAAUGUUUCUCCAUAAAAUUUGUAUUGUAGAGUAUAUCUAUCCCUGUCCACCAAAGGUAACUCUCCUUAAAUGGUCUGUAAUCGUCCUUAAAGGUAAAGGGACCCCUGACCAUUAGGUCCAGUCGUGGCCGACUCUGGGGUUGCGGCGCUCAUCUCGCUUUGUUGGCCGAGGGAGCUGGUGUACAGCUUUCGGGUCAUGUGGCCAGCAUGACUAAGCUGCUUCUGGCGAACCAGAGCAGCACACGGAAACGCGUUUACCUUCCCGCCAGAGCAGUACCUAUUUAUCAACUUGCACUUUGAUGUGCUUUCGAACUGCUAGGUUGGCAGGAGCAGGGACCGAGGAAUGGGAGCUCACCCCGUCGCAGGGAUUUGAACCGCCGACCUUCUGAUCAGCAAGUCCUAGGCUCUGUGGCCCACAGCGCCACCCGCAUCUCAGUAAUCGUCCUUGUUGUUGUUUAGUUGUUUAGUCGUGUCCGGCUCUUUGUGACCCCAUGGACCAGAGCACGCCAGGCACUCCUCCCGCAAACUGCCUCCCGCAGUUUGGUCAGACUCAUGUUUGUAGCUUCGAGAACACUGUCCAACCAUCUCGUCCUCUGUUGUCCCCUUCUCCUUGUGCCCUCAAUCUAAAAGAAACCUUCCACCAUGUGUAUUUUUAGGACACGUCCUAUUCCUGUGACUAUUAUGUUUUAACUUUUUAAUGCUGAAUUUUAAAUUGUUGUAACCUGCCCUGGGACCUGCUGGUAAAGAGUGAUUAGUCGAAGCAGUAGUAAUUCACUCAGUCUCCAUCCCCAAUUCCAAAGCAGGAAUAAUAAUGAGUUUCCCAACAAGAAUGUUGUGAAGAUAUAAAAGAUUUUGUUCGUUGUUUAGUCGUGUCCGACUCUUCGUGACCCCAUGGACCAGAGCACGCCAGACACUCCAGUCUUCCACUGCCUCCCGCAGUUUGGUCAGACUCAUGCUGGUAGCUUCGAGAACACUGUCCAACCAUCUCAUCCUCCGUCGUCCCCUUCUCCUUGUGACCUCAGUCUUUCCCAACAUCAGGGUCUUUUCCAGGGAGUCUUCUCUUCUCAUGAGGUGGCCAAAGUAUUGGAGCCUCAGCUUCAGGAUCUGUCCUUCCAGGGAGCACUCAGGGCUGAUUUGCUUAAGAAUGGAGAAGUUUGAUCUUCUUGCAGUCCAUGGGACUCUCAAGAGUCUCCUCCAGCACCAUAAUUCAAAAGCAUCAAUUCUUCAGCGAUCAGCCUUUUUAUGGUCCAGCUCUCACUUCCAUACAUCACUACUGGGAAAACCAUGGCUUUUACUAUACGGACUUUCGUCCUUACUGUUGAAUAAAACAUUUUAUUUCUGCAUAUUUUAUUUUCAUCCACUGGUUCUUACACUGCCUUUUCCUGCUACAUUAAAAAGCCCAAGUGUUGACUUUAAAUUUAAAACUGAGUUCAGCUCCCAUGUGCUAAAACUGUAAUCUUGCUGCAUUGCUUUAAGCUUUUAGAACAUAUUUCAAUAACAUAUUUGGGUGUGUGUUUUUUCCUGCAAGAGCUGCAGAUUUAAAAAAUGGAAAGCAGAGAGCUAUAAAAAGUAUGAGACAAGAUUACUAUAAAACUGUAAAUAAUGAAAAUCCUGUUGACCUUUCUCUCCUGAGGCAAUAUGUCAUCAUGCUUUAAUUAGAUCUCAUGCAUGACCAAACCAAAAAUUGUUUAGAAAAGAAUUCUUAUUGAAUCAAGGAGUUCAGCAGGGAAAUUCCAUUCUCUUCACUGCAUUCCUUUCAGUCGCUUGGAAGGAUAGGAAAACCCUUUUGGGCAAAACAGAUUCAUCUCUAGGACAAGGUCUUUUAGGGAGCAUUGUUAGGCUGGAACCUUGUAGUAAACCUUGUUGGGAAGCAACCUUGGAAUCAACGAACUAAGAGAACCUUUGACAGGUAAGCUUACUGCAUAUCCAGAAUGUGGGGGCUUGCACCACCCUCCACAUAGUCUUCUGAAUCUGCCCUGAGUGAAUUUGGGGUUAUCUGAGUUAUGUGCUGUUACUUCAGUCACAGAGAAAUAUUUAUGUGAACAAACACUUGACUAUAUUUAGAAGAUAUAGAUCUCUCUGUUUCUCAUGCACUAGCAGUUUGAUUAGAUAAGAGGUUGUAUGUUUUUAUCGCAGCCAGAGAAGUCAAUAGCUAUUAACCAAACAUUUCCCCUUAUCUGCCCCUCCCCUCCUGGCAUUGGUGUGUGUAGUAGUUUUUCAGUUUGUUUUCACUGAAGUUGAUUAACAUCGGCUUGCAAUACUUUUUACAGGAUCCAGUCUAUGGAAGAGGAAAACUGGGAGAAAUUCAGGGUCUUGUUCUGGGCAUGCUAGACAGCUUUAAUUAUGAACAAGUAAGUAAAAUGGGCUUUUUCAUCCUACUAAGGUAAAGCGAUCUUGCCUAAAAAUUGAAGGGCUUUUUGUCUAAUGGAAGAGAAAUUGAGUGGCGUUAUCCACAUUAUCCCCUUUGUGUUAAUUAACCAAACAGUUAAUUGACUAUUAAAUGAAUCUUCCACCAGGUAUGAUGAAAUCAUGUGUUAACAAGCAAGUUUUUGUUGUCUUGGACAUGACAGUACCUGUAGGUUAUCAGAUACCCUAUGAAGCUUCCUUUAUACUAACUUAGACUACUGGUCUAUCUCACUCGGCACUGUCUGCUGACUGGUAGAAGCUGCCUAGGAUCACAAGCAGAGGUCUGUCCCUCACUUCAUGUUUGCUUUUUAUUUACCUUAAGGCCUCUGUAGACAAUGUGCAGUGCAACAAAUGUACCGUUCUUGCUAAACAGCUGACUUGGGGAUGGUAGGAUUGUUUCUUCUGGACAUGAUCAUGCUCUCUGAAGGAGCAGGUUCACAGCACAGGUGUGCUUCUGUCGCUUGCUUUCCUUCCAGGUGAGGUGGUGGUAGCAGUGAGGAGUACAUCUUGCCACCUUGGGCUGAGGAGUUACCUUUGAAUAUUUCUCUCACCAGAAUUUUGCCACUAAUUUCCCCUGCUUUGAUGAGCUCAUCGUUCAAUUUCCCCCACUAAGUGGGGAACUGCAUUUUGAAAUUUUAUCUAAUGCAGUUUAUUUGUGUUUAUUGUUUAUUAAAUUCAUACCUAGUCCUUCCUCCCUGAAGGGUGCUCAGGGCAGCUAACAAUAUGAAAUCCAACUAAAUUCAAUAUACAAUAAUUAAAAUGGCAGUUAUAAAAGAUCAGAUCCCCACUUACUGAAGGCCCCUGCUUGUGCCAUCACAUGAGAAAUUCUGUUCUGUUUUACCACACUUAGAGCAAAUCUAAGCAUAUCCUUCUAGUUUUUUGAGCCCAUUUCUUUGGUCAGAAAUCAUCUUCCCUCUAUGACCGUGAUAGUAUGGAAACUUGCUUUUUUUUCUUUUUCAGAUGAAUACAUUGUUUACUGGUAGUUGCUAUUUAUACCUUAGCCUUUUGAUCCCUGGAUGUAUUCUCAAUAGGAGAGUCUUGUAGCCAUUUUUGAGCCCAGAAUAGAACGAAGAAAAGCUCACUCCUCACUUCCCUUGCAGUCAUGUUUUCCCUUGGGAGCUUUAGGCUUCUCCUCUCAUUCUCAAAGUAGCAAGACAGUUCUUAAUUGUGAUUUCCAGGUAUGAUGCACAAAACCACCUUUGUAGCUUGCUCUGAAGAAGGGGAAGAGGCACAGAGAGAAAUGGCACUAACUCAUCAGCAGACGCAGCCCCUCUGGGCAUGAGGAGGUGUGAGGAAUUUAUUUAAUUUCCUCGCUGGGAAUUUGCUUUCAUGAGCCAUCGGAAGGCAUACUUCAGUACCAUUUAAAGUUCUGUAGCUGGGAGUCUUCUCUGCCAUAUUCAACUCUUGCAUUGCUCUGGCAUUUAAUUAGGAAUUUGCUUAGGGUGCCUCCAUAUUGCUUUCUCCCAGUGAUGCCGGUACUAAGCUGGAAGUCUGAGAAAGUUGCUGGCUAGGAGACUGAGUGGGAGUGCCACCCCCCAGUGCUGUUGUUGUGCAUACACACUUCUGUGUAGGAUAGGUGUGUCUGCGUGUGAGCCAACCCCAGUAGCACUAUACAUGAAUCACAGGAAUGUAUGAAACAAAUAACUAUCAGACAAACAUAUUCUAGUUUUGCAUGGGAUGGGGCAGUCAUCUUCAAAAAGCUGCAUUGCAUGGGUUGGAUUACAUGACCCUUGGGGUCCCUUUCACAAUUUUAUGAUUGUAUGGUGAGUGUAAGCAUUAACUAGGUCAUACCCAUACCCCACGCAUUUAGAGCGCAUGGCUGCCCUCAAAGGAAUCCUACAUGGCGUGUUACAGUUCAGUGUUGUAAGUCAGCUGUACCCUCAUUCACAUAGAUGAAACAAGCUGUCUCCAAAAGUUAAAAAGAUUGAGAUGGAGGUGGAGGGCUGAUGGAGAGAAGCCUGAAUGAGAGGAGGGGGAAGGAGGUGGGGAACAGCAUGCCUGGUUGGACCUGGUUGCCAAACCAUGGUUUGGAUACCAGGGAGUGUCAUCUAUGCACCUGGCGGAUGUGGUUGCAAGGAUAAAUGUGGAUAAUCCCAUGCACGCCGCCUGAACUUCUAUGGGGAAGGGUAGCAUGCAAGUUUGACAGAUAAACAUUUGUAUCCUCAAUAUGAUAGCCCUAACCACACAAAGUUCAACAAUUGGAGCCCAUCCAGUACAAUGGGGUGUUGCACAUGAUGCAGACAUAUUGUAAGUGGCUGGUGGUGGUGUUAUAUCAUUUAAACAUUAUGUGUGUUUGUUUUAGAGUAUCACUUUGAUGGGUCCAAUUUAUGCUUGAGCUCUGUUGUAAUCCCAAACACCUUCUCAUUAACAUAAGAAUAGCUUGUUUUUCUCUCCACUUUACACAAAUACGAAAUUGGUUUAGCCCGAAGGCUCAAAAUGUGUGAGCUAGGAAGACACCAUUCUAUUGGAUAAGCUCCAAUUACAGUACUAUAGACUGACCUGUUAUAAAAUGGCCACACAGUGAUAUUUGACAGCAUAUAUUAUGUAUAAAAUAGCAGGAUCUGUCAUUAAGAUACCUAAAAGUGUUGUUUCUCCCCUCAUUUAAUCUCUAUGAGAUGUUUUGCCGCAUGCAGAAUUUAUGGAGCAUGGCUAACAGGUUAAGUGAUGUCUUUCUCGUAUUGUCCUUGUGCUUGAUCAGACUCUCUUGGAGACUACAACCAACCUACUCAACCAUGACCUCCACUGGUCCUUACGUAAUUUGAAAGCAUCUGUGACUAGAGGGCUGAACCCCAAGCAAGAUUACUGUUGUAUUUGUCUACAGCAGUACAAGAGAAGACAAGAGACUGCUGACCAAAUCAUAGUCUUCAGGUAACUGUUGAGAAAAGGCAAUAAGAGGUGCUAGCAACAAGAGGUCCUGAAGUUUAAUAUAGUUAAGAUACAUAGAGGUGGUUGUUGUCUUGCUGCACUGUGAGGGGGCCUGAUUUAAUGGGCUCUGUAUGCCUUCAGGGUUUGUAUUUUUUAUUUAUUUUUAAAUUUUAUAUCCCACUUUUCAUCAUGCUGAUCUUAAAGCGGCUUACAACAAUAAAACAUACAAUAUAGAAAAUUUAAAACAUUGAUUAAGCUUCCAGAAUUCUAAUCUCAAGAAUUUAAAAUCCCCCCGAAUGUAAAACUUAUGAGGCUUUUAGCCCAACAGAAACAAGUAUUUCUGAAGGGCUUUUAUAGAUGACUGAGACUAAUUUCUCUUUAAUCGUUAGGUGGUCAUUUGGCAAAUAGAGAUCCAGAAAAUGUUUGUGACAGAGAAUAAAUGGACAAAAGUAUGCUUACUCCACUAUAUUAAAAGGGUCUUCUUACUCUGUGUUUUGGAUUGCAGGAUUAAUGUCUUUUAAAAUACGUUUGUUUCUUUUGACAGUAGUGUGACAUUUGGUUUACUGAAACCUAUUUAGAAUUAAUUUUACAAAACAAAUGUGCUCUGGUGUGCAGAGCAUCUAGUUAAUAUAUGUGUGCAAUUAAAUUUCUUUCUUUUUUUUGUAACAGCUGUGGCCACUUGUACCAUUCUCUCUGCCUCCUGAGUAAAGAGUGUGGCACUGAAACAGACGGUCAGAUGAGAUGGACUUGUUUUAAAUGCAAUGCAAGUAACAAAGGAGGAAAACUAAGCGGUGCUUGCUUAGAAAUGAAGAAGGGAACUCCUGUAUCUCUGGCACAGGUAAGAUUUGCAGAAGUGAACCUUUCCUAGAAGGCUGAAGUUAUACCUGAGUUUAGGAGCACCUCAGUAAAAUGAAGCUUCUUUUGUCUACACUUCCAUCAUUCAAGAAGCUUUUGGUGUGGCUUGAUAAGUUCCUGCCGUGUUUGAACUGAAGGUUUUUUUAAAAAAUGGGACAUGCAUUUAUUUAUGGAACAAUGAAAGGCAAAUGAUGGCUUCUUGCCAUGUGCUGUAUGAGUGCUUUCCCCACGUGCUAGCAACCUAAAAGUCUUCCAUGUGUCGUAGUAGACAAGGCAUUCGUUCAAAUUGUAGGCAGACAUGAAAAUAAAUACUGGGGAGCAGCAGGAAUCAUUAUGUGCACUGAACCCUCAACUGCCACUUUGGUGUGUUUUGAGGUCUGCAACUGCUGUUCUUGCUCCUCUGGCCAAGAACCAGUGUCUGAGAUGAGGCUGUGGAAUUGAUUUUGAAGCUCUGGAGACAGCAUGGCUUCUGACAGUCCUGCUUUUUUGUGUAACAUUCCUCCAGGGGUGAUCAAGAGGUGGUGGACCAUCCUUCUUGGAGGGAUUUAAGCAGAUGUUGAAUAGCCAUCUGUCAUGUAUGAUUUACUUGAGAUUCCUGCAUUGCAGGGGGUUGGACUAGAUGACCCUCGAGCUCCUUUCAACUCUGUGAUUCUAUAUGUGGGUCAAGUUAAAGUGGAUUCUGUGCAUACUCAUGUCUGAAUUACUCCAAGUGGAGAGAAAUCCUUCCCGUAGUGCAGUUUUCAUCACAGAUUAUUUGUGUGUGAAGGAGCACAACAUCCUUAUUGAAAAAUUAAAAUGUAGAAAAUGCUUUUUAGAUACAGUGCUUCUACUAAAUGCCUCCCAAAAUUGCAUUUGGCUUUUUUUUAUCACAAUGCUGACUCAUGUUCAGUUUGCAAGCUGCUUAAUGAUAAUUCAGAAGCUUUAAGUAAUCCAGCUGCUAAAGCAAAGUAGUAGAAAAUCCUGAUUUUAGAGUAUAAAUGUUAUACGCUUGAAUUGGAUGAGAGAGGACUAAUAUACAAUGCAGCCAGAGGAUGGUUGCAGUGGGAGUCGAUGUUUGUAGCUAUUGUAAGGAAUGCCUGAUGUAUCUAUCCAACAAGAUCUCAUGGCCUCGGGAUUUGACGGCACUCUGUUUCCACAACAACUUGAACAGAGAACAGAUUUGCAUUGAAUUAAGUGUCCAGACCAAUGAUUCUUCUAGUGACUUCAUUGCUUUACUCCAUUUGCAGUGAAGUACAAGUAAUUCAAAUAACACUCUAAUGGUCAAAUAACUUCCUUCCGAUGAGCUAUUUGUUUGUAGCAUGCAUCUUAAGCUGCCAGCUUUAAAAUUAAUGCACUUCAGCUGUUAGAAACUGGAGAACAUGGUGGACACUUGAAAGUCCUUCAGCAGUCUAAGAUAAUACUAUUUGCUAUAGUAGGUCCCCUACAACAUAGUACAGUACUUCGAACCCUUCGUUGUUUGGGCUUAGUGAAUUCUAUGUAUAAUCCUGCUAUAUUUUCCUUCUGUUGUCAUUCUAUCAGAUACCUUUCUAUGGAUUAUGGGCUUCCCAAAGGCCACUAUGGGAACAAAAUGCUGCACUAGAUAGGUCUUUGGUCUGAUCCAUCAGGGCUUCUUUUUAUACUUAAAGUAUGUUUGUUCAUGGUCAAAUAGAGGGCACUCUUGGACUACCUGUAAAGUUCCGAGUUUGGGUGUUAUAUUUUCUUUAGAAUGCUUUGAGCAAAAAUGCAUUAGUGCUGGGAAAUGCCACCAAGCAUCUGGAGUGUAUUUCUUAGUACCAUUUCUGCUCCUCCGAAAUGGACUGUCAGCUUGAAUUUUGAAGUAGUGUUGAGAUUUAUAUGUGAACUGACAGCAACCCAACACACUCUAUUCUUUCUCUCUCCCUCCCUCUCUCCUGUGAGCAUCCUUUUCAGCAGCCAUAUUGAAAAACAAUGGGUAUGCCAGGAAAUGGGUGGUUUAAAGAAAUGGGUGUAUGAACAUUCAAUGGCUUUAAGGACUCAGCGUUUUAAGUGUAUUUCCAAAGCUCGCAUUCCAUUCCUAAGAGGUUGUCCCCAACUUAAUUCCUAGGGCAGUUUUCUCCCGAUCACUUGGCUGGGAUGUGAUGCAGCUUUUGUUCUUGAAAAUAACCGUAACUGGACUUUGUAACAGGCGCAAGUGUACUAGCAUUGCCCAGCCUUCCUCUCCAGCUCAAGUGAGGAAGGGCAGAGUAAAGAUAGAAAAGCAGACUGAGUUUGUAGCAGGUUGCUCCAGGCAGGAGCUGCGCACAGCCAGGAACCGCCAGCAGGAACAAUUUUGGAAAUGACAGAUGGCAGCACAGACCAAGGCAACUUAGCCAGCAGCAUAAAUCUCUGUUGGGGGUACAGGAGGCAGCCUCCCUCUAAACACACUUACUUAUCUAGAAGAGGAUAAUGCUUACCUAGUCUUUAUGGACUGAUUGUACAGGCUAAUAGUGAGGCAGCUUCCCCAAUAAUUCCCUUAGAGUGACUGGAGGCCACCAAUGGUGACUUAUUGCAGUGAUCUUUCUGUCUCUUUUCUUAGGCGUCUUAAUCUGUGCUUUGUGUGCAUGUUAGAACAUUUAUUUCAACCUAGUUACUGAUCCUAGUAAUUGAAGGUAACUGCCACUUUCUGAAGAGGAUAUAACAGAGGCUGAGACAGAAAAAACGUAAAGGCAUGAGAAACUUUGCUAGUUCUCUGUGCUUUUCUGGGGCCUUUGAUUGUUAAUUUAAGCCAGAUCUUCUUGGGCUUUAUGUGAAAGUGCCUUCUUUUUUAAAGGAGCCUUUGGAGAGUUUUCCAGAUUAAACCGAAGUAUAAGUUUGUCAAUGCCUUGAGUUGUUGCCUUGAGUAUAAAUUCCAGGCCUUUCAUCUGUCACUGUGUCUGCCAUUUAUCUGCAGUUUGCCAAAUAACAUUGUGUUUUUUUCAACUCUGCCAUUGAUCUUUAUGGAAUUGACAUGACUCUAGGUUGAAAUAAUUUUUUGUUUGCCUUUGCAAUCUUGACUUGAAGAAGAUCACUGUGUAUGUAUAUACACCUUUGCUGAAGGCAAGAGUUCACUUGGAUAUAUAUUUUUUAAUAUGUAAGCUUGACUGUCUUGGUAUUUAUUUGACUGAAAUACAUUUUACGUGGCUGUUGGCUCAUUACUCACCUACACUGAUGUAUAAUGGUUGUACAAAGGUAAGAACUACUUCAUAUUUGGCCAAUACGUCCUGCAGUUUAAGACUGAAACAUAAGUCCUGCAGAAAAUUCUGUAGAAUACAUAAGAUUGUAAAGUCUCAUGCAUGUGAGCUGCCACUCCAUUCAUAUAUGAAAUGUACAGUCAGUCAUAGGUUCCCAUCAUGUGAUAAUAGGGCACAUAUUCUUCACAUCUUGGUAUCAAUGUAUAAAAUCAUCAGUGUGCAACCCUUCCUUAAUGGUGUGUGAAUAAACAAAAUCCUGCAGCCACUCUGCUCACUCUACACAGUGUGGUUGAGAAAACAAAAAUGAAUGAAAAGGGAGAGAAGAUACUGGAACUGAAAUGAGACAUUGGCUGUAAUCCUCUGCAUAGUUAUCUGGGAGUAAGUCCCAUUGAACCCAGUGGGAUUUAUUUCCAAGUAAGCAUAUGUAAGAUUGCACUGUUUCUCACAUAACCAGGAAAUGGGUACACGGAGGAACAGCUACUAUUCCCAGCUUGAUCUCUGGCAUUUGCUAUUAAGAAAAGCUGGUAGCUGUACUGGGAAAAUGUUUUCCUGACAGACUAGUGAGCUAGUUUGAACCUGCUGCUUGUCAGGAUGAUUGACUUCUGGGCUUCAGGAUGAUUGAUGUGACUCUGUAGACCAUUUCUUGUUCUCACUACUAGAAUUGUGUAGUGUAACAUCUAGCUCUAGUUACUUAAACCUGUUCGCAUAAAAACAUAGGCAAGUAAUCCUUAUUUUAGCCUUACUGCUUAUUGUAUUUCUUUAAAAGGCAAAUAGAAACUAGAAACAAUGUGUGUCCAGAAAGGAAUACUAGCCUUGCUAAACUAGAUAUGUACUGCAGGAUACUACUACUACUACUACUACUACUACUACUACUACUAAUUUAUUAUUUAUACCCCACCCAUCUGGCUGGGUCCCCCCAGCCACUCUGGGCGGCUUCCAACAAAACACUAAAAUACAAUAACCUAUUAAACAUUAAAAGCUUUCCUAAACAGGGCUGCCUUUAGGUGUCUUCUAAAAGUUUGGUAGUUAUUUUUCUCUUUGACAUCUGCUGGGAGGACGUUCCACAGGGCAGGCGCCACUACCGAGAAGGCCCUCUGCCUGGUUCCCUGUAACUUGGCUUCUCGCAGUGAGGGAACCGCCAGAAGGCCCUCAGUGCUGAACCUCAGUGUCCGGGCAGAACGAUGGAGGUGGUCCUUCAGGUAUACCGGACCGAGGCCGUUUAGGGCUUUAAAGGUCAGCACCAACACUUUGAAUUGUGCUCGGAAAUGUACUGGGAGCCACAAAGAAGUGUUCACAUCUUUUGAGAUUUGCGUAUACUUGUAGGAUUAGAAAUUCUUAUCUCUAACAGAUUCUUUGAAUCUAGACUCUAGAAACAUUGAGGCGGGAACUUCUGUUUCAAGGAUUACAUGUCACAUUUGCGAGAUUCCAAACGAACAAAUAAAACCUCUUUAGAAUGACUUACAAAAAGGGCUGAUAAGUCACUUUUGCAAAUAGGAUGUAAUCCAAUUCAACCUGAUUCUGAGCAAGCUAAUAUAUCUGCAUCACCUGUUGUUAGCUGCUUAGCUGGCUCCUUGCGUUUGAAGUGAAAACUGCAGCCUAAUGUAUGCAUGCAGGUUUCGGCAUUUAUACUCUGUGUAAUGACACAGAUGUCAGAUUGGCUAAGAGAUUUCCAGCAGCAUUGAAUAAAAAGCUUUCGUUUAGUUAAAAGGAAGAAAAUGCCCUGCAGUGCUCGUUUCCAUGACAACAGGAAAAUUGCCCGCAAUAUAUCAGCUCAUCAGCCCCAAGAACAAUCUGAUUGAUGGUUACACACAAGUAAGAAACAGCAAAGGGGAGAUAGUUAUGUUACAUUUUCUUGUCUUUGGAUAAUAACAAAUUACCUUCCACUUCUGUGUGUGUGUCUGUUGCAGGUCUCUAAAGAGAGACAAUAGAUCACAUAGCAGCAGUAGAUUUGUAGUUGUUAGUAUCUGUGAUUUGGAAAGCUACUGGCACAUGGAGAGUUAAUGUGUAGUACAAAUUCUUAUUCACUCUCCAUUUUAAAAAAAUUGCGGAAAAUGGACCUGGAGAGUUGUGAAAGUAAAUGUCAGCAAAUAAGCCCUUGAUAGUUCUUUUUAUGUUGAAUUCUUUAUUUUAACUAUUUUAAAAAGAUCAAGCAGAGCCUUCAAGAUUGCUCAAAAGAAAGUCCUUAUUCAUAUUCACAAUACACUAAACUGAAAUAAAAGAGAAGGGAGAGGGGAGAAAAUACAUAAGACAUAGAACAGUUGAGUCCCAAUACUUGAUCAUAAUUUUGUUAGUCAGUAUUAUAAUAUUGAUAAUCUGUGGCUAUAAAUCUUAACUGGAAUUGCUCUGUUAAAUGAUGGGUUGGAUCCAGAAAAGAAUAGCUUAUUCCGCUUGUACAGUGGAGCUUUGCCUGGUCUCCCCCUUCAGCCACUUGUUCUCCCCUAAAAGCUGUUCUGGAGGGUCAAGACAAUGUGGGAUGCGAUGAGCAGGGGGGGUCUGCAGCAGGAUGGAGGGAGGAAUCAGCAGCAAUUGGGGAUUGUCUUAUGCAAAUAGAAGUGCCUUUGUGCUCUGACAAGGAACCUUUUGCACCAAACCAGUAAAUUUCUCCCAGUCAUCCUGAAAUUGCAGCCUGAUUUUUAAAUGUUCUUUUUCCUUUAUAAUUGUACAUAAUUUUCACGUUAAGGUUGCAACCCCUGCGCACACUUUUUCUGGAGGAAAACUCCAUUCAGCAGUGGGAUUCACUUCUGAGUAAGCACAUGCACAGGACAGGACAGGACGAGUAGCUCAACAAUACCGUGUUUUAUUCUGUAAGAUCAGGCAUAGGCAAACUCGGCCCUCCAUGUGUUUUGGGACUACAGCUCCCAUCACCCCUGACCACUGGUCCUGUUAGCUAGGGAUGAUGGGAUUUGGAGUCCCAAAACAUCUGGAGGGAGGGCCAAGUUUGCCUCUGCCUGUGUAAGAUGAAGCUCUUCCUUCAAUCUUGAUGAGUUCUUGGAUCUUCUCUUGAUGAUGUUAAUCAAAUGCAACACUCUUUCUUCCUGCUUCAACCUGGGCAAUUGAGUUCCCUGGUAUUGGCCAAGCCACUAAGUUGUGGAAUUCCCUCCCCAAAGGUACACCUGGCAACUUCAGUGUACAGCUUUCUGCAAAUGCUGAAGAUGCACAUUUUUACCCUGGCCUUUGACAUGUGUAUUGAAAUGUGUAUUUUUAGGACAUGUCCUAUUCCUGUGACUAUUAUGUUUUAACUUUUUAAUGCUGAAUUUUAAAUUGUUGUAACCUGCCCUGGGACCUGCUGGUAAAGAGUGAUUAGUCGAAGCAGUAGUAAUUCACUCAGUCUCCAUCCCCAAUUCCAAAGCAGGAAUAAUAAUGAGUUUCCCAACAAGAAUGUUGUGAAGAUAUAAAAGAUUUUGUUUGUUGUUUAGUCAUGUCCGACUCUUUGUGACCCCAUGGACCAGAGCACGCCAGACACUCCUGUCUUCCACUGCCUCCCACAGUUUGGUCAGACUCAUGCUGGUAGCUUUGAGAACACUGUCCAACCAUCUCGUCCUCCGUUGUCCCCUUCUCCUUGUGCCCUCCAUCUUUCCCAACAUCAGGGUCUUUUCCAGGGAGUCUUCUCGUCUCAUGAGGUGGCCAAAGUAUUGGAGCCUCAGCUUCACGAUCUGUCCUUCCAGUGACCACUCAGGUCUGAUUUCCUUAAGAAUGGAUAGAUUUGAUCUUCUUGCAGUCCAUGGGACUCUCAAGAGUCUCCUCCAGCACCAUAAUUCAAAAGCAUCAAUUCUUCGGCGAUCAGCCUUCUUUAUGGUCCAGCUCACACUUCCAUACAUCACUACUGGGAAAACCAUAGCUUUAACUAUACGGACCUUUGUUGGCAAGGUGAUGUCUGCUUUUUAAGAUGCUGUCUAGGUUUGUCAUCACUUUUCUCCCAAGGAGCAUGCGUCUUUUAAUUUUGUGACUGCUGUCACCAUCUGCAGUGAUCAUGGAGUCCAAGAAAGUAAAAUCUCUCACUGCCUCCAUUUCUUCCCCUUCUGUUUGCCAGAUGCCUGUUGUUUUUGUCCAUGGAGUUUUCUUGGUGGCUUGCCGGUUCCUGCUCCAGGUGGAUCACGUUUAGUCAAAACUCUCCACUAUGACCUGUCUGUCUUGGGUAGCCCUGCACAGCAUAGCUCAUAGCUUCUCUAGUUAUUCAAGCCCCUUCGGCACGACAAGGCAGUGAUCCAUGAAGGAGAUAUAAAAGAUAGGAAGCAUAAAACACUAGGUACUGCUACAUAUGGCAUAUUGGAGCCUCUUAACUGUUGUUUUUUGGAUGUGGUCCACCCAGUUACAUAACAAGGGUGUCUAGCAAGCUGCUAGAUUCAGGAAGGUCAGGAGGAACACAACCCAUUUUUCCAUAUCUAACACCCAGAUGUUGUAUAUUUCCAGCUCUUGAUAUGACUCAGAAGGUUUCUUGGCUAGUGGCCAGUGAGGUUGGCCAGCUGUAUUCCAGUCCACACACACUAUAUAUCCAGCUAAAAGCAGCAAGUUGAGAAUUUCCUAGAGCAACAGUUUUUGUGCAUCACUUGUAUAUCAGGCAAGCACAGUUCCUGUUCCUGCCCUUGCCUGUUCUGAGCAUGAAAUAAAAAGUGUUUAAUGAAAAUGAAAUACUACAAGAAUUGACUAGAAUAUAUUUAUUACUGCAGACAUAAAAUAUCAUUUUUCAUUAAAACUUGCUUAUCUUUUAGUUUAAUGGGAUAUUCUCUGGCUUUGUUUAGAUCAAUAUAUAGGGCAAGGUGUCCUGAAAUAACUAUAUUUGUUUGGUCCAGGGUGAAAGUUAGAAGCAUGUUUUCUCCAACUUUCUGUAAUUGAACUUCUCAGUUAGGUCUGAUAAGACACUACAGUGUAGAAGAUUUACCGCUCUGCCUCCUCCUGGAUGCAAGAAAAGACUUAUUUUGCAACGAUAAACUUGAAGCCCCCAGGUCCUCCAACAUGGAGUUGAGAUACUCACGUAUUAGAUGGUCUGAAAAGCUGAAUGCCGAAACAUCUGAAAGGCUAUACUCGGACACAUUCCUCAUGAGAAGAGACAAUCUCUUAAACCCACCAUGUUCUGAAUCUAGAGUAAUCUUGUUCCAGGAGCUGAUCUCACUUUUGCAACCCCACCUGAUCCAAAAAAAGACAUCGCGCCAACCUAUAUUCCCCAACAAAUCCAAACCCUGGUUUGAUCAGGAAUGUAUUGCUACAAAGCGUUCUUUGCUGGAUAAGUACAGGAACUACAAAUCAGCGAACUUACCCUUGCUUCCCGCGGAAUGGUUCGAAGCCAAACGUAAAUACAAACAUCUGAUUAAAAAGAAAAAGCUUCAGGCCCAAAGGGGGGAGUGGCAACGUUUAUUAGAGGCCUCUCGAAGGAAAGACUCAGCCACCUUUUGGAAAAUAGUCGCGAAAAGUUGGCAAGACUCCCUGAUUGAAAUUGAUUAUACUAUACCAGUUGGGAUUUGGGAGGCUUACUUUCUAUCUUUAUAUACAUCAAAUCAACAUCUGCAGGCCCUGCCCCCAGCUCCGAGUGAUAUUGGCGCCAAAUGGCCCCCAGUAGCAACUGACGAGAUCUAUAGGCUCAUCCAAUCCCUUAAACCUGGAAAAGCACCCGGCGUAGACAACAUUACACCAGAACUCUUUAAGGCUAAUGUUGAAUGGUGGGCCCCUGUGCUAGCUGCCCUAUUUACCAGCAUAGACCAAUCGGCCACUAUCCCUGAGGAUUGGGGAUUAGCAAUCAUCAUCCCUUUAUUCAAGAAAGGGAGCCGAUCAGACCCGGCUAAUUACAGGCCAAUUAGCCUCCUAAGUAUCAUUAGCAAAUUGUACGCUGCCCACCUAUGCGGCAAAUUAGUGGACUGGUUGGAACAAGACCACAUUCUUUCAGAAGCACAGGCUGGUUUUAGGGCAAAUCGGUCAACCUUGGACCAGGGCCUUGUUCUCCAACAUCUUGCGGAGAAAUAUACAUCAAGAAAAGGAGGUUCCCUAUACGUGGCCUUUAUAGAUUUCAAAUCUGCUUUUGAUUUAAUACCGAGGGACAGGCUUUGGGGAAAGCUAAGCGCCGCAAAUAUAAACAAACGCCUACUGUAUCUCAUCCACAGUCUAUAUGAAAAUACACGGAUACGGGUAAGGUGUGACCGACAGGGCCACCUAUCCAAGGAAAUCCAAAUCCAUCAGGGGGUCAGGCAAGGGUGUGUCCUUGCGCCUACUUUAUUUAACUUCUAUAUCAACUCGCUAGUAGGAAAUAUGGAGAAAGAAAAUGCCCAUCCCCCCAAAUUGGCUGGUACGCCCCUCCUGGUCCUUUUAUAUGCGGAUGACACAGUUUUAAUUUCUUUUUCUUGUGUUGGAUUAAGAAAACUUUUGAGAUCUUUCACCAAAUACUGCAGCAUCGAACAAUUAACAAUUAACUACAACAAAUCCAAAGUUAUGGUGUUCUCCAAAAAAAGGAGGAGGCACAAAUGGAGAAUAGACAACCGUUUAAUAGAACAGGUAGCAACCUUUAAAUACCUGGGUGUAACCUUCCAGGAAAGGGGCUCCUGGCGCUUUCAGAUUAAUAAUACUAUUGCAAAUGCAGAAAGAUCUACCAAAGCGUUAAUAAGAUUCUUCUAUGGGAAAGGAGGCCAGUACAUACCGGCAGCCUCCCAGGUCUUUGCUGCCAAAAUACUACCACAAUUGUUAUAUGGAUCCCAGAUCUGCAGUUUUAAAAACCUUACUCUCUUAGAGGCAUUUCAAACUAAGUUUUUCCGCUGCCUGCUGGGGAUCCCCUCUUGUGUAUCCAACAUAGCGGUCCGUUUGGAGGUUGGGCAAAUUCCUAUCAGUACCCGGAUAUGGAUAUUGAAGAUCCAUUACUGGCUAAAGCUUAUUUUCUUCCCGGUUGGGCUGGCACCUUUGACCUUAUUGGAUACCUACCAAUCCAGAUGGAAAGCUACACUGCUGGAAAAGCUUAAAGGCUUGGGGAUCCCACAGCAGACCCUGAUAGCGACAGGCUUCGAGAAAGCUAGGACUACAAUUCGCCAGCGUAUCUGGGACGUAGAAUUACAAUGCCACAUGAGUGAAAUGAUCAAACAUCCUGCAAUAAGGGACUAUGGGAGAGGUUUUUCUCCAGCUAACUAUCUGUCAGGUCUUCAGGUACCCAAAUACAGACAGUCUUUUACCCUCGCCAGAUUCAACGUUCUCCCUUCUGCCUUACUUCAGGGCAGAUUUGAGGGUAAACGAUACACAGCGUGGGUCUGCCCCUGUGGCUCGUUGGAGGUUGAGACUGUUUCACAUGUACUGUUACGUUGCCGUCUUUAUGAGGAUAUACGUUUGACUUUUAUUGCACCUGUUUUGCGGAAGUCCAGGAAAGAGUCGGAACACCAUGGUUUGGAACCACUGCUAGAGGACAAGAAUCCCAAGACUACAUUAAAUGUAGCCAAAUUCUGUGCGGCUGCAAUUAGUCGCAGGAAGCAAGUGGUAUCCCAUGGUGACCAAAUCCCCAAAUGUUAAUUGCAGGGGCAUGCUAAUAAUUAAUUUUAAUUUUUUAUAUUUAAAUUUAUAUUUUUAUAUUUAAAUACUCAUAUUGUCCUCUGUAUUUUUGAUAUAUUUUUUUGUAUGAUCUGUGAUGUGGUGUGUGUUGGCGCUGGUCUGUGACCGUAUUAAUAAAUUCAUUCAUACAGUGUAGAAGCCCUGUUUGAUGUACAUGUUUUGUGUUGGUGACAUUGUAAUACUUCUUCAUAGACCAAUUCUGAGGCCAUCUUGGAUCCACAGCAAGCUCAAGCUUUUGACCAGCUUUGUCGUCUGUACCGAGGAACAUCAAGGGUAAUAUAAUUUUAUGUCUCAAUGAAGUAAAACUUGAACUAGUAUGGAGGUGUGUUCUCAUAUACCACAAGGAUGAUACUUGGGGAGGGAAGAAAGGGUAUUAUCCCCUUCAGGGGUAAAGUAAGUUCAUCAUACCCACUGGAAGUGUGUGUUUCUUUUGAUUAUUCAAAAGAGAGUCUAGUUUCCUCAAAGCACACCUUUCUUUCACAGCUGACUUUUGAAAAGAGUGUUUCCCCUACUUUUAUAACUCAGCUGGAGCAUUUUCUGUGAUUUGGUCAAUGCUGUCACAGUAGAUGAGGUUGUGACCUGGUAGUUUUUGAUUAGCAACUUGUGCUAUUUUUUAUUUGUACUAAAUUAUUGUUUGCCCCUUUGAGUAGGUCAGUGCUUUUACUGCCCACAUCACUCUCUAAUAUAUGUUCCUCACAUGAUUUCCGUUACCUACACUAUACCAAGUGGUGUUCUUUUGUUUUGUAGUUGGCUCUUCUGACUGAACUCUCACGGGACCGUGGUGGAGAAAAACAUGGGCUCCUCCAUAUCUCCCAGGGUGAUUCUGCACUGAAUAGUGUCUUCCAGAAUGAGACCUUCCAACUUCACCUCACUCCUCCUCCUCUAGUGGAAGACUAAUCUCUAUUUGAUGGAGCUCCAGGGCAUGAGAACAGCACCGUGAAAAGUACUUGACAGUACUCCUGAUGGUGGAACAAGCUGCCGAGAACUUCACUUUGUAUUUAGUAGAUGAGAGGUUGCAACAAUGCGGAAACUUUGUAAGGACCAGCUAUUAUUUUCCCUCUGUGACUUGCUUAACAAAGCAGAAGGGACAUAAAAAAUAUCUCUCAGUCUUGUUUCCAUUGGGCUUUGCUGAAAGCUAUAAACUACUCUGUCAAACCUAUGCUGUUCGUCACUGGAGCUGAACACAACAGUACUUGGGGCAGCUGCACUAAGCCCCAGGGAUAAAGUGUCUGCAGCCAGAGCUUAUUUAAAUAAUUGGAGUCUGUUCCCUUAGAGAAGAAAACCAAGGGAAUACAACAAAUGUCAGUCAUCCAAAGUUGACAUUUCUCUCAUUUUAAUUUAGAACAAGCUGUGAAACUCUACAGUCAGUAUCGCAACUGAACCCAAGCGAGACAGAACUGCCAAGGAUGCCCCAACUGCAUGAUUUUUUCUGAAAUUGCUUUAGCUCUUCCUCUGAUUUUAGCCAUUGCAGUAAAUCUCUGUUGGCCCUUGUGCUAGUGGCUCAAGAAGGUUUGCUGUGACAGAUGCUGUUCCAGGAAAGUGCCACUCAUUAGCAUCCUGAACCAGAAAUUUUGCUAACCAAGCACAUUGUAAUGUAGCACUCAGCCAACUUGAGAGAGGCAAAUAUUUGGUGCCAGCUUGUGUGUGUUGUAAGGCCUGCACUAGCUGUGUGCCAGCAUUUCCACAGAGCUCUCACUGUUUCUAGUGUACCAAAAGAAAACAGCACAUUCAUCAUUAUGAUGGCGGCUGCUGCUGCCGAGUUACUGAGCUGCAUGGAAAGGACAUCCUCUUUCAUUGUAUCCCACCCCACCCCAGCUCAUUUAUCUAUUAUGAACUCUCUACUGAAUUAAAGGAAAGGCUUCAGAUGGUGGUUUAUGAUUCCCACCCAACCCCACUUCCGCUCUCGCUCUCUUCUGUGUAGAUAGGGCAUCAUUAGCAGCCUGCAACAGGAAUGGGUUUUAACAUGAAUUUAAGGUGAUUUUUUCCUGGUCCUACAGGGUAAAGCAUAAGCUUCCCACUAGUGUCUUGUUUAAUGUCCUUACAUCUCCAAAAGCUGGUAGUUGGCAGUUUUCCCUUGUUUGUUUAAGGGGUUUCCUGUCUUUGUGAUAACCUGUCUAAAGGGAGAACAAGUGCAGAUUAAAAAGCACAUCAAGCAGUUUUUUCACGCGACCUGCUACUGACUGCCGUGUCCAGAGGUUACUGCAGUGUGUAUUGUGUUCCCUCAUCUUUUCUCAGGAUGUAAAUGGUUCUCCACUAUGCAUUAAUGAAAUUGAUGCACAUAUGGCUGCAGAUUACUCGUAUGCUAGAGGUAUGUACAUCUGGAGUGCACAAAUUGAGAAAAGGUUAUAUGCAUACAGUUUUAUUUAUUUAAAACAUUCAUUGAUGUGGGAUUAUUAUGAAAUGAGGCCUUGGGUACCCAUUUUCUGAUCUAAUCCUCUUCAGUUAAAGCUUACCUAUUUAAAUGUUCAGCAUCAUCCUUGAUUGCACCCUUGAUGGAAAGGGGGUUGUAAUCAUGCUGUGAAUAUAUCAUUCUUUUUGUGCAAGUAUUCAGGUAUAAAUAUGUAUGAACACUUCUGCCUCCUCUUGAACUGAUGCCUCUUAGUCCUGGCUUAUGUUUGUCCAUGCUAUAUAAUCAAGCAAGAUCUUUGGCACCUAGGUGACCACUGAUUUUAUGGUAAAGGAAUAUCAACUCCUAGUAAACAGGUUUUCUUGAUCUUAAUCAAAAUAUGCUUACCAUUUCUAGUAAGAAAUGCUUCUGCAGUAGGUAAGUUAAAUAAAAGUGCCAGUAUCAAAUGCUAUUAUAUAAAUGUAUGGUAUGACCACACAUUUGGUUGCCACAUUUCAAAAAAGAUAUUGGAGAACUGGAAAAGGUUCAGAAAAUACAACCAAAAUGAGAAAGAGCUGACCAGCUCCCAAAUUAGAGAAUGUUACAGUGUUAGGCCAGUUUAAUUUAGAACAUGGGUAGGCAAACUAAGGCCCGGGGUCCAGAUCCAGCCCAAUCGCCUUCUAAAUCCAGCUCGUGGACGGUCCAGGAAUCAGUCUGUUUUUACAUGAGUAGAAUGUGUCCUUUUAUUUAAAAUUCAUCCCUGGGUUAUUUGUGGGGCCUGUCUAGUGUUUUUACAUGAGCAGAAUGUGUGCUUUUAUUUAAAAUGCAUCUCUGGGUUAUUUGUGGGGCAUAGGAAUUCGUUCAUUCCCCCCCAAAAAAUAUAGUCUGGCCCCCCACAAGGUCUGAGGGACAGUGGACCGGCCCCCUGCUGAAAAAGUUUGCUGACCUCUGGUUUAGAAGAUAGGCAGUAAGGGGAAAACAUAACAGAGGCUUAUAAAAUUAUGCUUGGAUAAUAAGUGGAUAGAUAACCAGUUUUACUUGCGCCUUCAUAAUGCUAGAACCUGGAUGUAUGAAAUGAUGCUGAAUAGGACUGACAAAAGGAAAUGCUUCUACACCACACUGUAAAACUGUGCAGAAGAUUCCUGCACUGCAGGGGGUUGGUCUAGAUGAUCCUCGUGGACCCUUCCAACUCGAUAUGGUUGUAUGAAAAGAGAUUGUUGUGGGCUUCCCAAGACAUAUCUGGAUGGCCACUGUACAAAGAAAGGAUGCUAGAUGAGAUAGUCAUUUAGUUUUCCCUGGCAGGGGUCCGCUUACGUUCUUACAGGGCAAUGCUCAUAAGCAGGAUCCAUUGAGUGGAAUUCAGCACCAGGCUCUUCCAGUCCAAUGGAGUGAUCCCAGCUCUCCUCCCACCUAUGCACUGUGCUCCUGCCCUGAGCCAAUUUCAGGUGACGCACCAGGAGACGAGAGGGGAAAAGCCCCGCUGCGCAAGCAGAAAUCCUUGUGCAAGGCUUCCACCGAAUGAGCUCAUUAGGUGAAUCCUGCCCAUUCAGUUCAAUGGAGCUUUAUCCCUGUUAAGGCAUAGUAGUGUGAUGUCUUAAAUUUGUUAGUACUCUUGUUCAACCAAGCACUUGGAUCAAAACCAGCUGCCAAAUAUAAUAUUGCUAUUUGGAGACUGUGUAGCAGAAGGUUUAACAACUGGAGGCCCCUGGCCCACUAAGUCAUGCCAACUGUUCUUUCAGUUGCAAGGCUAGAUGCCAAAAGAACUGUGGAGGAAAUGACAGUCGUGGCAACAGAAUGUGCUGGCAGGGGAAGGAUUUGAGGUGCUAGUCAACUACUUCUCUAAGCAUCCCUCAAAAAAUAGGCUUUGUUGUGUGUUCUUUGUGCCUCUUCUCCCCUGCCCCAGCAGCCAAGAGUUUGGCUUGAUUACUGUCCCUUAUAAGUGGGAAUGUGCUUUAUUUAUUCAACCUUGGUAAUGGAAGUUCAGGAGGAAGAGCGAGGAUAGAGGGCAGGAGCAAGCUGACAGCAUGAAAUGGACAGCUUGCAUACAAGAGAAGAGUGUUUUUAAGCAAAAGGAAAAUGGUUGAAAUUUUUUAUUGAUGCUGGAGGUCCUUAGGGAAGCUCGCACUUCUCAGUGUUCACCUUUAAGCUGCAGACAUUGACUCCAGAUUUCAUGCCCUGUUGGGCCAAACUGCACAUGGGGAAGGUCUCUGCACCCUUCCUUAAAACUCUUCCCUAUUGGGACUAGUUUUUAAGUAUUUCCCACUCUGAGCCUUUGCUAUAGACUAGCAGGCUAGCUUUGUCAGAAUGUAACUACUAUUUAAACUCAUUCAUAUAAACACACACACACAAUUUAUUAUUACUAUUACUGAUCACUCUGUGUGUAUUUCUGAAAGUGGAAUAAUGGCUUCCUUCCACUUAUAAUUCACAAGGAUAGUCUAUUCAGUUUCUGUAGCAUUAACUCAAGUCUUUGAUGUCACUAGCAGUGCCAAUCCCCUGCCUUUUAAUCAUUAUAAAUCAUCUAUUUUGACUAGUUCCUGAGCUUGUGGAUUCUAAUGCCUAAAUCAUGCUGAAAAUACUUUAUUGGUUUUACAUGUAUAGAAGGAAGAGUAAUCUGGCCUCUGUGUAUGCAAUGCAUGAUUCUCAUGUCCCCUCCUGUUUCCUGCCUUUACAAAGCCCCCUCCCCUGCUCUCUUUUAGCAGUCAGGUUGUCUUACCAUUCUCUAGUAUUGUCUCUGAGAAAGUGCUGUUCACACUACUCAUAACCACCACCCCCCAAAAAAAGAACCACGAGAAAAAGAACCUUUUCGCCAAAUAUGAUCAAGCAAUCCUGAUUGUGUAGGAUAGGCUGAUUUGAAUAUGUUUUCGUUGUAGGUUGUUAAUCUUUGUUUAAUGUCUAGCGCUCUAUUAACUGGCAGAAUAAGCAAGAACUCAUCUAUCUUAUUUCAUUGUAAAUGACUUGCAAAGAGGAAAGAGAAGGUUCUACUGAUAAAAAUAACUUUGCUAAGCUGCCCAAGGUCUUUGCUAAUUGUGCUAGAGGAGGGCGCUUUCAUAUUCAGGAUGUGGAAGCAAGGUGAGCUAAUAGAGAGCUAGGAGAUUAGCCAAUCCAAUAGAGUAUUAAGAAUUCAACCAAUUUUUAGAUUUAAAAAGCCCUAUUGAGACUGGGAGCAGCACAAUACCCUUUUACCUUCUGUUGCAUUUAGAAAUCUAAAAAAUGCCCUUUCUUGAGGCUGCAGCAAAGCAAUUUCAGCCAUGUCCCAAAGCAAAUUUGUACAUGAACACACAGUUAUGACCUUCUGGCUACAAUGUUUGGAAUAUAGAUGAAGAAAAGACUUGUGUAGGCAGAAGUUGGGAAACAUCUAUGGUGUGGGAGACAUCUAUUUUAUGUCAUUCUCAUUCACCCAUUUCAGUUACAAGUGUUCAGAUAAGUCAGUCAACUCUUAAUUAUCCUAUUCUUAUAUUACCUUUGCUGUGGUAUUUCCUUAAACUUUUCUGUAUCAGCAUGGGUUAGCAGUAGGAUCUGUUUGCCCUGACUAUACUCUGUUCUGUGAUUGGUAUAAGCAAAUAAGUAAUAUGUCUUUGUGUACUUGUACCCAUGGAGAAGAGUCAUAAUUCAAGUGAUGAAGGAUGCUCUAUAUGCAGCAGGUCUUAGGUUCAAUCCCCAAGCUAACCCAUUAAAAUGUUCUGAUGUCACAGUG